UUUUUCCGGUUUUGGACUGUCGGAUGGACAGAAGAAACAAACUUCAAGAUUAAAGCGGCUGAAAGGUGUGUCAGGAGUUGCAUAAAAUGGCUCCCCCGUCCUCCCAUGAUUCCCUGCAGGAGUGUGCGGGCCUGACCAAUGGCACCCCCUGUCCUGUGUGAUGUCACAGAGGUAUAAAGGCCCCCGCCGCCCCGCUGGCCCCUCUGAGCAGAGUCAGCGUUCCCGGCCUGGACGCCUCGGCUGGAGGGACUGCUGUCAGGAGGAAAAACAAAACUACACGGCGCUGACGGCCUGUAGUUUUGUUUUUUUCUGUGGGGUUCCUUCGAGGCUCAGUUUGUUCUCCUUUUGGAUUUUCUCACCAAAUUUUCUGGAUAAAGAGAUUUUUCUGAAGACAGCCCUCUGGGCAUCCCGGGCAUCCUUGUGUAGACAAGUUGCCGAUCAACAUGUCAACACAGGCGCCGACAUUCACGCAGCCGCUGCAGAGCGUCGUGGCACUUGAGGGUAGUGCCGCGACGUUCGAGGCUCAAGUUAGUGGUUCUCCAGUUCCUGAGGUGAGCUGGUUCCGUGAUGGCCAGGUUCUUUCUGCUGCCGCUCUACCCGGCGUUCAGAUCUCGUUCAGCGACGGCCGCGCUGUUCUGAGGAUCCCCGCCGUGACCGCCGCACACAGUGGAAGAUUUUCUGUCAGAGCCACCAACGGCGCUGGACAAGCCACAAGCACCGCUGAACUCCUUGUAACAGCAGAGACGGCGCCACCAAACUUCCUUCAGAGACUGCAGAGCUCGACUGUGAGACAGGGCAGCCAGGUGAGGCUGGACGUGCGAGUGACAGGUAUCCCAACACCUGUGGUGAAGUUCUACAGAGAGGGAGCCGAGAUCCAGAGCUCAGCCGACUUCAGGAUCCUCCAGGAGGGAGACCUGUACAGUCUGCUGAUCGCCGAGGCCUUCCCAGAGGAUUCUGGGACAUAUUCUGUGACCGCCACAAACAGCAGCGGACGGGCCACCUCCACCGCUGAACUUCUGGUUCAGGGUGAGGAAGCUGUACCUGCUAAGAAAACCAAGACCGUCGUGUCCACAUCCAAGAUGACGACUUCCCAGACCAGAGUGCAGAAGAAGAUGGAGGCCAGUUUCCAAGCCACCACCAUGAUGGAGAUGCAUGUAGAAGGAGGAAUGAUGACUCAGCAUUUGGCUCACAAAACCCCUCCCCGUGUUCCCCCGAAGCCUACCUCUAAGUCCCCACCGUCCUUCGUUUCCAAGGUGACAGGAGGACGCCAGCAGUCACCUUCACCUGUGAGACAUGUGAAAGGACCGACGCCCACACCUGUCAGACCAGUUUCUCCCUCCACCAGACUGUCUGUCUCUCCCAUCAGACCGGUCAAGUCUCCUGUCAUGACCAGGAAGCAGAUUUCUGCCUCUGCAGAGGUGCUGCCACCAUGGAAGCAGGAAGACUAUGUGGCUGAAGCCAGCUACACCAGUAUGAGCAGCGUGACCAGUGUGAGUAGCGCCACCCAGCUUCAUAUGGAGAAGCACUGGGAGCAGCAGGUCACCGCCACCAGAGAGGAUGAGCAUGUUUCCCAGGGCGAUAAGAGCGUGGCCGUGGCUACCGUGGUGGCGGCCGUGGAUCAGGCUCGCAGCCGGGGGCCGUCUGAGGCCGCUGCGUCCGGAGAGCAGGGUGAGGGAGGGAAAAAGGCUGAGGCUGUGGCCACAGUGAUGGCCGCCGUCGACCUCGCUCGCGUCCGCCUGCCUGUGCAUGUAGAGGGCGGUCGAGCUGAAGGGGAGGAGGCUGUAGAGGUGGAAAUAAGGCAGCAGGGCAGAGAAAUGACCUCAGACAAACACGUUGUUGCAACAAAAACGCUGCCUGCUGAACUACCGGCAGUUGUUUCUGUGACCUCGGAGGAGCACAGAGUCCAGGUCUCACAGAUUCAGAGAACAACAGAACUCUCCUCCCAUGUGGAAACAGCCGUCAGCCCGUCCCCACUUCCACAUUUCACAGUUUCUAAAGUUUCUGUUCCUAAGCAUGAACAUAGUCAUGAGGUGUCCAUUGCUGGCUCUGCCAUCGCCACUCUGCAGAAAGAGUUAAGAUCGCCCCACGCUCCCAGAAAGAUCAUCAAGCCUGUCAAGUCGCCCAGUCCAUCUCGCAGAGCGACGGCGGUGGAGGUGCGAGUGACGCCGGAGCCCCUCCCGCCGCCGUUUAAAGAUGUCAGAUAUCAGAGUCAGUUUGAGUUACAGCCGAGUGGAGGUUACGCAGUGAGUGAGGAGGAGUUUGAGGACUGGGAACCUCAGGAGGCGGCUGCAGUGCCUGCAAGAGCUCAGGAGCCUGUUGUUCCUCCCACUCUCAUUGCUGGCCUGAAGAACGUAACGGUGACGGAGGGUGAGUCUGUGACCCUGGAGUGUCAGAUCAGCGGCCACCCCGCUCCUGUCAUCAUGUGGUUCAGAGAGGAUUAUCAGAUCGAGAGCUCCAUCGACUUCCAGAUCACCUACAAGAAUGGAUUUGCCCGGAUGGUGAUCCGCGAGGCAUUCGCUGAGGACAGCGGCCGCUUCAGCUGCACUGCCACUAACGAGGCAGGAACCAUCAGCACUUCCUGCUACCUGCUGGUCAAAGUGUCAGAAGAAAUCGAGAGCAGAGAGGAAACGACGGCCGUCACCGAAAUUGGAAUGACUCAACAGAAAACUGUUGCGAUCGAGACAAAGGAACAGGUGGUGAUGGAGGUGAGCACGGGGGAGUCUGCUGCUCCCUUCUUCAUCAAGAAGCCGACUGCUCAGAAGUUGGUGGAGGGAGGAAGUGUUGUCUUUGAAUGCCAGGUUGGAGGAAAUCCCAAACCUCACAUCAUCUGGAAGAAGAGUGGUGUGCCGCUCACUACUGGUUACAGGUAUAAAGUUGCCUACAAGAAGGAGACAGGAGAAUGCAAACUGGAGAUCUCCAUGACCUUUGCUGAUGAUGCUGGAGAAUACUCUAUCUUCAUCAAGAAUCCACACGGGGAAGCCUCAGCCUCCGCCAGCCUGCUGGAGGAAGAGCAAUAUGAAGCCUAUAUGACGCAGCAUGACGUGACGUAUAAAACUGAAGUGACGACGACAGUGAUUCAGGAGCCCUCUGUGGUUGUGAGUCAGUACGAGCUGGAACAGAGGAAGGUGACAACCCCCAUGAGCUUCGUCUCAGAAACGGAAUUUCUCAUUUCGGCCUUUGAGGAGAGGAUCAUCCAGGAGAUUGAGCUCCGUAUCAUGAGGAUUACCUACAGAGAGCUGGUGACAGAGGAUGGAGAGCUGAUAGUGACUGCAGCAGAAGAGGAGGCAGUGCAACCGGCUUUCCACACACCAGUCAAAAACUACAGGAUCAUGGAGGGAAUGGGCGUCACUUUCCACUGCAAGAUGGCUGGAAAGCCUCUGCCAAAGAUUGCUUGGUACAAAGAUGGGCAGCGUAUCAGACCUGGUGGCCGUUACCAGAUGGAGGUUCUACAGGAUGGACUAGCCAGCCUUCGUCUGCCUGUGGUGCUACCAGAGGAUGAGGGCGUGUAUACUGCCUUCGCAACUAACAUGAAGGGAAAUGCUGUCAGCUCUGGGAAGCUCUACAUAGAGCCGUCUGGAGCUGUAACCCCUCAGCAGUACACACCUCGGCCAGCCACACAGAGGAUCAGAUCCACAUCUCCUCGUUCUCUGAGCCGCUCACCUGCCCGUUCAUCCAGCCGUUCUCCUGGACGUUCUCCCGCUCGCAGGCUCGACGAGACGGACGAGGCUCAACUAGAAAGACUCUACAAACCUGUGUUUGUCAUGAAGCCUGCCUCAAUAAAAUGUUCUGAAGGACAAACUGCCAGAUUCGACUUAAAGGUUGUUGGUAGACCCAUGCCUGAUACAUACUGGUUCCACAAUGGACAACAAGUGGUCAAUGACUACACCCACAAGAUAGUGAUUAAAGAAGAUGGUAUACAGUCGCUGAUCAUCGUUCCAGCCAUGCCAAAUGACUCUGGAGAGUGGACAGUCAUUGCUCAGAACAGAGCUGGACGGGCCUCUGUCUCUGUAACUCUUACUGUUGAUGCAAGGGAAAGCCUGGCACGUCCUCAAUUCGUUGAGAAGCUGAAGAAUAUUACUGUCAAGCAGGGCACUCUGGUUGAGUUGGCUGUCAAAGCCAUUGGAAACCCCCUGCCCGACAUUGUCUGGCUGAAGAACAGCGACAUCAUUACUCCACACAAACACCCACAUAUCAAGAUUGAUGGAACCAAAGGAGAGGCCAAAUUCCAGAUCCCGUCUGCUUCAGGCUCCGACAGUGCCUGGUACACUGCUACAGCCAUCAACAAGGCUGGCAGAGACACCACUCGUUGCAGAGUUAAUGUUGAGGUGGACUUCGCUGCUCCUCAAGCAGAGAGGAAACUCAUCAUUCCCAAAGGUACCUACAAGGCCAAGGAGAUCGCAGCUCCUGAGUUGGAACCCCUUCAUAUGCGUUAUGGUCAAGAGCAGUGGGAGGAGGGAGACCUUUACGACAAAGAGAAGCAGCAGAAACCACAGUUCAAGAAGAAGCUGACCUCUAUCAGAAUGAAGCGCUUUGGUCCAGCUCAUUUUGAGUGCAGACUGACCCCUAUUGGUGACCCCACCAUGGUGGUGGAGUGGCUGCAUGAUGGUAAACCUCUGGAAGCUGCUAACAGGUUGCGUAUGGUUAAUGAGUUCGGUUACUGCAGUCUUGAUUAUGAAGUUGCUUACGCUAGAGACAGUGGCGUCAUCACCUGCAGAGCCACAAACAAGUUUGGAGUUGACCAGACGUCAGCCACCCUGAUUGUUAAGGAUGAGAAGGGCCUUAUUGAGGAAACACAGCUUCCUGAAGGCAGGAGGGCCCCUCACAGAAUGGAUGAAAUCGAACGAAUGGCUCACGAGGGAGGACCUGCAGGAGUCAGCACUGAAGAGGAAUUUGAAAAGACCAAACCUGAAAUUGUGCUGCUUCCUGAACCAGCCAGAGUGCUGGAAGGUGACAUUGCGCGAUUCCGCUGCAGAGUGACUGGUUAUCCAGCACCCAAGGUUAACUGGUAUCUUAACGGACAGCUUAUCCGCAAAAGCAAGAGGUACAGACUUCGUUACGACGGUAUUUAUUAUUUGGAGAUUGUUGACAUCAAGUCUUAUGACUCUGGAGAGGUCAGGGUGGUCGCAGACAAUCCUCUAGGCACAACUGAACACACUGUGAAGCUGGAGGUCCAACAGAAAGAGGACUUUAGAUCUGUACUGCGCCGUGCUCCUGAUUCAAAGGCUGCAGAGGCUGUACAUGAGCCUGGCAGAGUUGGAUUUGAUAUUGUGAAGACUGAACGACCUGCUGAGGCCACACAGGACAGGGAGGUUGUUAAACUGCGUAAGACACAGAGGAUUGUUCACGAGAAAACCUCAGAAGAGUCAGAGGAACUGAAGAGCAAGUUCAAGCGCAGGACAGAGGAAGGUUUCUAUGAGUCCAUCUCUGCUGUUGAGUUCAAAUCUCGCAAGAGGGACGACUCCUAUGAAGAUCUGUUGAAAAAGACCAAGGAGGAGCUGCUUCAUCACAUGAAAGAGAAAGAAGAAGCUGAGAGGAGGAUGAUGGAGGAACAAGGGAAGAUCACCAUCCCCACAAUCAAACCAGAGAGGGUCCAGCUCUCCCCCAGCAUGGAAGCACCCAAGAUCCUGGAACGCAUUACAAGCAAGACAGUUGCUCCAAUGGCAGAGGUUCGUUUCCAUGUCAGAGUUGUCGGCAGACCAGAACCCGAGUGUCAGUGGUUUAAGAACGGCAUUCUGGUGGAAAAGUCUGACCGCAUUUACUGGUAUUGGCCUGAGGAUCAUUUGUGUGAACUGGUGAUCAGAGAUGUCACAGUAGAGGACUCUGCUAGCAUCAUGGUGAAAGCUUUGAAUGUCGCUGGAGAGGCCUCAAGCCAUGCCUUCCUGCUUGUGCAAGCCAAGGCAGCCGUUAACUUUACUCAGUGCCUGGAGGAUGCUAGUGCCAAUGAGAAGGACACCAUGGUGACUUUUGAGUGCGAAACCAAUGAACCUUUUGUCAAAGUCAAAUGGCUCAAGAACAAUGUGGAGAUCUUUUCUGGAGACAAAUACAGAAUGCACUCAGACAGAAAGGUCCACUUCCUGUCUGUACUGACAAUUGAAAUGAGGGAUGAUGCGGAAUACACUUGUGUGACUGCAGAUGAUGAGAGUGUCAGGACAAGCGCAAGACUUCAUGUCGAAGGUGCUGCCCUGGAGCUCAUAAAACAAAUGGAGAACAUUGAAGUACCAGAGACCUAUGCUGGAGAGUUUGAGGUUGAGCUGUCUCGAGAGGAUGCUGAGGGCACCUGGUUCUUUGGAGACAAGGAGCUCUCUCCCAGCCCCAAAUACAUCAUGUCCUCCCGCCGAGGAAGACACAGCCUUUCUGUAAAGGACGUCAGGAAAGAAGACCAGGGGAAAUAUACUUUUGUAUGCGGAGAUCUGAGGACCAGUGCCUCACUGAAGAUGAAACUGCGCCCGGUGACCCUGAUGCACCCCUUGACUGACCUCACUGUGUGUGAGGGUGACAUUGCUCAGCUGGAGGUCAGGUUCUCCCAGGAGAAUGUUGAGGGAACCUGGCUGAAGAACGGCCAGGCCAUCUCUGCCUCGGACCGUGUCCACAUUGUGAUUGACAAACUUGUUCACAAGCUGCUGCUUGAGAAUGUCAGCACAGAAGAUGCUGCUACCUACUCUUUUGUGGUCCCUGCCCAAGACAUCUCCACAUCGGGCAAACUCAGUGUUCAAACUAUUGAUAUUGUGGUGCCACUGAAGGACGUGUCCUCCAUCGAAGGCACCAAGGCUGUUCUUGAGGCCAAGAUCUCAGCUCAAGACAUCAGCUCGGUCAAGUGGUACCACAAUGACAAACUGCUGAUACCCAGUGACCGAAUUCAGAUGGUGGCAAAGGGAGCCAAGCAGCGACUUGUCUUCACCAGGACCUUUGCUUCUGAUGAAGGACACUACAAACUGGCAGUUGGCAAGGUCGACACCAGCUGCAGCCUAACUGUCGAAAAGGUACAAAUAGUGAAGCACAUGGAGGACAAAGUGUGCUCAGAGUCCCAGAAUGUCACCUUUAAUGUGGAAGUUUCUCACCCUGGUAUCGACGCAGUCUGGACAUUCAGGAACCAGCAGCUCAAACCUGGACCCAAGUACAAGAUGGAGUCAAAGGGCAAGGCUCACUCGCUGACAGUCAUUGACGCCAUGAAGGAUGAGGAAGGCCAGUACACGUUCCAUGCUGGUGAAAAGACAUCCAGCGCCACGCUCACUGUCUCCGGUGGAGCCAUCACACGGCCCCUACAGGACGUGACAGUGGCAGAGUCCCAGACAGCUGAGCUGGAGUGCGAAGUCGCUAAUGCCAAUGCUGAGGGUAAGUGGCUGAAGGAGGGUCAGCCCGUGGACUUCAGUGAGAACGUAGUGAGUGAGGUGAACGGAGCCGUCAGACGCCUCGUUAUUGUCAUCACCAGACCACAAGAUGUCGGGGAGUACAGCUACCAGGUGGCCAACUCCAAAACCACAGCUAACCUCAGGGUGGAGGCUGUGAAGAUCAAGAAAACUCUGAGGAACCAGACUGUGACGGAGACCCAGGAGGCGGUGUUCACACUGGAGCUCACCCACUCCGAUGUGAAAGGAUCUCAGUGGAUCAAAAACGGCGUGGACCUGCAGAACAGCGACAAGUACGAGAUCACCACUGAUGGCAUGGUCCACACGCUGAAGGUCAAGAACUGCAACACACAGGACGAGUCUGUCUAUUCCUUCAAACUGGGAAAACUGUCAGCUAACGCCAGACUCAACGUAGAGACUAUCAAAAUCAUAAAAAAGACAAAGGACGUGACAUCACUGUUGGACGGCACGGCCUCGUUUGAGAUGAGCCUGUCACAUGACAACAUCCCCGUCAGGUGGAUGUUUAAAGGUGUGGAGCUGAAGUCGAGUGACAAGUGUAAGAUCCUGUCAGAGCGGAAAGCUCACAAGCUGAUCCUGCAGAACGUCGACAGCAGCAACGCAGGAGAGUACACGGCUGUGGUCGGACACCUGCAGUGCAGCGCCACGCUCACCGUGGAGGCUCUGCGAGUCACCAAACCCAUGAAGAGCGUGACGGUCCCAGAGACUCAGGUGGCCACGUUUGAGUGUGAAGUUUCUCACUUCAACGUGCCGUCCACCUGGCUGAAAGACGGCGUGGAGAUCGAGAUGAGCGAGAAGUUCAGGAUCGUGGUUCAGGGAAAACUCCACCAGCUGAAGAUCAUGAACACGAGCAGGGACGACUCUGCUGAGUACACCUUCGUCUGCGGGAACGACCGAGUCUCUGCAACGCUAACCGUUAACCCCGUCCUGAUCACCUCCAUGCUGAAGGACCUGAACGCUCAGGAGAGAGACACCAUCACCUUCGAGGUCACUGUCAACUAUGAGGGCAUCACCUACAAAUGGCUGAAGAACGGCGUGGAGGUGAAGUCGUCGGACAGAUGUCAGGUCCGCAGCCGGCAGCUCACGCACUCGCUCACCAUACGAAACGUCCACUUCGGAGACGGAGGAGAGUACCAGUUUGUGGCCGGCUCUGCUGCCACCGCUGCCAACCUGUUUGUCGAAGCUCGGUUGAUUGAAUUCACCAAGAAAAUCAAGGACAUAAAGAUCACCGAGAAGAAGAAGGCUAUUUUUGAGUGUGAAGUUUCUGAGCCAAACAUUCAGGUGAUGUGGAUGAAGGACGGUCAGGAGCUGGACAUGUCUGAGGAAAGGUACACCGUGACGGCAGAGAAGUACGUUCACCGUCUGAUGAUCCAGACAGUUCGUUUGUCUGACGCUGGAGAAUAUUCCGUCGUAGCCGGAUCGAGCGUCUCCAAGGCCCAGCUGACCGUGGAGGGUCGCGAUAUCCGGAUCUCCGAACCGGCCGAGCGGGAAAUCACGGUCCUGGAGAAGCACAGAGCAACCUUUGAGUUCGAGGUGAACGAGGACGAUGUGGAGGGGCGCUGGCUGAGGAACGGGGUGGAGAUUCAGUUCUCAGUGGAGGAGAGGUUCAGCUACGUGGCUAUCAGGAAGCUGCACCGCCUCACCAUCUCUGAGACCUACAGGAGCGACGCCGGCGAGUACACGUUCAUCGCGGGCAAAAACAGGAGCACCAUGAACCUCCGAGUAAACAUCCCAGAGCCGCCUCAGAUCCUUCGCCACAUGGAGCCUCAGUCCGUGGAGGCCGGCAAACCAGCUCGCUUCUCGGUGCAGGUGAGCGGUGUUCCACAGCCUCAGGUCUUCUGGUACAAAAACUCCCAGGCUCUAUCUGCAGGCUUCAAGUGCAAGUUCCUCCACGAGGGCAACGAGCACUCGCUGCUGCUGAUCGAAGUGUUCCCCGAAGACGCCGCCGUCUACAACUGCGAGGCCAAGAACGAGUACGGGACCGCCACGAGCACCGCAGCGCUCAACGUGGAAGUGUCAGAAGUGGUUUCUCCCGACUCUGCUGCUACCGUCGCUCCUCCUGUCGUCAUCUCACCCAUCGCCAGCACCUCUGCCCGCGAGGGAGAGCCGGCUCGCUUUCAGUGCAGAGUCCGCGGAGACGAUGUGAGGAUCAGCUGGUUCCACAAGGAGAAGGAGAUCAAGCAGUCGGACUUCUUCAGGAUGUCUCAGUUCGAUGACAGCUGUCAGCUGGAGAUCUCCAGGGUUUACCCCGAGGACGAGGGCGAGUACACCUGCGUGGCCACGAACAGUGCCGGCACCGCGUCCUGUUCCGCCACUCUCACACUGGACGGGCAAAAACAAACAGUGGAUAGUCGUGCUGAGUCCCAGUGGCACGUCUCCACUAGCCUCAGCAGUCUAAAGAAACCUUCCAUUGGCCAAAAGCCAGUUUUCAUCCAGCCAAUCACAAGCUGCACAGUGCCACACGGGGAGGUGGCGCGUUUUCAUGCAUGUGUGUCCGGCAUGCCGAAGCCUGAGAUAAGCUGGUUCCACAACCGGCAGCCCGUUCAGCCCACCAAGAAUGUGGUGUUUCAUUUCGAUGAGGUGACAAACGCCGCCAUGCUCAUCAUUGUCGAUGCCUUCUCUGAGCAUGCGGGGCAGUACACCUGCAGGGCAGCCAAUAACGCCGGAGAGGCCGCGUGUUCAGCAACGCUCACCAUAACCGAAGAAGAAGAAGUGACCCAUGUGAGAGAGCAGAUUGAAGCCAAGAUUGAGCAAGAAGUCAAAGUGCCACCGGUGUUUAGGGAGAAAAUCACACCUCUGGAGAUUAACGUCGGCAGCAGCGCCAAGUUUGAAUGUGAAAUUGAGGAUGCUCCGAAUGUGACCUUCAAAUGGUACCGGUCUGGUAUUGAGAUCAAACAGACCGAGAAGCAUAGAAUCCAGAGCCGCCACACCAGUUCAUCCUUGGAGCUCCUGAACCCAGUCAAAGCUGACAGCGGCGAAUACUCUUGCAAGGCUUCAAACCAGCAUGGUACUGACAGCUGCACUGCCUCACUCAUUGUCACUGAAAUGUACCCGCCGAUAUUUGUUUCAAAACCAGACCCAAUGACUUUAUAUGUGGGCAAACAAGCUGUGUUCCAGUGCUCACUCACUGGAUCUUCACCCAUGGACGUUGUCUGGCACAAGGACAACAUAGCCAUCAGCUCCGAAGGGAAUUAUGUCAUGAAAUGUGAAAAGAACAAGUAUUCCCUUCAGAUUAAAAGUCUUGAGCUGACUGACCAGGGAAUGUACCUAUGUAAGGCCUCCAACAGUGUCGGCACCGCUACCUUUACCACAGAGCUCAAGGUUAUCAACAAGCCCAGCUUUGUUAAGACCAUUGAGCCAGUGUCAGCCGCUGUCAAUGACCCGCUGAGGCUGGAGUGCCAGGUGGACGAGGACACUGGUGUGACUGUCACCUGGACCAGGGAUGACAAAAAAGUCCACCAGAGCAUGGAUUGUAGACUGUCCUUUGAGGACAAGGUGGCUGUUGUUGAGAUACCCAAGUCCAAACUGAAGGACUCAGGGAAAUAUAUUUGCACAGCCACAAAUGAGGCUGGGAGUUCAUCCUGUGAGGCUGUGGUAACAGUUCAAGAGCCCCCUACCUUUGUCAAGAAAAUGGAACCUAAGAUUACAUGGAAACAGGGCAUUGCUGCACGCUUACAGUGCACUGUCAAAGGAUCGCCUGAACUUCACAUCCACUGGUUCUGGAAUGAGAGAGAACUUAGUGAUGGAGAAAAAUAUAAGAUUUCUUUCAAGAAUGGAGUUGCUACUUUGGAGAUAAUGAACCUUCUGGUCACAGACAGUGGAAGUUACACCUGUGAGGUGUCAAAUAAUGCUGGCAGUGAGAGCUGCAACACCCUUAUAGCUGUUAAAGAGCCACCAUCCAUUAGAAAAGAACUGCAGACAUUAGAGGCAGUGAAGGGAGCAGCAGCUCAGCUGGAGUGUGAGAUCUCAGGAACAGCUCCUUUUGAAAUCAGCUGGUUGAAAAACAAGAAGCCAAUCAGCAGUGAUCAGAAAUAUAAAAUAAUCUCCCAAGAUUCCUUGUCAAGGCUGGAGAUCCAGACCUUUGAAAGUGCAGAUGUUGGAGAUUAUCAGUGUGUCAUCUCCAAUGACGUGGGGAAAGUCACCACUAAGGCCCUAGCUAAACUUAAAGAGCCACCAACUUUUGCAAAGAGGGUUGAAAGUGCUACAGCAGUGUUGGGGACUACAGUGAAGCUACAGGGAACCAUUAAGGGUUCGGCUCCUAUUACUGUCAAAUGGAUGAAAGACUCUGAAAUACUGAGAGAUGACGAUCCAAAUGUUAAGAUGGUGUUUGAGAACAAUGUUGCUUGCUUGUCGAUAGCAACGGUUGCCCUCAGCCAUGGUGGCAAGUAUUUGUGCCAAGCUGAGAAUGAGGCUGGCCAACAAAAAUGCGAAGCUACUUUAACUGUGCAAGAACCUGCCAGGAUCGUAGAACCUGCCGAGUCCAUUAGUGUGACUGCAGGGGAUUCAGCCACUUUGGAAUGCACAAUUUCUGGAAGCCCAGACCUCAAAGUGAAAUGGUUUAAAGACGGGAAAGAGAUGAUCAGUGGCCGUAAAUAUAAGAUGACUCUGAAGGACAAUAUUGCCACCAUGAAGAUUCUUACGGCGGAAAAAGGAGACACUUCAGAGUACAAGAUGGAGGUGUCAAAUAAAGUUGGGAAAGACCAGUGCACGUGCUCAGUCACUGUCUUAGACCGGAUAAUGCCUCCAACUUUCACCAAGUCCCUGAAAAGAGUCGAUGGUAACAUUGGCAAUGACGUCUCUCUGGAUUGUAAGGUGUCUGGGUCCCAACCCAUGACCAUAGCUUGGUUCAAAGAUGAUCAGGAGAUCACACCUGGAUCCAGAUUCCAGCCUGAAUUCAAAGACAGUUCUGCUACACUGCAAAUUACUCGUCUGGAGAAGGCAGACUCUGGUGUUUACAAAUGCCGAGCCACCAAUUCAGCAGGCUUUAAAGAAACCAGUGGCACACUUUAUGUCAAAGAGCCCCCACUGUUCACAGUGAAACCAGACAACCAGGAUGUUAUACCAGGAACCACAGUUUCCUUCAAAGCAGCCUUCACUGGAACACUUCCUUUAGCUGUUAAGUGGUUCAGAGAGGACAAAGAGAUGAUAACUGGAGGCUCAUGUUUCAUAAAGAAAGAUGCCUCUUCAAGCUCUUUGGAGCUUCAUUCUGUGAAGCCCACUGACUCUGCUAAAUACACAUGCCAAGUGUCCAAUGAUGCUGGGAAGGUGGAUUGCACUGCAGUCCUCUUUGUGAAAGAACCUCCUGUUUUUGUGAGGAAGCUUGAGGCAACCAAACUUGUCACCAGUGGCGACUCCUCCAGGCUGGAGUGCAAAGUGACGGGCAGUCCCGUCAUCAGUUUUAAGUGGUUCAAGGAUGAAAUGGAGAUCAGCUCUGGUCCUAAAUACACUAUGGCUGUGACCGACUGCGUAGCAUCUCUGGAAAUAGUCAACUGUACAGUAGAGGAUAGUGGAGAUUACGUCUGUAUGGCAUCCAGUGAGGCUGGUAGUGACCGCUGCAGCAGUACAUUUACAGUCAAAGAGCCACCAUUGUUUGUGCGUAGCUUGGAGCCCAAAGAUGUGGUGAAAGGUUCUGAGCUGAUGCUGGAAAGUCAAGUCUCUGGUUCCUCCCCUUUCACCGUGUCUCUGUAUAAAAACUCAAAAUUGAUUAGGAAUGACAAGAGACACAGGAUCACUGUGAAAGACGACCUGAUAGCACUGCAGGUGUUGGCAGUAGAGACAGGAGACGUCGGCUUGUACCAGUGUACUGUUGAGAAUGAAGUGGGGAGUGCCUCCUGUGAUUGUCAAGUAACACUUAAAGAACCACCAUCAUUUGUGCAAAAGCUGGAGAACUUCAGUUCUUUGGUGGGAAGUGAGGUUUCCCUGCAGUGCGUUCUGAAGGGCUCAGAGCCCAUGACUGUGUCCUGGAUGAAAGACAACCAUGAGCUCAAAGAGGCUGAACACAUUCAGAUUACAUACGAAAACAACACUGCUCUCCUGCACAUCACCAAUUUACAGAGCAAACAUGGGGGCAAAUACUCUUGCCAGGCACAGAAUCAGGCUGGGAGCCAGACGUGCUCUGCUGUGUUGACAGUCAAAGAGCCAGCUAAGGUCACAGAGGAGGCCAAGUCUAUCAGUGUGACUCAGGGGGAUCCAGCCACACUGGAGGCCAGGUUCUCAGGCACGAAACCACUGAAGGCCAAAUGGCUAAAGGCUGGCAAGGAGCUGACUUCAGGCCAGAGAUAUAAAGUACAUAACACAGACACCAGCUCUGUGCUCAAGAUUAUUAAAACUGACAAAAGCGAUGGUGGUGAAUACACCUUUGAGAUUUCAAAUGAUGUUGGCCAAAGUUCUUGCGGAGCCACACUCACCAUUCUCGAUCAAAUAAUUCCACCAGCUUUUACAAGAAAACUGAAGCAGACGGAAGGUAUCAAAGGAUCGUUUGCUCAUUUGGAGUGUCUUGUAUCUGGCUCCCUGCCGAUAACCAUACAGUGGUACAAAGAUGAGAAAGAGAUCCAGAAUGAUGAGAAACACAAAUGCACAUUCUUUGAGAAUGUUGCUCUUCUGGAAAUCUCGAAUCUUGAUAGUAAAGAUAGCGGCAGCUACACCUGCAUUGCCAAAAACAAAGCAGGAACGGUCCAGUGCUCUGGGAUCUUGUUUGUCAAAGAACCACCAUGCAUUCUUGAAAAGCCUGAAUCCAUGAAUGUUUUGCCUGGCUCAAGGGUCCAGUUUAAUGUUCUGGUAUCUGGCACGCCACCACUGAUCACCAAAUGGUUUAAAAACAAGAAAGAGAUUUUAUCCAGUGCUGACUGCUAUGUGGUCAAAGACAACACCUCAAGCUCACUGGAGCUCUUCUUUGCCAAAACGUCAGAUACUGGAGAUUAUGUCUGUGAAAUACAGAAUGAUGUCGGCUCCACUUCAUGCCAGGCAACUCUCUUUGUCAAAGAGCCCCCUAAGUUCACACGGACCCCGGCCCGGGUGUCUGUGGUCCGUCCCAGUCAGAAUAAAGUGUUUGAGUGCCAGGUGACGGGCACACCUGAGAUAGACAUCUACUGGUUCAAGGAAGGCUCUGAGAUCUGCCCCAGUGAUCGGUACAAGAUGACCUUUGUUAACUCUGUUGCCACUCUGGAGGUCUGUGGGGCUGAUACCAAAGACAGUGGGCUUUACUACUGCGAGGCUCGCAAUGAGGCUGGCAGUGAGAGUUGCAGUAUGGAACUCAAGGUCAAAGAACUGCCGUCAUUUAUUCGAGAGCUGACUCCGACUGAUGUUGUUAAGGGCUCCAGUGCCUCUUUUCAGUGUCAGAUUUCUGGGACAGGUCCAUUUGAGAUAACAUGGCACAAAGAUGCAAAGGAGAUCAAACCCAGUGCUAAACAUGCCUUCUCCCAGAUGAAUGGCACUGUUGGUCUAGAAGUGCACAAAUGUGACACUGUAGAUGUGGGUGAAUACCAGUGUACUGUUGCUAAUGAAGUGGGAAGCUGUACCUGUAAAACUACGCUAAACCUCAAAGAACCACCGACAUUUACCAAGAGGAUUGAGAACAUUGUGACUGUUCUGGGUAAAAUGGCAGAGUUUCAGUGCAUUGUGAAGGGUUCUCCCACUCUCUCUGUACAAUGGAAAAAAGAUGAGAACUGGAUUUUGGAGGAUCCAAAGAUUGAAAGAACAUUUGAGAAUAAUGUGGCCAUUCUCAGAAUUCCUGCCUGUGAGGCAACACACAGUGGGAAAUAUACCUGCCAGGUGGUUAACGAGGCCGGUCAGGAUAAGUGCUUUGCCACCCUCCAGGUGCAAGAGCCUCCUCAGAUCACAGAGAAACCUGAGGUGAUAAAAGUUACAGUUGGAGAUCCGGUCAGUCUGGACUGUAAGGUAACAGGCUCCCCUGAGCUCAAAGUGAAAUGGAUGAAAGAUGGCAGGGAGCUUCAGUCCAUCAGGCAAUACAAGAUGAUGUUUGAGAACAACAUCAGCAGCCUAAAGAUUCAGUCUGCUCAGAGGGAGGACGAAGGAGAUUAUGUCUUCGAGGUGGCAAACCACAUCAGCUGUUGUACCUGCAAAGUCAAAGUGAUUAUACUAGAACAGGUAAUUGCCCCAAGCUUCAUCAAACCCCUGAUAGACAUGCAAGAGAUAUUGGGUUCCUUUGUUCAGAUAUGUUGCAAAAUAUCUGGUUCCCUCCCCAUCUCUGUGGAAUGGCAGAAAGACGGGACCAAAAUCUCUAGUGGUGUUAAACACAAGCUCAUUCAGCAGGAUAAUUCUGUGUCAGUCGAAAUUGAACAGCUAGAGAGAUCUGACGCAGGGUCCUACUCUUGCAAAUUGACCAACGCAGCAGGAAGUUGUGAAUGCAGUGGAUCCCUUAUGGUUAAAGAACCUCCCAGCUUUGUGACGCUGCCUGAGUCCCAAGCAGCUCUACCUAAUGCCACUGUACGCUUCAAAGGCACAUUUAAGGGAACACCUCCAUUCGUGGUCAAAUGGUUUAAGAAUGACACAGAACUCAUGACUGGACCCACUUGUUUCACUGGGUUGGAUGGAUUGUCUUGCUUCUUAGAGCUCUACUCAGUGGGUGUCACCCAGAGUGGAGUUUACUCUUGUCAAGUCAGCAAUGAUGCUGGCUCUGUACGCUGUAGUGCAGACUUGACCGUCAAAGAACCCCCUGAGUUUUUGCUGAAACUCCCUGCCACUAAGUUUGUGAAGCAGGGCGACUCACUCCGACUGGAGUGCAAAGUCAGUGGCACAGCCCCUCUGAAAGUGACCUGGUACAAACAUGACACCAAGGUCACGGACGGAGGCAACUACAGGACAACAUUUGUUGACUCAAUAGCAGUCCUGGAACUGCUCUCCACCAGCUUUGAUGAUGAUGGAGUUUACACCUGUGAAGCUCAGAAUGAUGCUGGCAGCAUCAGCUGCAGCACUACACUUAGCAUUAAAGACCCCCCAUCCUUUGUCAAAGUACCUCAGCCCAUUGAAGGGCUGAAGGGUAAGGACGUGAGUCUGUACUGUGAGAUGAGCGGUACAGCUCCGUUCCAGAUCACAUGGUUCAAAGACAGGAAACCUCUGAUGGAGAGCAGAAAGUAUAAGAUGUUGAGUGAGGGCAGCUCAGCUACGCUGCAUAUCAUUGGGAUUGAGUCCUCAGAUGCUGGCGAAUACGAAUGCAAAGUGUCAAACAGUGUAGGAAGUGACACCUGCCAGACGUCGGUUAAACUCAGAGAGCCACCGUCGUUUGUCAAGAAACUGUCAAACAUGACAGUGAUACUGGGAGAGGAGGUGACCCUUGUGGCCACUGUUAAGGGCUCUGAACCCAUUACUGUGUCCUGGGUUCAAGACAAGGAUCACAUUCUCAGGGACGGUGACAACAGGAAAAUCACCUUUGAGAACAACAAGGUCGCUCUUAAAGUCUUUAAGGCUGAUGCAACCACAGCAGGCAAAUACACCUGCCAGAUCAGAAACGAUGCUGGGAGUGCGGAGUGUUUCGCUAACUUGACUGUUCUAGAGCCUGCUAAGAUCGUGGAUAAGCCUGAUGCUCUGAGUGUGACAGCAGGCGAUAUCGCCGCCCUAGAAGUCAAAGUGUGUGGAACCCCAGAGCUCACACCUAAGUGGUUCAAGGAUGGUGUUGAGCUGGCGCCUGGGAAGAAAUACAAGAUCUCAUUUUCGCGGAUGAUCUCCAGCUUGAACGUGCUCUCUGCUGAGAAAAUGGACUCUGGCGAAUAUACUUUUGAGAUUAUGAACGAGGUUGGAAAGGACCUGAGCAAAAUUAAUCUCACUGUUUUAGAUAAGACCAUACCUCCAACAUUCUCAAGGAAGUUGAAGGAUAGCAACACAAUUGUUGGAAAGGCUGGAGAGAUGGAGUGCAAAGUGUCGGGCUCUCCACCUUUUACCAUCUCAUGGUACCAUGAUGGAGAGGAGAUACAGAGCGGACCGAAUUAUGAGAUUUCAUUCAGCGACAAUAACUGCUCGCUCAAAGUGCCCACGCUGAAGUUGUCUGACUCUGGAGUGUAUAAAUGUAAAGCUGUCAACAAGGCAGGAUCCAGCGAAACCACAGCCUCCUUGGUUGUAAAAGAGCCCCCGUCUUUUGUGGUGCCACCACAGCCAGUGGAAGCCAUGCCAGGCUCUAAUGUGACUUUCUCAGCCAUGGUGAAAGGCAGUGCCCCCCUCAAACUGAAGUGGUUCAGAGGAACAAAGGAGAUCCUGGCUGGACAGGCCUGUAAUUUCUCCCUGAAAGAUAACCAAGUUAUUUUGGAGCUUUUCAAUGUGGACAGAUCUCACGCUGGAGAGUACACCUGUCAAAUCAUUAAUGAUGCAGGAAAGGAAAGCUGCCCAGUUAAUCUCACCGUCAAAGAGCCGGCAGCCUUCUCUAAGAAGCUGAAGGACGCGUCAGUCGAGAAGGGCAAACCAUUAAUGCUGGAGUGCACGUACACUGGAACUCCUAAAAUCACAGUGAAUUGGUAUAAAGACGGCCAGCAGAUCUUUGCUUCUUACAAAUACAACAUUACCACGACUGAAAGCUCCUGUAUCCUGGAGUGUCUCAGCACAGACGAUAAGGAGGCCGCAGGGAAGUACUCAUGUGAAGUGUCCAACGAUGCUGGAAAGGACACGUGCGAGGCAGCCGUGUCCAUCCUUGAGCCACCAUACUUUGUUGAAUCCCUGGAGCCCAUGGAGGUGACGGCAGGAGAUGCUGUGUGUCUGAAGUGUCAGGUUGCGGGUACACCUGAGAUCAAGGUGUCCUGGUUCAAGGCUGAUGGAAAAGUUAGGUCCAGCCCCACGUGCAAGUUGGAGUACUCGAAGGGCGUCGCCUGUCUGAAGCUCAGCAAAGCCACGAAGGCUGACAUUGGAGAGUACACCUGCAAGGCGGAGAACCGCAUAGGCUCCGCCUCAUCCACCUGCAGACUCAGUGUGCUAGAGGCCAAAACACCGCCGACCUUCCCCAAGAAAAUCACCAGCCUGCAGCAGACGGAGGGUCAGCUGGUCAGGUUCGAGUGCCGCGUCGCCGGCUCGUCACCCAUCGAGGUGUCGUGGCUGAAGGACGGCGAGCCUCUGAAGCAGGGAGACGAGUUCUCCAUGCUGUACGAUGACAACACGGCCGUGCUGCAGAUUGACCACAGCGAGAUGAGGCAUUCUGGGGAGUACACCUGCGUGGCCACCAACAGCGUGGGCUCCGCCUCCUGCAGAGCCAAACUCACUCUCCAAGAACCGAGAUACCCACCGAUCUUUGACAGGAAGUUGUCACCACAGGAGGUGACGGUGGGUGACAGCAUCGAGCUUGAGUGUCACAUGACCGGCUCGGCCCCCAUAAAAGUCACAUGGUCCAAAGACCAUAAAGAUAUUCGCACUGGGGGGAAUUAUAAGAUCAGCUGUGUGGAUAACGCGCCCCACCUGACCAUUCUGAAGGCAGAUAAAGCCGACACGGGGAAAUACUUCUGCCAUGCCUCUAAUGACAUGGGGAAGGACUCUUGUUCCUCUGAUAUCACUGUGAAAGAGCGUAAAAACCCCCCAGUGUUCACCAAAAAGCCCUCAGAGCACAUCGAGGACACAGAGGGCAAACUGGUGAAGAUCGAGGGCCGAGUCUCCGGCUCGCAGCCCAUGUCUGUCAGUUGGUUCAAAGACGACUCAGAGAUCUUCAGCUCUGACAAAUACGACAUCAGCUUUAAGAGUAACGUGGCCGUGCUGUGCAUUAAGAGCAUUCAGGUGAUGGACAGCGGCAGGUACACCUGCCAGGCCUCCAAUGAAGCUGGAAAAGCCUCCUGCGAUGUUACUGUGGGGAUCUCAGAGGCCAAGAAGCCUCCAGUGUUUGACGUCCCUCUCAAACCGGUGACUGUGGACGAGGGCGAGAAGCUGAGUCUCAAGUGUCACGUCUGCGGGUCUCCUCCUCUGAAGAUCCAAUGGAUGAAGGACAGGAAAGACCUAACGUCAGCCGGCAGUACCCGGAUCACCUUCUCUGACGGGACGGCCUGUCUGGAGAUCAGUCCGGCUUCCAGACACGACGCUGGCGAUUACCUCUGCAAGGCCACCAACGAUGCCGGCAGCGAGUUCUGCAAGGCCAAAGUCACGGUCAAAGAAAAACCAGGAGCAGCUCCUGCUCCUGCUGAAGCUCCAGCCGCCGCUCCAGCCAAAAAACUGGACAACCUGUUCUUCAUCGAGGAGCCCAAACCUGCACACGUCACAGAGAAGGGAACUGCCACCUUCAUUGCUAAAGUGGGCGGCGACCCCAUCCCCAGUGUGAAGUGGAUGAAGGGGAAGUGGAGGCAGCUCACACAUGGCGGACGAAUCUCCAUCGAGCAGAAGGGCCAGGAAGCCAAGCUGGAGAUCAAAGAGGUGACCAAAUCAGACUCGGGACAAUACAGGUGUGUCGCCUCCAACAAGCACGGAGAGAUCGAGUGCAGCUCUGACCUGCAAGUGGAGGAAAAGAAAGAGUCGACAGCACUUGAGGGAGACCUCAGAGCCAAACUGAAGAAGACCCCAUCAAAGCAGAAGAGUCCAAAGGAGGAGAAGGAUAUUGACAUUGUUGAGUUACUGAGGAAUGUGGACCCUAAAGAGUAUGAGAAAUAUGCCAGAAUGUAUGGCAUCACUGACUACAGAGGCCUGCUGCAGGCCAUUGAGCAGCUGAAGAAAGAGAAGGCUGAAGAAAGUGGAAGACCGGAAGUGGAACGUGGAGACAGAGAGUCUGAUGAGGACAUGGCCCGACUGGUGGCCGACCUGCAGAAGAGGAUGGAGCGGACAGAGCCUGUCACCGUGGUGAAGGACAUCUCCGAUCAGUCUGUCUUCACCAAUAAGGAGGCAGUGUUUGAGUGUGAGAUCAAGAUCAACUACCCAGAGAUCACCCUGUCCUGGUACAAGGGCACCCAGAAACUGGACACUAAUGACAAGUAUGACAUCAGCAUCAGCGGCGACCGCCACCUGCUCAAGAUCAAGAAGUGCCAGUCUUCUGACCAGGGCAACUACCGGGUGGUCUGUGGGCCACACAUCUCCAGUGCCAAGCUCACUGUCAUGGAGCCGGAGGUUGAGAAGCAUCUGCAGGACACAUCGGGUAAGGCAGGCCAGUCAUGUACUCUGUCUUGUCAGUUGUCAAUCCCUAAUGUAGAGGCUCAGUGGUUUAAAAAUGGCAAGCAGUUAGAGAUGAAGGGCAGGUACAUGUCUGAGGUGAAACACAAAGUUCAGAAACUUCUGAUCAGCGACCUGAAACCUGAAGACCAAGGCAGAUACACCUGCAGAUACCAGCACCUGGAGUCCUCGGCCGACCUCUGGGUGGAAGCUGAACAAAUUCAUUUCACCAAACGCAUCCACAACAUCGAAGUCAACGAGCGACAGUCAGCCACAUUCGAAUGUGAGGUGUCUUUCGACAAUGCUAUUGUUUCAUGGUACAAAGACACCUGGGAACUGAAAGAGAGCCCUAAGUACAACUUUACAAGUGAGGGCCGAAGACAUUUCAUGGUCAUCCGAAAUGUGACCAUCGAAGACGAAGGCGUGUACUCAGUGAUUGUGAGAUUGGAGCCCAGAGGAGAGGCUAAGAGCACAGCUGAGCUUUAUUUGUCUGGCAAAGAAAUUGAAUUAGCAAUGGUGCCCCUCGAUAUCCCAGACUCCUCAGUUCAGAGGCCUGAAGUGCCUUCAUCAGUGGCAAUUCAAGAAUCUGCUGAAUUCUAUCAUUAUGAAGAAGAACAUAGAGAAUCAGCUGAAUAUUCAUAUCACUAUGAGGAAGAGGUGGAGGUGGAGCAGAGAGUUGAGUAUCAGAGUUGGACAGAAGAGACGAUAACACAACAGGUGUCCACAGCCGAAGCUGCCAGAGUUCCCAUCGAGGAGACAGUGGAGACCAAGAAAGUGGAAAUGAGAGAGGAAAUCCCAUCAGAAGCUCCCAAAGCUGAGAAAAAGCCUGAAGAGAAGCCAGCACCAUCUGUGAAGGAGCCAUCACCACCAAAAGUACCAGAAGCCAAAAAGCCAGUGGAGGAAAAGGUUCCUGUAGUUACAGUUCCAGAGAAGAAAGAGGUUCCUGCUCCCAAAGAACCGGAGGAGGUUAAGAAGCCUGCUGCUCCCUCACCUACCGAGAAGCCUGGAGUGCCAAAGAAAGAUGAGCACAAGCCUCAGGUACCAACUGAGCCCAAAAAAGUGGCACCUACGGCUAAGCCUGAGCCAGAAGCCAAACCCAAGCCGAAGGUAGAACCUGAACCAACGCCUAAGCCUGUACCGGCUCCCAAAGCAGAACCUGAAGCCAAACCAGUGGCAAAGGUUGAGCCGGAGCCUGUGCCUAAGCCGGCACCAGUAAAGAAACCAGCAACACCACCAUCCAAAGAUGAAACCAAGGGACCUGUCCAAGCACCAGGAGGGGUCAAAAAAGAAAUGGUUCUUCACAAAAAAGGUAAAAUUCAGUUGGAAGAGGAUGGGACGUUUGAGAUUCCCACCUUGAGGAAAACAACUAGAGUCAAGAAGGAAGUGGAAGAGGAGCAGGAAAUUAUAAAAUUGAAGAAGAUUCCAUCAGUUCAACCUAAAGUGAUUGAACAAGAGGAAAAGCCUCAGAAAUUUACCAAGACCACAGUCAUUGAUGUUGAGGAGAUGGUGCAUAAAGAAGAAACUUUGGAGAUAUCAGUCACCACUCGAAAACCUGCAGAGGAGAAGAAACCUCGAGAGAAAGCAGAUGUAGUGAAAAAGCCAGAAAUUGUCAAGCCUGAAGAAGAGGAACAGAAAGGAGCUCUUAAAGAUGCAUGGACCCGCCAGAAACCCACCCCAAAAGAUGAGAAACCAGAUGAUAAGAUUUCUCUUAAGAAAACUCCCAAGGCACCAAAGCAGGAGGAGCCUGCCCCUGCUAGCGCAGCCUUGAAGAAAGUGAAAAAAUUGCCUGCAGAUGAAGCGGAACCAGAAGUAGUCAAACUAAAACCAUUUGAAAAGCCUGUUAAACCAGCUGAAGAGCCAGAGAAAGAUAAGAAAGAGAGGCCAGACAGGGACACUUUGCCUUUCCAGAAGGGAGAGAGGAUCCCCAGAGAAGUGGAAACCAAAGAACCUCCUAAGAAACCUGAGGAAGCUCAUCUGGAGGUAAAAGAGCCACCAACCAAGGAGCCAAAGCCAGCAGAUAAAAAGACAACUCCACAGAAAGAGGCUGAGGAGGUCAAAGCACCCACCAAGAUCAAGAAAAUCCCAACACCAGAACAAGAGAUAGAAAGGGUCAAGCUGAAGCCCUUUGCAAAACCUUCCAAAGAGGCUGCAGAACCUGAGAAGAAACCAGCAGAGGAGAAAGAGCGGAAGCCAAUCGAUGACUUGCACCAUCGUCGCACAACUCCUGAUGAAAAACCAAAAGAACGAGCACCAGAGGCUCCGCCAAAGAAACCCGAGGUCCCAGAAGUUCCAGAGAAGAUGAUGGAGAAGCCAAAGGAGGUGGAAGCAGUUCCAGCACUGAAGACGGUUUCACCUGCACCACCUUCUGUUAAGAAACCUGAAAAGGUUGCUGAGGAGAAGAAACCUCUGCAACUGAAGAAGGGGAUUAUACCCAAAGCAAAAGAAGAGAAGGAAGAAGUGGUUCUGAAGCCUGUGGAGCAACUCAAGAAGGUUGAGCUGAAAAAGACACCAUCUCCUAAAGCUGACAAGCUCAAAGAAGCAGAGAUAGUCCCUGCUGAGAAGAGGCCGACUGUUGAUAAACUUAAAAAGAUUCCUAAAACUGUUUCACCGAAGGACUCUAUCGAAGCUGUGACUCUCAAAAAGGUCCCAAAGAAGCCAUCACCAGAAGAGGACAAGGCUGCAGAACCAACAAAGCCUGGUAAAGAGAAGGUUCCUCUGGUGAAGGAGGUUUCUCCUGGAGCCGUGCAGAUGAAGAAGGUUUCCACCCAGCCAGAGGAGGAGGUAUUUGAAGAGGAGUUUGAAGCUGAGCAAGAGGACGUGCAGGAGGAAGAAGAGGUUUGGGGCUGGGAGCUGGUUCCCCGGGAAAGUUACGGCUCAGAGGACUGGGAGGGUGAGGAAGAGGAAGGUGCUCUGGAGGUUCCAGGGGUGACCAGGAGAGAGGGACAACCAGCAGAAGAAGCAGGAAGAGGUAGAGGUAGAGGGCUGAAACCUAAGCAGACCCCAUCCCCUGGAGAAGGCAGGGGCCGUGGCCUAAAGCCUGGUGGAAGAGGUACACCACCACCAGAAGAACCCUUCGGAGGAUUCAAGCUCAAAGCUGUACCUCUGAAGUUUGUCAAGAAGCUUCAGGACAUCGUGUUACAGGAAGCUGAGUCUAUUGGUUCAUCUGCUGUGUUUGAGUGUGAGGUCUCACCUUCCACUGCCAUCACUUCAUGGAUGAAAGAUGGCAGUAACCUGCGUGAGAGCCCCAAGCACAAGUUCACUUCUGAUGGCAAAGAUCGCAAGUUGAACAUUAUUGAUGUCCAGCUGUCAGACACUGGUGAAUAUACCUGUGUGGCCAAGAAUGCUGGCAAGGAAAUAUCAUGCACAGCCAAGCUCAUUGUUGAAGAGCUACCUGUGAAAUGGAUCAAAGAGCUGGAAGAGGAGACUUCAGCUCUGAAGGGUCAACCACUGUACCUGACCUGUGAGUUGAACAAAGAGAGAGAUGUCAUAUGGAAGAAGAGUGGUGAGGUCCUGAAGAAAAAAGCAGGCAAGAUUCAGAUCAACAUCAUUGGUAUGCAGCAUGCUGUGACCAUCCAGAACUCCACUGAGGAGGAUGCCGGUUCCUACUCAUGCGAAGUGGCUGGGCAGGAGGACGUCAAGACUGCUACAAAUGUCAAAGUGAUUGAAAUCAUCAAAGACUGGAUUGUGAAACCACUGAGAGACCAGCAUGUGAAACCGAAGGCUGCUGCUACAUUUAAAUGCGAGCUCUUCAAAGACACUCCCAAUUGGAAGUGGCUCAAAGGGGAGAAUGAGGUCACUCCCUCUGACAAGAUUGAGAUCAAGAAGGAUGGAAAGGAGCUGACACUCACCAUCAAGAACUGUCAGCCUGAUGAUGUAGCCGAAUAUGCUAUGGAGGUGGAAGGACGUGUCUACACUGCCAAGCUAACAUUAGGAGAGCGGGAGGCUGAGAUCCUGAAGCCCUUGGCCAGCGUUGAGGUGACUGAGAAGGAAGAUGCCAUGUUUGAGACAGAAAUCUCUGAGGAUGAUGUUCCAGGAGAAUGGAAGCUCAAAGGAGAGGUUUUGACCAGAUCCCCGACAUGCGACAUCCAAAUGGAAGGUGGAGUACGUAAGCUCACACUGAAAAACUGCCAGUUGGAUCAGGCCGGAGAAGUGUCCUACCAGGCUUUGAAUGCCAUAACCAGUGCAAUGCUCAAUGUCAAAGAAAUCGAAAUGGAUUUUGUCGUCCCGCUGAAGGACGUUUCUGUGCCUGAAAAGAAACAGGCAAAGUUUGAAUGCACCAUCACGAAGGAUGUCUCUAAGGUCAUGUGGUAUAGAGGGGGUGACAUCAUCACCCCAGACCAGAAGUAUGACAUUAUCGAUGAUGGAAAAAAGCAUAUGCUGAUCAUAAACUGCUGUGAGUUUGACGACGAGGAUGAAUACACAAUUGAGGUUUUGGGUAAAACCUCAACAGCUAGACUUACGGUUGAGGGUAUCAGGCUGAAAUUUAUCUCGCCUAUAAAGGACCAAACCGUCAAGGAAGGCAACACUGCUCAGUUCGAGCUGGAGCUCUCUCAUGAGAACAUCCCUGUCACUUGGUACAAGAACGACAUUAAAAUUCAUCCAAGCAGGACGGUGGUCACUCAUGUGGAUGGAAAGAAACAUGUGCUAGAAAUAAAGGAAGUGACUCUAGAUGAUACUUGCCAAAUUAAGGCUGAGGCCAAAGGGAUUCCUUCUAUGGCCAACCUAACAGUCAUAGAGGGAGAUGCAUACUUCACAGUGAAGCUGCAGGACUAUACUGCAGUGGAGAAAGACCAGGUCAUUCUAGAUUGCGAGCUCAGCAAAGAUGUGGAUGUCAUGUGGUACCACAAUGAGGCUGAGAUCAAAACCUCUAAGAUGGUGGCCAUUAAGGCCGAGGGCAAACGCAGAACGCUCAUCAUCAAUAAAGUUGGGGACAAAGACAGAGGACAGUAUGUAUGUGACUGUGGAACAGACAAGACGACAGCAGUUCUUCACAUUGAAGCUCGCCACAUCAAGGUGGUUCGGCCAAUGUACGGAGCUGAGGUGUUUGACGGAGAGACAGCUCGAUUUGAAGUUGAGCUCAGUGAGGAUGAUGUCCAUGGCCAGUGGAAACUGAAUGGCGAAGUCCUCAGUCCUUCUGCCGAUGUUGAGAUCGUGGAGGACGGUGCCAAACACACUCUGGUUUUGUACAACUGCAAAGUGCCUCAGACAGGCGAGGUGGCAUUUAGCGCCGCCAACGCCAAGUGUUCUGCUAACCUGAAAGUGAAGGAGCUCCCAGUCUCAUUCAUUACGCCACUGGCUGACGUGCACGUGUACGAAAGGGAUGAGGCUAAGUUUGAACUGGAAAUUUCUAGAGAGCCCAAAAGCUUCCGUUGGCUGAAGGGACCUCAGGAGUUGUCAAACGAUGAUAAGUUUGAACUCCUGGUGGAGGGAAAGAGACACACUCUUAUUAUAAAAUCGGCAAGGUAUGAAGAUGAGGCCAAAUACAUGUUUGAGGCUGAAGAUAAGAGGACGUCUGGAAAAUUGAUUAUCAAAGGUAUUCGCCUUGAAUUUAUUAAGCCGAUUAAAGACGUGACUGUGAAGGAACGUGAAACUGCAGAGUUCAGUGUUGAACUCUCUCACGAAAAGAUCCCAGUGGUCUGGUACAAAAAUGACAUCCGUCUGCACCCCAGCAAGGUGGUGCACAUGUCAGAGGACGGAAAAGUGCACACACUGGCCUUCAAGGAGGUCACCAUCGACGACACCUCCAUGAUCAAAGUCGAGGCUAUGGGCAAGACCUCAGAGGCCAUGCUCACCGUACUUGAGGGCGACCUGUACUUCACAGUGAAGCUCCAGAACUACACUGCCGUUGAGAAGGAUGAGGCGAUUUUGUCGUGCGAGCUAAGCAAGUCUGCCGCCGAGGUCAGAUGGUUCAAAGAUGGUAACGAAAUCUUUCCCUCCAAGAACAUCAUCUUCCAGUCAGACGGCAAGAAGCGUCUGCUUGUCAUCAAGAAAGCGGCAAAGAGCAACGUGGGAGCUUACACCUGCGACUGUGGCACAGACAAAACCACAGCCAACCUGAACAUCGAAGAGCGUGAAAUCAAGGUUGUUCGCCCGCUGUACAGCGUGGAGGUCACAGAGACCGAGACAGCCAAGUUUGAGACGGAGAUUUCAGAGGAAGACAUUCACGCCACCUGGAAACUGAAGGGAGAGACGCUCCACCCAUCUGCUGAUGUGGAGAUCAAGGAGGAGGGACCCCGACACAUGUUGAUCCUCUUCAACUGCAGAAAGGACAUGGCCGGAAGCGUUGACUUCUCGGCAGCGAACGCCAAAUCCUCAGCUCAGCUCAGGGUCAAAGCCCGGGUGAUCGGCCUGAUGAGGCCUCUGAAUGAUGUCACCGUGACCGCUGGAGAGACCGCUACCUUCGAGUGCGAGCUGUCAUACGAAGGCAUCGCUGUCGAGUGGUUCCUGGGGGGUACAAAGCUGGAACCAAGCGACAGAGUGGUGUUGAAGGCAGAGGCUAAAGUCCACAGUCUUACUCUGCGGGACGUGCAGCUGGAUGAAGCUGGACAAGUCAAACUCACCGCCAAAGACUUCCAGACUGAGGCAAACCUCAUUGUCAGGGAGCCACCGGUUGAGUUCACGAAGCCUCUGGAGGACCAGACGGUGGAGGAGGAAGCCACUGCCACACUCGAGUGUGAAGUUUCCAGAGAGAACGCAGAGGUGCAAUGGUUCAGGGACGGACAGGAGAUCCGCAAGACCAAGAAGUACGAGAUGAUCGUCGACGGCCGCAAGAGAGCGCUGGUCAUCCACGACUGCACUCCGGACGACUCAAGGACGUACACUUGUGACGCUAAAGACUUCAAAACCUCCUGCUUCCUCACUGUUGAACCUCCACAUGUCGAGUUCACAAAGCCGCUCCAUGAUGUUGAGGUCAGAGAGAAGGAAUCUGCCAGGUUUGAAUGUGAAAUCUCCCGAGAGGACAUCAAAGUCCGCUGGUUUAAGGAUGGAAGUGAAAUUAGAAAGGGGAAGAAGUACGAAAUUAUCGCUCAAGGUCGCCAGCACAUCCUCAUCAUCCACAAGUCGGUGUUUGACGAUGAGGCUGAAUACGAAUGUGACGCUAAGACCUCCAAAUCCUCCGGCAUGCUCACCGUCGUCGAGGAGGAGGCGAGGUUCACCAAGAACCUGUCCAAUGUGGAGGGAACGGAGACGGACAGCGUGAAGCUGAUCUGCGAGGUCUCAAAACCAAGCGCUGAUGUAACCUGGUACAAAGGGGACGAGGAGCUGCCAGAGGGCGGUCGCUACGACCAGAUCGUGGACGGGAAGAGGAGAAUCCUCCUCAUCCAGGACCUGAAGAUGUCCGACGCCGGAGAGUAUAACUGCAGGCUGAGUCCCAGUGUCAAAACCUCCGCAAAUCUCAAGAUUAAUGAACUGGCUGCUGAGUUCAUCUCCAGGCCUCACAGUCAGGAGGUGGUGGAGGGCGAGAAGGCGGAGUUCACCUGCUCCGUCUCCAAGGAAACCUUUGAGGUCAAAUGGCUUAAAGAUGACAAGGAGCUGGAGGCUGGAGACAAAUACCAGAUGGUCAGUGAUGGCAAGAGGCGAACUCUGGUCAUCAAGAACUGCGAACUCAAAGAUGAGGGCGGAUACGUUGUGUUGAUUGGAGCAACCAGAGCCAGCGCCGACCUCGCUGUGCUCGAGAAACUGAAGAUCAUCACGCCGCUGAAGGACACAGAGGCCAACGAAGGGCAGGAAGUCGUCCUGAACUGCGAGGUGAACACAGAGGGAGCAAAAGCCAAGUGGCUGAAGAACGAGGAGACGUUGUUUGAGAGCAGCAAGUACCUGAUGGUCCAGAGAGACAACGUCUUCUCCCUGAGGAUCAGAGACGCCCAGAAGGGAGACGAAGCCAACUUCAGCAUCAACCUGACCAAUCAGAGAGGAGAGCAGGCCAAGAGCUCCUGCAACCUCACUGUCAAAGAGGAGAGUCUGAGGAUCAUCGUUCCUCUGGAGGACAUUGACACUCAGGAGAAGAAGACCGUGAGCUUCUCCUGUAAGGUCAACAGGCCCGGCGCCACUCUGAAGUGGAUGAAGGCCGGCGAGGAGAUCACCUUCAGCAAACGCAUCAUUUACAGAGUAGACAAAGAAAAACACACGCUGACCAUCAAAGACUGCAUGCUGACAGAUGAGGGCGAGUACACCGCUGUGGCCGGAGACAGCAAGUCCACCGCAGAGCUGAUCAUCAGCGAGGCGCCGACAGACUUCUCCCUGCACCUGAAGGACCAGACCAUCACCGAGUUCGAGGACGCAGAGUUCACAUGCAAGUUGACCAAAGAGAAAGCCGACGUGAAGUGGUACAGAAACGGACGUGAGAUCAGAGAAGGACCGAGAUACACAUUUGAAAAAGAAGGAAAGAUUUGCACCUUGCGUAUCAAGGAGUGCAGACCUGAUGACGAGUGUGAAUACGCCUGUGGUGUGGACGAAAAGAGGUCCAGAGCCAGGCUCUUUGUUGAAGAGAUUCCAGUGGAGAUUGUCAGACCACCACAGGAUGUGUUCGAAGCUCCAGGCUCAGACGUCGUAUUUGAGGCGGAGCUGAACAAGGACAGAGUGGAGGUGAAGUGGCUGAGGAACAAUAUGCCAGUUGUCCAAGGAGACAAACACCAGAUGAUGAGUGAGGGUAAAGUCCACAGACUGCAGGUCUGUGAGAUCAGACCUCGAGAUCAGGGAGAGUACAGAAUCAUUGCCAAAGACAAAGAUGCCAAGGCCAAGCUGGAGCUGGCAGCUGUUCCUCAGAUAAAGACCACAGACCAAAACUAUGUCACAGAUGCCAGGAAGCCCAUCGUCAUGGCCGUCCCCUACAGCGCCUACCCGCAGGCUGAGGCCGACUGGCUGUACAACAACCUGAGUCUGUCCAAAGAAAACAUCUACACAUCCGCCGAUCGCACAGAGUACCGGCUGAAGGACCCCAUGAAGUCUGACGAGGGCCGCUACAAGAUCAUCAUCAAGAACAAACAUGGAGAAGGAGAAGCCUUCAUCAACCUGGAAGUCAUCGAUGUCCCAGGACCCGUGAAGAACCUACAGGUGGUCGACACCGCCGAUGGCGAGGUCAGCCUGGCAUGGGAGGAGCCUGAGAGCGAUGGCGGCGCCAAGGUCAUUGGCUAUGUGGUGGAGAGACGCGACGUGAAGCGUAAGACAUGGACGCUGGCCACAGACAACGCUGAGAGUCCCGAGUACACAGUGACCGGCCUACACAGGGACUCCAUGUACCUGUUCAGAGUCUGUGCCAGAAACCGGGUCGGCAGCGGACCCAACGUAGAGACCGAUGAACCUGUACAGGCCAGGAACAAGUUUGAUGUUCCUGAUGCUCCUCUGAACGUGAUUGUGGGAAAUGUCACCAAGUUUGGCUGCACCGUCUCCUGGGAGCCUCCCGAGUCGGACGGAGGUUCUCCCAUCACCUCUUACAUCAUUGAGCUGCGUGACAGAACGUCGGUGAAGUGGUCGCCGGUCCGGGUGACCAAAGCCGAUGAGCUCAGCGCCAUUAUUAACGACGUCAUCGAGAACAAAGAGUACAUCUUCAGAGUCAAAGCUGAGAACAAAGCCGGUGUUGGCAAGCCCAGCGCUGCCUCUCAGCCCGUCAAGAUUAUGGAUCCCAUUGAGCCUCCCAGUCCCCCUCUGAACCUGGUCUGGCAGGACCAGAAUAAGAGCUCAGUGCAGCUCACCUGGGAGACUCCUCUGAGGAACGGAGGCAGCAUGAUCACCGGAUACAUCAUCGAACGCUGCGAGGACGGCACCAACAAGUGGCUCCGCUGCAAUGCCCGUCUCUGCCCGGACCUGUUCUACAAGGUAUCUGGUUUGAAAUAUGGAACAAAGUACAACUACAGAGUGUUUGCUGAAAACGCUGCCGGAGUCUCUGACCCGUCAAACAUCAUCGGGCCUCUGUUGGCUGACGACCCACACGUUGGUCCAACCUUCGACCUGAGUGGUUUCAAAGACGGCCUGGAGGUGAUUGUCCCUCAGCCUCUCACCAUCAGAGUCCCCAUCACCGGAUACCCGAUCCCCGUAGCCAAGUGGACCUUUGGAGAGAAGGAGCUGACCACUGCUGACGAACGGGUCACCAUGACAACCAGGUCCACAUUCACAGAACUGAUCGUCACGCCGAGCGUCCGUCCAGACAAGGGCAUCUACACUCUGCAGCUGGAGAACGAUGUCACAUCUGUCUCAGGGGAGAUUGAAGUCAAUGUCAUCGCGGCACCCAGCGCACCAAAGGACUUCAAGGUUGUGGAGGUGACCCGGCAGCACGUGCACCUGAGCUGGGAGGCUCCGGAGCACGAUGGAGGAAGCCCCCUGACUGGCUACCAGGUGGAGAAACGUGAUGUGUCCCGUAAGACCUGGGUCAAGGUUGCCACAGGUGUCCAGGAUCAGGAGUUUACUGUCACUGACGUGGUUGAAGGGAAGGAGUAUCUGUUCAGAGUCACUGCCUGCAACAAGUGUGGACCAGGAGAGCCGGCGUACAUCGACGAGCCUGUCAACGUCUCCUCUCCUGCCACCAUCCCCGACCCUCCAGAGAACCUGAGGUGGAGAGACAAGUCUGCCAGUGGCAUCUUCCUGACCUGGGAGCCACCAAAAUAUGACGGCGGCUCCAACAUCCGAGGCUACAACGUGGACCGCUGCCAGAGAGGAGCUGAUAAAUGGGAGCCCUGCGGGGAUAUGGUGCCUGAGCUGAAGUUCCAGGUGACAGGUCUGAUCGAGGGCCAGUGGUACUCCUACAGAGUUCGAGCCCUGAACCGACUUGGGGCCAGCCAGCCCUGCAAGGCCACUGAUGAGAUCCAGGCAGUCGAUCCCAAAGAACCUCCAGAGAUCCAGCUGGAUGCCAAGCUUCUGGCCGGUCUGACCGCCAAGGCCGGGAGCAAGAUUGAACUCCCUGCUGAGGUGACAGGUAAGCCCGAACCUCGGGUGAAAUGGACUAAGGCUGACCUGGUGCUCAAACCAGAUGACAGGGUGUCCAUUGACACCAAGCCAGGACAUUCAACCGUCACCAUUGCCAAGACCAAGAGAGACGACAGCUCCACCUACAUCAUUGAGGCCACCAACAGCAGCGGCCGUGCCACUGCCACCGUCGAUGUCAACAUCCUCGAUAAGCCUGGUCCUCCGGCUGCCUUCGACAUCUCUGAGAUCACCAAUGAGUCCUGCUUCUUGGCCUGGAACCCUCCACGAGACGAUGGUGGUGCCAAAGUCACCAACUACAUUGUGGAACGCAGAGCUGCUGACAGUGAGAUCUGGCACCGUCUGUCCUCCACCAUUAAACAGACCACAUACAAAGCUGUAGGCCUGGUUAAGUUCAAGGAAUACAUCUUCAGAGUCUUCGCUGAGAACCAGUUUGGUGUUGGCCCACCGGCCGAACACCCAUCCAUCAUUGCCAGAUACUCUUUCGACACUCCUGGAGCUCCUUACAAGCUUGAGGCUUCAGACAUUGCAAAGGACUCCGUGACUCUGUCCUGGUAUGAGCCUGAUGAGGACGGUGGAAGCCCCAUCACUGGAUACUGGGUGGAGAGAUACGAACCUGACCACGACAAAUGGAUCAGAUGCAACAAGUUGCCCAUCAAAGACACCAACUACAGAGUCAAAGGUCUUCCCACCAGGAAGAAGUACAAGUUCAGGGUCCUGGCUGAGAAUCUGGCUGGAACUGGAAAACCCAGCAAGGAGACAGACCCGAUCCUUGUCAAAGAUCCAAUUGAUCCUCCUUGGCCUCCUGGCAAACCCACUGUGAAGGAUGUGGCUAAGACUUCCUGCUUCCUGAUGUGGACCAAACCAGAGCAUGACGGUGGAGCAAAGAUCGACGGCUACAUCAUUGAGAUGUUGAAGAGCGGUACCGUGGACUGGAUCCGCGUGGCAGAGAACAUCAGCAUCCUGGAACACUUCCUGAAGGGCUUGAUGGAGAAGCAAGAGUACUCAUUCAGGGUGCGAGCUGUUAAUGUGGCAGGAGAGAGUGAACCCAGCGAGCCGAGUGACCCAGUGCUCUGCAAAGAGAGACUCAACCCACCUUCAGCUCCUCGCUGGUUGGAUGUCAUCAACAUCAGCAGGAACAGCGCCGACUUGAAGUGGACGGCUCCUGAGCGAGACGGGGGCUCACCAAUCACCAAUUACGUGGUGGAAAAGCGUGAUGUGAGGCGUAAAGGCUGGCAGACCGUCGACACCACUGUCAAGGAGCUGAAGUACACCGUGACGCCGCUCAACGAAGGUUCGCUCUAUGUGUUCCGUGUUGCCGCCGAGAACGCUGUGGGCGUUGGGCCUUUCUGUGAGCUGCCGGACUCUGUGCUGGCCAAAGACACUUUCACCACUCCUGGGCCACCGUAUGCCCUCGCUGUCAAUGCUGUGACCAAAAGAUACGUGGACCUGCAGUGGGAGGCACCUAAAAACGACGGUGGCAGACCCAUCCUCAGGUACUCUAUUGAAAAGAAGGAGAAGCUUGGAACUCGUUGGGUGAAAUGCGGGAAGACGUCAGGCCCAGACUGUAAGUACAGAGUGACAGACGUCAUUGAGGGAACAGAAGUUCAGUUCCAGGUCAGCGCUGAGAAUGAAGCCGGCGUUGGUCAUCCGAGUGAACCCACCGAGAUCCUCACCAUCGAGGACCCAACAGGCGUUCCAUCACCUCCCAUUGAGCUGCACGUGACUGGAGCCAGUCGGGACUUCCUGUCCAUCGCCUGGAAGCCUCCACAGAGGGAUGGUGGCUGCCCCAUCACUGGCUACCACAUUGAGAUGUGUGAGGCCGGGACAGAGAAAUGGAUGAGGGUCAACUCUCGUCCAGUGAAGGAGCUGAAGUAUCGUGUGGAGGAAGGUGUGGUCCCUGAGAAGGAGUACAUCCUGAGAGUGAGGGCCAUCAAUGCUGUUGGAGUCAGCGAGCCCUCUGAUAUCUCUGAGAACGUCUUCGCCAACGAAUCUGACUGUAACCCAACACUGGACUUCCAGACUCUGGACCUUGUUGUUGUGGAAACAGAGAAGUUGCACAUCCCGGUUCCCUUCAGAGCUGUCCCCUCACCCAGAAUCACCUGGCACAAAGACGGCAAGGAGCUGAAGGCCGACGAACGCCUCGGCUUCAGGAAGGAGUAUACUUCCUGCCACCUGGAGAUUGACAGCAGCGUUCAUGCUGAUGCAGGACAGUACAAAGUGACACUUGAGAACAGACUGGGAGCUGCCAGCGCCACCAUCAACGUCAAAGUCAUCGGUCUUCCUGGGCCCUGUAAAGAAAUCCUGGCCUCUGAGAUCACAAAGAGCUCCUGCAAAGUGUCCUGGGAUCCUCCAGACUAUGACGGCGGCAGCCCAGUUAUUCACUAUGUCCUGCAGCGCCGUGAGGCCGGCAGGAGGACAUAUGUCAACAUGAUGUCUGGAGAAAACAAGGUGAGCUGGACCGUGAAAGACCUCAUCCCCAACGGAGAGUACUACUUCCGAGUCCAGGCAGUCAACAAGAUCGGGGGAGGAGAGUUUGUUGAGCUCCGCAAUCCUGUCAUCGCAGAGGACCAGAAACAUGCUCCUGACCCACCGGUGGAUGUGGAGACCCACAACCCCACGUCAAGCACCAUCACUCUGACCUGGAAGCCGCCUAUGUACGACGGCGGCUGCAAGAUUAUGGGCUACGUCCUGGAGAAGCAGCAGAAGGGCGAGGACAAGUGGGAGAGGUGCAACGACUUCCUGGUGCCUGUCCUGUCCUACACUGUCAGAGGGCUAACGGAGGGCAAGAACUACACCUUCAGAGUCAAAGCCGAAAACGCUGCCGGGGUCAGCGAGCCGUCUCGCAACACGCCAUUCGUCAAGGCUUCGGACGCCAUCGACCGUCCAAAGGUUUUCCUGAGCGGCAGCCUGCAGUCUGGCCUCAGUGUGAAACGAGGCUGCGAGAUCUGCCUGGACGCCAACAUUUCUGGCUCUCCAUAUCCUCAGAUCACCUGGUACUGGAACAACCAGGUGAUCCGGCCUGAGCCGCUCCGCAAGAGACCUGAAAAACCCCUGAAGAAGAAGGUAGAGAAGAAGGAGGAGAAGAAGGAGGAGGAGAAGAAGGAAACUGGAGAAGCUGAGAAGAAGGAAGAGAAGGAGGGAGAAGUGAAGGAAGGAGAAGAGAAGAAGGAGGGAGAGGGGGAGAAGAAGGAGGAGGAGAAGAAGAAGGAAGAGGAGGCAGCAGAACCCGAGGUGGAGGAGACCGACUACCCAACGAUGAACGAACGUCUGACCAUUGACAACAGCCACAGGGGCAUGUCCUCUGUCGUAAUCAAGGACUCGUACCGCAGCGACCACGGCGUUUACAUGGUGAAGGUGGAGAACGAUCAUGGCACUGCCUCAGCCACCUGCGAGGUCAACGUGCUUGAUACCCCUGGGCCUCCAGUGAACUUCACAUUUGAGGAGGUGAGGAAGAACUCUGUGAUUUGUAAGUGGGAUCCUCCUCUGGAUGACGGCGGCAGUGAGAUCCUCAACUACACUCUGGAGAAGAAAGACAACUCGAAGCUGGAGAUCGGCUGGAGCAGCGUCACCUCCACUCUAAGAGGAUGUCGCUACCUGGUGCCUAAACUCAUCGAGAAGAAGGAGUACAUCUUCAGGGUAGUAGCAGAGAACAAGUAUGGCGCUGGUCCAUACUGCGUCUCCAAACCACUCGUCGCUAAGAAUCCUUUCGAACCUCCUGAGGCUCCUGAUAAACCACAGAUUGACGACAUUACAGCCCACAGCAUGCUGGUCACUUGGAACCAACCAAACGACAAUGGCAGCCCCAUCUUGGGAUACUGGGUGGAGCGCCGUGAGAUCAACAGUUCACAUUGGGCACGUGUCAACAGGAACAUCAUUCCUGACACUGAGCUGAAUGUUGAAGGUCUCCUGGAGGGCCUCACUUACAUCUUCAGGGUGGCGGCUGAGAACCAGGCCGGCCCUGGGAAGUUCAGCAUCCCCUCUGAUCCCAAGACAGCCCAGGCUCCGAUCUUACCUCCUGGUCCUCCAAUUGCCCGAGUGGCAGCAACCACAGACCACUCCAUCGAGGUGGAGUGGGAUCCACCUGCCGACAACGGUGGAGGAGAGAUCCUGGGAUACCACGUUGAUAAGGCCAUGGCUGGUACCAAGGACUGGUCCAGGUCUACAGAGCGUCCUUGGAAGAACCGGACUUUCACCGUCUAUGGAGUUCGUGAGGGAGCUAAGUACCUGGUCAGAGUCAUUGCCUGCAAUGCUGCUGGAGAGGGAACACCAGGAUUCACAGAGUCUGUGUUCGUCAGGAAUCCUGCAGAGAUGCCGGUGAUUGAACUGGAUCUGUCUGUCAAAAAUGGCGUGAUCAUCAGAGCUGGAGAGACCCUCAGUGUACCCGCUACAGUCACAGGUAAACCCUACCCAUCUAUCACCUGGACCAUUGACGAUGCCAAACCUGACAAAGACCGUGUGGAGAUCCUCACCGAGGGCAACGACAGCAUUGUUUCAAUCAAGAACGUUCAGAGAAAGGACUGCGGUAAAUACCACAUCUCUGCCUGCAAUCCCAGCGGCACCAGGGCUGCCUCCACCAGAGUGGAGGUCAUGGAUGUUCCCGGACCGGUCACGGACCUGAAACCUGUUGUCGUCACUCGCAAGAUGAUCUUCCUGAACUGGGACGACCCGGAGGAUGAUGGAGGCAGCGACUUGACUGGCUUCAUUGUGGAGCGAAGAGACGCCAAGAUGCAUACAUGGAGGCAGCCUGUUGAAACUACUUCGUCAAAGUGUGAGUGUGUCGGCAUCAUGGAGGGACAGGAGUACAUGUUCCGGGUCAUCGCAAAGAACAAGUAUGGCAUGGGCCCACCUGUUGAGCUCGGACCCAUCAAGGCUGUGGACCCACAGGGUCCACCAUCGUACCCCGAGAAGUUCCACUACACCGAGCGCACCAAGAACUCCAUCACACUGGCCUGGAAGCCACCACGUAAUGAUGGCGGCAGCCCUGUCAUCGGCUACUUUGUUGAGAAGAAGAGACAGGACCAGCAGGCCUUUGAGCCCUGUAACACGGAGAUCUGCCCGAACAUGACCAUGACUGUGGAGGGUCUGGAUGAUGCCUGGAUGUAUGAGUUCAGGAUCAAGUGCGCCAACCUAAUUGGAGAGAGCGAGCCAUCCAUCCCGCUCACUGUGGUCAUCCAAGACGAUGAAGUGGCUCCUGAGGUCCACAUGCUGAAACACUUCAAGGGAGACUCCAUUACUGUGAGGAAGGGUGAGUCCAUUGAGAUUCCCGCUGAUGUCCUGGGUCUCCCCAUCCCGAAGGUUGAGUGGUCCAAGGAUGAUGUGGUGAUCGAGAAGCCCACAGAGACUCUGCUCAUGGAGACCGAAGUCACUGGCAGGAUGAACUGCAAGACCAUGCUGUCAAUCCCAGCAGCCAACAGGAGGGACCGUGGCAGCUAUACUGUGUCUGCCUCCAACAACAUGGGCUCAGCCAAACACACCAUCUCGGUCAUGGUGCUGGACCGACCACUUCCACCCAGGAAUGUCACAGUUUCCAACAUUAAAGCAGAGUCUUGCUACCUCCAUUGGGAUGCACCACUGGAUAAUGGUGGCAGUGAGCUGACUAACUACAUUGUUGAGAAGAUGGAGGUAGUGAAGGGGGAACCAGAGCUAGAAGAGGGACAGGAAGCUCCACCUGAGCCACAGUGGGUGGAGGUAACGAACAGCAUCAUCGACAGGAAAUACGGGGUAUGGAACCUCGAGACAAACAAGACCUAUCUGUUCCGGGUUAGAGCUGAGAACCGCUAUGGUAUAUCUGACCCCUGCGCAACGGAGGAAGUCCAGAUCACAGAUCCAUUUGGUCUUCCUGGACCGCCAGAGAAACCAACCAUCGCAGAGUACUCCAAGACCUCCAUGACCCUAACUUGGGAGCCUCCCAGAGACACUGGUGGCUCUAUGAUUAUCGGCUACUGGCUGGAGAAGAGAGAGAAAGGCACUGACUACUGGGCCAGAGUCAACAAGAUGCCUGUCACCAAGAGGGGCAUGAAAGGCUGGGAGUACCAGGUGACUCGUUUGAUCGAAGGAACAGAAUAUGAGUUCAGGGUUGCUGCCUGCAAUUCUGCAGGAACUGGGCCGUUCAGUGGACCAUCUGACUCCGCCUUUGCUGUCGAUCCCCUGACUCCUCCCAGCAUGCCUGCUGCCCCUGAGGUGGUUGACAAGACAAAGCACAGUGUCACACUGUCUUGGAAGCCGCCAGAGAGGGAUGGAGGCAGCCCCAUCAAGGGCUACAUCAUCCAGAUCCAGGAUGAGGGCAAAUCAGAUUGGGUGAGGGUGAACGACCCAGACACCCUGCACCCCACCACUGAGUUCACUGUGCCCAGUCUCCGCGAGCUCAAACGCCACCGCUUUAGGAUCAUCGCCGUAAAUGAUGUUGGCGAGUCAGACCCCAGCCCCCGCACCGGCGAGGUUCUAGUUGAAGACAUUCAGCUUGGGCCUUCCAUCAACAUUGACGUAAUGGCAGACGACCUGCUCUGCAUCCGUGCCGGAGAUCCUAUUAGGAUCCCUGCCACCAUCAAAGGCCGCCCUGUUCCCAAGGUAACCUGGGACUUUGAUGGCAAAGCCAAGUCACACAAGAAGAACAAACUGCACACACUGCCUGUGGACUCAGAGGUUGAGUCCACCGACACCACGUCUGUUGUGACCAUCCCUGUCAGUCUGAGGAGCCACUCUGGACGUUACACCAUCACUGCCAAGAACAAGUCUGGACAGAAACAUGUCAACGUCCGAGUCAAUGUGCUCGACGUCCCCGGACCUCCCAAAGAACUCAAGGUAACUGACAUCACCCGGUCGACGAUGAGGCUGAUCUGGAAACUGCCCGACAAUGACGGAGGGGAGAGGAUCAAGAGCUACUUUAUCGAGAAGAAAUCUGUCACUGACAAGGCCUGGACAAAGGUGAAUGCAGCCUGUGCCAGCCAGGCUUAUGUGGUGCCGGGCCUGCUUGAAGGUCAGGACUACCUGUUCAGGGUCCGAGCUGAGAACAGACUUGGAUUUGGCCCAUUCACUGUCACCACCGAACCUGCGCGAGCCAGAGACCCCAUCUACCCACCUGACCCCCCCACCAAGCUGAAGGUCAAUCUGGUGACAAAGAACACUGUCACUUUGAGCUGGGAGCCUCCCAAAAACAAUGGGGGCUCUCCAGUGACGCAUUACAUCAUCGAGCGUUUGAGCUGGGACACCAGUGGCAAGGAGAAGGAGACCUGGAAGCAGUGCAACAAGAGAGACGUGGAGGAACUCACCUUUGUGGUUGAGGACCUGAAGGAGGGAGGAGAGUAUGAGUUCAGGGUAAAAGCAGUGAAUGCCGCUGGACCCAGCCGACCCUCUGCCACUGCUGGACCCCUGGUCAUCAAGGAUCAGACAUGUGCUCCCACCAUUGAGCUGCGUGAGGCCAUGGAGGGCGAGGAGGGCUGCGAUGUCAGCAUUGUGGCCAAGGUGAGCGGCUGUCCGUUCCCCACGCUCACCUGGCAGAAAGCCAGUCUGGCCAAACCUGAGGAGAAGGCUGCCAUCCAGUACGACCAGCAUAUCAGCAAACUGGUGACCCAGGACAAGUGCACGCUGCUGAUCCAGCAGGCCGACAGGCACGACAGCGCCCUCUACAGCCUGACAGCGAGCAACAGUCUGGGCACUGUCACCAAGGAUAUCAAACUCUCUGUGUUUGGACCUCCCGGCCCGCCUGUCGGACCAAUCAAGUUCACAGAGGUGUUUGCAGAGAGGAUUGGUCUGGUCUGGAACCCUCCUACUGAUGACGGUGGAUCCAAGAUCACCAACUAUGUGGUUGAGAAACGUGAGGACAACAGGAAGUCCUGGGUCCAUGUCUCCAACGACCCUAAGGAGUGUGCCUACGUGGUGACCCGGCUUACUGAAAACCACGAGUACGAGUUCAGAGUUAUGGCCCAAAACAAGUUUGGAGUCGGACCUCCGUUGACCAGUGAGCCUGAGAAGGCCAGAAACCUCUUCACCGUGCCGGGUCAAUGUGAGAAACCAACUGUAACCGAAGUCUGUCUGGAGUCGAUGACCGUAAACUGGGACGAGCCCAAGUACGACGGUGGCUCCCCCAUCACCGGCUACAUUGUCGAGAAGAAGGAGACCACCUCCAAGCGCUGGGCCCGCGUCACCCGCGAGCCGAUCCGAGCGCUGCCUCUGGGUAACAACUGGGACGUCACCGGCCUGCUGGAGGGCGCCAUGUACCAGUUCAGGGUCAUCGCUGUCAAUGCGGCUGGCUGCGGUCUGCCCAGCAUGCCCUCUGACCCCGUACUCUGCAGAGACCCCAUCAAGCCUCCCGGGCCCCCCACUCCAAAGGUGACGGACUGGACAAAGUCAACGGUGGAGCUGGAGUGGAUCCCUCCUCUGCUAGACGGAGGGUCAAAGGUCACAGGCUACAUCGUGGAGUUCAAGGAGGUGAACAAGGAGGAGGAGGAGAAGAAGGCUCAGAGGAGGCUGCUGCUGAGCGAUGCUGAGGAGGAGAAAGAACCUGAGAGCGAGGAGGCCUGGGAGAAGGCGAAAGACACAGAGAUCAGAGGAACCAAGUUUGUCGUGGCUGGUUUGAAGGAAGGCGGUCUGUACCGCUUCAGAGUUCGAGCUGUGAAUGCUGCUGGAGUAGGGGACCCUGGACUCGUAUCUGAGCUGAUUGAGGUCAAAGACAGAACAAUCCCUCCUGAGAUGGAUCUUGAUGCCUCAGUGAAGGAAAAGAUUGUGGUCCACGCCGGUGGCACCAUCCGCAUCAUCGCCUACGUGUCCGGUAAACCAGCCCCACAGAUCAAAUGGUGCAGAGACGACGCCGAGGUGCCCAAAGAGGCUGUGGUGGAGACGACUGGCAUCUCCAAUUCGCUGGUCAUCAAGAACUGCAGACGCCAACACCAGGGCAUCUACACUCUGAGCGCCAAGAACGAGGGAGGAGAGAGGAAGAAGGCUGUCAUUGUUGAGGUCCUGGAUGUCCCCGGACCAGUCGGCCUUCCUUUUGCUGGAGAGAAUCUGACUAACGACUCCUGCAAGCUGACCUGGUACUCCCCAGAGGAUGAUGGUGGCUCGGCCAUCACUAAUUACAUCAUCGAGAAGAGGGAGUCGGAUCGCAUGGGCUGGACGUCGGUGUCCUACACAGUGACAAGGAACAACGCUGUGGUUCAGGGACUCAUUGACGGCAAGGGCUACUUCUUCAGGAUUGCAGCUGAGAACAUCAUCGGCAUGGGACCUUUCAUCGAAACCGACAGGAUGGUCCUCAUCAAGGACCCCAUCUCCGUUCCAGAGCGUCCAGAGGACCUGAUCAUCACUGCUGUUACGAAGGACUCAAUCUCUGUCUUCUGGAGACCGCCCAAGUACGACGGCGGUGCUGAGGUGACUGAGUACGUCCUUGAGUCCCGCAUGAUCGGCCGGGACAACUUCACACGAGUGGGUGGAGAGGACAAGCUGAUGGACAGGAAGUUCACACUGACGGGGCUGAAGGAUGGCUCGAGUCAUGAGUUCAGAGUGUCCGCCAUCAACCAGGUUGGACAGGGCAAACCGUCAUUUGCCACCAAACCAGUCCAGUGCAAGGACGAGCUCGAACCACCUACUCUGGAAAUGGACAUCAGGGACAAGAUGAUGGUGAAGGUGGGUGACAGCUGCACACUGUCAGGACGCUACAGCGGCAAACCGGCCCCAACAAUCUCCUGGACAAAGAACGACGAGGAGCUGAAGGCAGAUGAGGAGAUCAGCUUCCACAGCACUGCCCGACACCUCAGCCUCAACAUUAGCAAAGCCAAGAGAGAACACAGCGGCCGCUACUGCGUCAGCGUGGAGAACGCUGCCGGAGCUCGCACGGGCAUCUGCACCAUCACCGUAGUCGACCGCCCUCAGCCUCCGGAGGGCCCCGUGGUCUUCAACGAGAUCUACAGGAACUACAUGGUGAUAUCCUGGAACCCUCCUCUGGAUGAUGGAGGCUGCGCAGUCUCCAACUACAUCAUCGAGAAGAGAGACACCAACAGAGACCUGUGGAUGCCUGUCACCUCGUCCUGCACCAGGACCACCUGCAAGGUGCCGAAGCUGAUUGAGGGCCGUGAGUACAUCAUCAGGAUCAUGGCUCAGAACAUCUAUGGCAUCAGCGACCCCCUGCUGUCUGCAGAGACAAAGGCGAGAGAUAUCUUCAAGGUUCCUGAUGCCCCUAAACAGCCCACAGUGAAGGAAGUUUACCACGACUCCGCCCUCAUCAGCUGGGAGCCACCUGCUGAUGGAGGAAAGCCAAUCACAGGCUACAUUGUGGAGAGGAAGGAGACCAUGGCCAACAGGUGGGUUCGCUGCAACACAGAGAGAAUCCAUCCAAAGGUGGAGUACUGGGUGUUGGAGCUGCUGCAAGGCUGUGAGUACGAGUUCAGAGUCAGCGCUGAGAAUGAGGUAGGAGUCGGUGACCCGAGCCCACCCUCCAAACCCGUCUUCGCCAAAGAUCCCAUUGUGAAACCCGGUCCACCAGUGAAUGUCCAGGCCAUUGACUACACCAAGGAGUCAGUGACUCUGUCCUGGCAGCCACCUACCGACACUGGCAGAGGAAAGAUCUUCGGUUACUUGCUGGAGUUCCAGAAGGCUGGAGAGGAGGAGUGGUGCAAGGUGAACCAGACUCCAGACUCCUGCCAGGAGACCAGGUUUAAAGUGAUCAACCUGGAUGAAGGUGCUCUGUACCGCUUCAGAGUCAUGGCUGUGAAUGCUGCUGGAGAGUCCGACCCAGCUAACCUGAAGGAGCCAAUCAGAGUGCAGGACAGACUGGAGCCCCCUGAGCUAAUUCUGGAUGCUGGAAUGACAAGAGAGGUGAAGGCCAUGGCUGGCACUCACAUUACACUGAUGGCCACAAUCAAAGGCGUCCCAUUCCCCACUGUUACCUGGAAGAAGAACGACGCUGAAGUUCCCACCAGGGCCGACAUUGAGACCAAUCAGGCCGGCACCAAGCUAGAGAUGAGGUUCUGUAACCGUGGUGACUGUGGAGACUACACCCUAACCGUGGAGAACCCGGCAGGAUCUAAGACAGUCACUUGUACUGUUCUUGUUCUUGACAAACCUGGUCCCAUCCAGCACCUCCGGGUGUCUGACAUCAGGAGUGACUCCGCCUACCUAUCCUGGAAGGAUCCAGAGGACAACGGUGGUGCUCGCAUCACCAACUUUGUGGUGGAAAAGAAAGACACUGCAUCCACUCAGUGGGUCCCUGUCUGCUCCACAUCCAAGAAACGCAGCAUGAUGCUAAAGCACCUGAUGGAGGGCACAUCCUACUCGUUCAGAGUUGCUGCUGAGAAUCAGUACGGCCGCAGCGAAUAUGUUGAGACUCCAAAGGCCAUCAAGGCAAUGAACCCACUCUUCCCUCCAGGUCCUCCCAAAGACCUGCACCACGACGAUGUGGACAAAACUGAGGUGUGGUUGGUAUGGAACUGGCCUGACCGCAAUGGAGGGAGUGAGAUCACAGGUUUCCUGGUGGAGUAUCAGGAAGAGGGAGAGAAGGAGUGGUAUGAAUGGAAGACCGUCAGCAUCCCUGAGAGCCAUGUGACUGGCCUGGAGGAAGGAAAGACCUACCGCUUCAGAGUGAGGGCUGAGAACGCUAUUGGCCUCAGCAGACCCGAUACCACCGUGCCUAUCCUCUGCCAGGAGAAACUGGUGCCUCCAUUUGUUGAGGUGGACGUUAAGCUCACUGAGGGCAUCAUUGUAAAGGCUGGCACCACCAUCAGGCUGCCAGCUAUCAUGAGAGGAAUUCCUGUUCCCACUGCAAAGUGGUCCAUCGAAGGAGAGGAGAUCACCAGCCAGGGCAACAUCAAGAUUGACACUGACAACUUCUCCACUGUGCUCAGCAUUAAUGAGUGCACCAGGAACCACACUGGAACCUACCUGCUCACUGUGUCCAACCCUGCUGGAACCAAAACAGUGGCCUUGAAUGUCACUGUACUAGAUGUUCCUGCUGCUCCCAUCGGACCUGUCAACAUCCUGGAGGUCACUCCAGACUCCAUGAUGAUUGAAUGGCGUCCUCCCAAAGAUGAUGGCGGUAGCCCUAUUACAAACUAUAUAGUUGAGAAGCGAGAGUCCUCCAAGGAGACCUGGGGAGGUGUGAGCUCUUGUGGCCUUGCCACCAGUCUUAAUAUUACUCGCCUGCAGAAAGGAGUGGAGUAUGUGAUUCGCAUCUGUGCUGAGAACAAGAUGGGUAUUGGAGCUCCUCUGGAGAGCAAGCCCACUGUUGCUGAGCACUCUUUCAUGCCACCCAGUCCCCCUGGUAAGCCACAGCCCUAUGAUAUCUCAGACGAUGCUGUUACACUUGGCUGGACCAUGCCCUUGUCUGAUGGUGGCAGCCAGAUCACUGGCUACAUCAUUGAGCGCCGACACAAGGGAGGAAAAUGGAUCCGUGUCAACAAGAUACCCUGUAAGGACAUGAGGUACAGAGUCCAAGGUCUGUUUGAGGGCAAUGAGUAUGAGUUCAGAGUGUUUGCUGAGAAUAUUGCUGGCUACAGUGGCCCCUCCCCCAUCUCUGACCCCUGCAAGCCCUGCAGGCCCAUCACUGUCCCCACCCCCCCUGUAAACCCCAAGGUUAAGGAUUAUAGCAAAACCACUGCUGACCUGGUGUGGACCAAACCCACCAAAGACGGGGGCAGCCCCAUCUUAGGCUACACUGUGGAAAUGAAGAAGGCAGACACUGAAGACUGGAAAAAAGUCAAUCUGGAUGACUUCAUCAAGCAGUGUGCCUACAAGGUGAAGGGCCUGGAAGAAGGAGUGACCUACAGAUUCAGAGUCUAUGCCUCAAACAUGAUUGGAGAUGGAGAGCCAAGAGAAAUCCCAGAGUCCAUCACUGCUCAGGAUAUCCUCAUUCCUCCAGAGAUUGAGAUGGAUGCCACCUGCCGUGAGCAUGUUACUGUGCGUGUUGGACACAACAUCAACAUCAUUGGAUACAUUAAAGCUCGUCCCGACCCUGAAGUGCUCUGGUCAAAAGAAGACACAGUCCUGGAAAACAACAAACGUGUCACUAUCGUUCAGAACCUUCCUGUGGUCCACCUGAGGAUCAAAGAGGCCACAAGAGCUGACCACGGCAAAUACAUUGUGAAGGCUUCAAAUGAGGGUGGUGAGGCAUCCUGCACCAUUACAGUCAAUGUGCUAGACAGACCCAGCCACUGCCAGAAUCUGCAUACAACCUAUGUCACCAAGGACUCAUGCAUGAUCAACUGGGAGGCCCCAAAGGACAACGGUGGAUCUGAGAUCACCAACUACAUUGUGGAGUGCCGUGAGCCUAGCAUUAGCAUGUGGUCCAUGAUUUCCUCCAACUGCACCAAUCGCAAGAUCAAGGCCAAGCUGAUGGAGGGUCAUGAGUACCUGUUCCGUGUCUGUGCUGAGAACAAGAUGGGACCGGGUCCUUGUGUGGAAACCAAGACCCCUCUGCUGGCCAUUGACCCCUUGGAGAAGCCUGGUGAGCCUGAGAACUUCAGAGCCACUGACAUUGGUAAGAACUAUGUCUAUCUGAGAUGGAGGAGGCCUGACUACGAUGGUGGCAGCCCCAACCUGUCCUAUAACCUAGAGUGCAAAGCUAAAGACGCUGAAGAGUGGGAAAAACUUAGCACUGGCACUCUCACUGACACCUUCUUCCUGGCUGACAAAUGCAUAGAGAACCAGACAUACACCUUCAGGGUGCAGACUGUCAAUGAAGGAGGUGAGAGUGACUGGGUGAAACUCGCUGAUAUUCUGGUGAGGGAGGAGAUUCAGAAGCCUGUCAUUGAUCUGAAGCUCGCUGGAACUUUGACAGUGAAGGCUGGAGAAUCAGUCCGGAUGGAGGCUGCUUUGAGAGGAAAGCCCCAGCCUGAGGUCAAAUGGACAAAAGACAAGGCUGUUGGAGACAACCCCAGAAUCAGCUAUGAGACUGGCCCAGACUACUCCAAGUUCCUCAUGACCAAGUCCAGACGCACUGACACCGGGAAGUAUGUCAUCACCGCCACAAACUCCGCCGGCACCUUCACGGCAUAUGCCAAUGUUAAUGUACUGGAUGUCCCUGGCCCUGUGAGAAACCUCAGGACUACUGGGAUUGGAGCUGACAAAUGCAGAGUGGUGUGGGAUGCUCCAGAGGAUGAUGGAGGUUGUGAGGUUGACAGUUACAUCUUGGAGAAAUGCGAGACCAGGAGGAUGGUCUGGUCGACAUACUCUGCCUCUGUGGUCACACCAUACUGCAACAUCACUCGUCUGGUUGAGGGCAAUGAGUACAUCUUUAGAGUGAGGGCUGAAAACAAGAUGGGAACUGGUCCUGCCAUGGAGAGCAAGCCUGUUACUGUCAGGACUCAGUUCAACAAACCUGGACCCCCUGAUGCUCCUGAGGUCACCAAGGUGAGUAAAGAUGAGAUGACAGUUGUAUGGGCUCCACCUGAAAAUGACGGAGGAAAGUCGAUCACCGGCUACAUCCUGGAAAGGAAAGAGAAGAGGGCAGUACGCUGGGUGCCGUGCACCAAGAGCCCCAUCUCCGAGAGACGCAUGAAAGUCACCAACCUGAUUCCCAACCACGAGUAUCAGUUCAGGGUGAAGGCUGAGAAUGAGGUUGGAUUGGGGGAGCCCAGCAAACCCUGCAGACCUGUCGCAGCCAAGGAUCCCAUUGAGCCCCCUGGCCCCCCUGCAGGCCUGAAAGUGGCUGACAGCACCAAGACCUCCAUCACCCUGUCCUGGUCUAAACCUGUCUAUGAUGGUGGUGCCCCCAUCAUUGGCUACAGCCUGGACAUGAGGCUGAAGAGUGAGGCUGACCCUGAAAAGCCCACAGAAGGCUGGAAAAGAAUUGACACCCAUGGCCCAUUGGUGCUCAAAGAGUUCACCAUCAACCAGUUGGAUGAGAAGCAGGAGUAUGAAUUCAAAGUGUCUGCCCAAAACCAGGUGGGCUGGGGACGCCAUGCCUACUUGAAGGAGGCUGUCUCUCCCAAGGAAAUCCUGGAGGCUCCAGAGAUUGACCUGGAUGCCAGUCUGAGGAAAGGCCUGGCUGUCAGAGCUGGCUGUCCAAUUAGACUUUUUGCUGUGAUCAGAGGAAGGCCCGCCCCCAAGGUUACCUGGAAACGCUUGGGUGUGGACAAUGUGAUCCGCCGAGGUCAUGUGGACCAGGUUGACACCAUGUCUUUCCUGGUUAUUCCUGAGAGCACCAGAGAGGAUUCUGGGAAAUACUCGUUGACCUUGUCCAACUCAGCUGGAGAGAAAGCUGUGUUUGUCCGUGUCAAAGUCCUUGAUACUCCUGGUCCUGUUGGUGGCCUGGAGGCAAGUGACAUCACCAAGACGACAGCUCAGCUGUCCUGGUUGCCACCAGAGAAUGACGGUGGCAGCCCAAUUCUCAACUACAUUGUGGAGAAACGUGAGGUGGAUAGGAAGACCUGGACAAAAUGCACAGAGGAACUGAAGAAGACCAGCUUCAAGGUGACCAACAUGACACCUGGUGUAGAGUACUACUUCAGAGUCAUGGCCUGCAACAAAUAUGGCAUCGGAGUUCCUCAGGACUCACCCAAGUCCUACCUAGCGGUUGAUCCCAUCAGUGAGCCGGAUCCUCCCAAGAAGAUGGAUGUGUUGGAGAUAACCAAGAAUAGUGCCACACUGGGCUGGCUGAAGCCACUCAGAGAUGGAGGAGCCAAGAUCAACGGUUAUGUGGUAGACUAUCAGGAGGAGGGUGCACCCGAGGACAAGUGGACACCUUACUCUGUGGUUAAAGACCUGACCAUUGUGGUGGUUGGUCUGAAGGAAGGAAAGAAAUACAAGUUCAGAGUGGCGGCCAGGAACUCGGUUGGUGUCAGCCUGGCCCGAGAGGCAGAGGGAGUGUUUGAGGUCAAGGAGCAGCUCAUGGCUCCUAAAGUCAUUAUGCCUGACAUUGUGACAGUCAGAGCUGGUUCCAAGAUGGUGGUUGAGGCCAUCGUGGCCGGUAAACCUCCUCCAUUCUGCAAGUGGAAGCAGGGCAACGAGGAUGUGCUGACCUCUGACCGCCUUUCUGUGGUAAAGACACUGACGACCUGCACGCUAAUCAUCAAGAAUGUGACAAGAAAGGACAGUGGCUACUAUAGCCUGUCAGCUGAGAACAGUACCGGCAAGAUCAACCAGAUCCUCCGAGUCAUCGUCAUGGACAUCCCCGGUCCCCCUGAAGCUCCUCUAGAGAUCACAGAACUGGAUAUUGAUGCCUGCACGCUGCUCUGGAACUCCCCACAGGAGGAUGGUGGCAGCAACAUUACCAACUAUAUUGUAGAGAAGUGUGAUGUCAGCCAGGGUGACUGGGUCACUGUGUCCUCAUCCUGCACCAAAACCAGCUUCAGAAUGGCCAAACUGACACCUGGAAAAGAGUAUGGUUUCCGAGUCCGUGCAGAGAACAGGUUGGGCAUCUCUGAGCCCAUCUACUCUGAGAAGAUGAUUGCCAGAUAUCCAUUUGAUCCUCCCAGUGAGCCCAGAAACCUGCAGGUUAACAAGGUCAACAAGGACUUUGUUAUCCUGUCAUGGGAGCGUCCCAGCACUGAUGGCGGCUCCCCCAUCACUGGAUAUUGCAUUGAAAAGAAGGAAAGGAACAGCCUUCUGUGGGUGCAGGCCAACGAGUCUGUGGUCAAAGCUACACAGUACACGUGCACUGGCUUGAUUGAGGGACUGGAAUACACAUUUAGGGUGUCGGCGCUCAACAUGGCUGGACAGGGCAAACCUUGCAAACAGACCGACUACAUCACUGCUCGGACUGCUGUUGACCCACCAGGCAAACCUGAGCCCAUGGAUGUGACCAAGAACUCUGUCUCACUGGUCUGGAGCCGUCCCAAGCAUGAUGGUGGCAGCAAGCUGAUUGGCUACUAUGUGGAGUACGCAAAGCUUCCAGAGGAGAAGUGGGCACGGUGCAAUGCCAACUGCAUGAACAUCCAGACGGAGAGCUAUGUGGUGACCGGCCUGGAGGAGGGUCAACAAUACCAGUUCAGAGUCAUUGCCAAGACUGCGAUCAACAUCAGUCUGCCAUCUGAGCUGUCCGACCCAAUUCCUGUCAUUGCAGAGAAUGUUCCUCCUCGUGUCGAGUUGGGAAUCAACAUGAAGAACCUGAUUGUGGUGAAAGCUGGAGAAAACGUCUUCCUGGAUGCUGAGGUGUUUGGCAAACCACUGCCGAAGAUCAGCUGGAAGAAAGACGGAGUGCCUCUGGUUCUCGCAGAGGGAAUGAAGAUGAUCCAGAAGAAACAUGUCCACCUGCUGGAGCUCUACUCCGUCACCAGGAAGGAGUCUGGAGACUACACUAUCACCGCUGAGAACAUCAAUGGCAGCAAGUACGCCACCAUGAAGGUCAAGGUGCUUGACAAACCAGGCCCUCCAGCCUCAGUGAAAAUUACUAAGGUGUUUGCAGAUCGUGUUAAGCUGCGAUGGGAACCUCCACUUGCAGAUGGUGGCUCUGAGAUCACAAACUACAUCAUAGAGAAACGUGAGACCAGUAGGGCCAACUGGGCACUGGUCACCUCCAAUAUCCAUGGACAUAUCACUGACUGCUCAGUGGAAAAACUCAUUGAAGGACAUGAGUACCAGUUUAGAGUCAGUGCAGAGAAUCAGUAUGGUGUGGGAGACCCCAUCAUGACUGACCCAGUCAUGGUCAAGAACCCAUACGAUGUUCCUGGUCCAUGUGACCCGCCUGUAAUCACCAACAUUACUAAGGACUCCAUGACAGUGAGCUGGAAGGCGCCAGCCAAUGAUGGAAAGGCCACCAUCCUGGGCUACAUGGUGGAGAAACGUGAGGCUACUGAGCUGACCUGGGCUAAGGUCAACCGCAGGCCGGUCAUUGACAGGACCAUCAAAGCCGCUCAGCUGACAGAGGGCUCUGAGUACGAAUUUAGAGUUAUCGCCAUGAACAAAGCUGGUCUGGGCAAACCCAGCGAUCCAUCCAUCGCUGCACUGGCGGUUGACCCUGUCUAUCCUCCUGGACCACCUGCCUUCCCCAAGGUGGUGGACUCCACCAAGAGCUCCAUCAGCCUUAGCUGGACCAAACCGGCAUAUGAUGGUGGCUGUGAGAUCAUCGGCUACCUGGUGGAGUGUAAGAGAGCCGAAGCAGAGGACUGGACCAAGUGCAACAUCCCGAAAAAACUCCAGGCAACCAAAUUCUUGGUGACAGGCUUGAUGGACAACACCGAGUACCAAUUCAGAGUGACUGCCGUCAACAAGAUCGGCUAUAGUGAGCCAAGCGAGGUCCCUGGAAACCACAUGCCUAAGGAGAUCCUAAUUGCACCUGAAGCUGAGCUGGAUGCGGACCUGAGAAAGGCUUUGGUUCUUCGAGCUGGUGUAACCAUGAGACUCUAUGUCCCGCUGAGAGGACGCCCAGCACCAAAGGUGACGUGGACGAAGGUGAAUGCCAACCUGAAGGAGAGGCAGGGCCUUCUGAUAAAUACGUCAGAGUGGGACACCCUACUGAUGAUUGAGGACAUUAACAGAUACGACGCCGGCAAAUACGUUUUGUCACUAGAGAACAGCAGCGGCUCCAAGAGCUACACCAUUGUGGUCAAGGUCCUCGAUUCUCCUGGACCACCCAUGAACCUGAUUGUGAAAGAAACCUCCAGAAGCCAUGCCUGCAUCACCUGGGAUGCUCCAAUGGUCGAUGGUGGCAGCCCAGUCAAGAGCUACGUUGUCGAGAAACGUCUUGCUGAGAGAAAAGCCUGGACCUGUGUGUCUGCAGAGUGCCCCAAAACCUCUUUCAGGAUCACCAACCUGGAGGCAGGACAGGCCUACUGCUUCAGAGUGCUGGCUGAAAAUGCCUACGGCAUUGGCGAGGGCUGUGAGACCGCUGGCAGUGUUCGAGCCUCAGAGCAACCUGGUCCAGUGACAGACUUCAAAGCCCAGAAGACCACCAAGGACUCAAUCGUCCUGGGCUGGAAGAAGCCUAUCAGUGACGGUGGAAGCUAUGUUACAUCUUACAUCCUGGAGCAGAGCGAAGGUGAAGAGAAGUGGACGCAGAUCAUGAAGGGCAAGAACACCUCACACACCAUCAGCGGGCUGACUGAAGGCAAGGAGUACUCCUUUAGAGUCAAGGCACUCAACGAGUCUGGAGAGGGACCACCCACUGAGCUUACUGCUGUUGCCAAGGACCAGUAUGUGCUGCCUGACUGCAAUUUGAGUGGGCUGCAUGAUAACUGCUACGUGGUGAAGGAGGGCAGCACCACCCGUAUCAAUAUCCCCAUCAUCGGAGUGCCCCAUCCCACUGCCACCUGGAAGAAAGGCGACACAAUGCUCGGGGACACUGGCCGGAUGUGUGUGGAGGCAUCCCAGGGUGUCACGACUCUGUUGAUCAGAGACUGCCAGAGAGGAGAUGCUGACACCUACACCAUCAAUGUUAAGAAUAGUGCUGGCUCCAAGGACUGCAAGUUCCAGCUAAAGGUGGUUGGCAAGCCUGGCAUCUGUACUGGACCCAUUAAGUUUGACGAGAUAACUGCUGACGGUAUCACCUUGGAGUGGGGACCACCCAAAGAUGAUGGUGGUGCUGAGGUGUCCAACUACAUUGUGGAGAAGAGGAGGACCACGGACAACAAGUGGGCCACAGUAGCUUCAGCCAUCCAGAAGACCACCAUGAGGGUGAUCAGGCUCCAUGACGGAGUAGAGUACAUCUUCAGAGUCUUCGCCGAGAACAAGUAUGGGGUUGGAGACUAUCUGAGGUCUGAUCCAGUCAUUGCUCAGCAUCCAUUUAAUGUGCCUGAGGCGCCUGCUCCUCCAGAAAUUGUGAGCAUCCGCCACGAGUCGGCCAUCUUGACUUGGGCUGAUCCAAAGGACACUGGUGGCUCCGCAAUUACUGGAUACCACGUGGAGUUUAAGGAGAGAAACAGUCUGAUGUGGAAACGGGCCAGUAAGACUCCUCUGAGAGUGAAGGAGUGCCGAGUAACUGGCCUGAUAGAAGGACUAGAGUAUGAGUUCAGGGUUAUGGCCAUGAACAUGGCUGGCCUAGGGAAGGCAAGCAGGCCCACUGAGGCUGUAGUUGCUCUGGAUCCUAUUGACCCUCCUGGCAAGCCUGAAGUAAUUAAUGUUACCAGGAGUACAGUCACUCUGAUUUGGACACCUCCCAAAUAUGACGGUGGCCACAAGCUGACUGGCUACAUGGUGGAGAAGCUGGAAGCUGGCGGCAAGGCCUGGCUAAAAGCCAAUCAUGUCAACAUUCAAGGCUGUGCCUUCACUGUCACUGACCUGACGGAGGGCUCUCAGUAUCAAUUCAGGGUCAGGGCCAAGAAUGCUGCUGGGGCUAUUGGCAUUCCAUCAGAGCCUACUGAGCUUCUUACCUGCAAGGAUGAGUACGAGCCCCCGACAAUCACUAUUGACCCAGACAUUAAGGAUGGUGUAUCAGUCAGAGCAGGAGACACCAUUGUGAUCUCAGCCUCUAAGAUUAUGGGAAAACCUCCACCCACUGCUAUCUGGUCAAAGGGAGGCCGCGAGUUAAAGAGCUCUGACAUUAUCACCAUAACCAGCACUCCCACUUCCUCCACUCUGGCUAUCAAGUACGCAAGCCGGAAGAACACAGGAGAGUACACCAUCACUGCCAGCAACCCCUUCGGUAUUAAGGAAGAACGUGUUAAGGUGAAGGUCCUGGACGUACCUGGACCUCCAGGUCCCAUUGAAGCCAGUAACAUUUCAGCAGAGAAAUGUACCCUGACCUGGCUUCCACCAGAGGAGGAUGGAGGCUGCUCUAUCAAGUCCUACAUUCUCGAGAAGCGAGAGACCAGCCGCCUGCAGUGGACCAAGCUAGCUGAAAACAUUGUGGACUGCAGAUAUGUAGCCAGUAAAUUGAUCAAGGGCAACGAGUAUGUCUUUAGAGUGUCUGCUGUGAACCAGUAUGGCACUGGAGACUCAAACCAGUCUGGUCCAGUCAAAAUGACUGACAGUUUCCGUCCACCAGGUCCACCCUCAACUCCAGAAAUUGAUAACAUCAGUAGGAAUGCUGUCACCAUUUCAUGGAAAAGACCAGCCCAGGAUGGUGGAAGUGACAUCAGAGGAUACUGUGUAGAGAGGAAAGAGAGGAGAGGGUUGAGAUGGGUGAGAGCCUGUAAGAGGACAAUCCCUGAUCUGCGCUUUAAGGUGCAAGGUCUGAGUGAGGGAGUAGAGUAUGAGUUUAGAGUCACUGCUGAGAACAAGGCUGGAUUUGGGGAGCCAAGUGAGCCAUCGCAGCCUGUGAUGACCAAGGAUAUUGUGUAUCCACCUGGUCCUCCAUCCAACCCCAGAAUUACAGACACCACAAAAACCACAGCUACCUUUGCCUGGGGGCGACCACACUAUGAUGGUGGUCUUGAAGUAGAGGGAUAUAUUGUUGAAUACAAAAAGGAGGGGCAUGAUGACUGGGAAACAGAGACACAGUACCCAUUAAAAGCUACAGAAUAUGUUAUUGGUAAACUUCAAAAAGGAGGCAAAUACCACUUCAGAGUUUGCGCGGUAAACUCGGAGGGAGUUGGUGAUCCUGCAGAGGUUGAGAAAGUGACUGAGCUGGUGGACCAGGAGACACUGCCAGACUUUGAGCUGGAUGCUGAACUCAGGAGAACCCUGGUGGUUAGGUCCCGUGCUUCAAUUCGUUUGUUUGUCCCCAUCAGGGGCCGUCCAGUUCCUGAAGUAAUUUGGAGCAAAGAUGACACCAACCUGAAAAAACGUGCACACAUUGACACCACAGAGUCCUAUACUCUGCUGGUUAUUCCUGACUGCACCAGAUACGAUGCUGGAAAGUACCACCUCUGUCUGGAGAAUGUUGCUGGAAAGAAGACUGGUUUUGUUAAUGUGAAAGUCCUAGAUACACCAGGACCACCAGUCAAUCUUAAACCUAGAGAGAUCACUAAGAACAGCAUCACACUUCAAUGGGAAAUCCCCAUAAUCGAUGGUGGUUCUAAGAUUCACAACUACAUUGUUGAAAAGAGAGAGGCCACUAAGAAGGCCUACACAGUACUUAGCACCACAUGGCAGAAAUGUUCCUUCAAGAUUGCAGAUCUUGAGGAGGGAGCUUACUACUACUUCCGUGUAACUGCAGAGAAUGACCUGGGUAUAGGGGAGCCAGCUGAAACCCCAGAGCCAAUCAGGGUGUCCCAGGCCCCUUCAGCACCAGAGAACUUGUAUGUGACUGAUGUGACUGCAGACAGUGCCAGUCUGGCAUGGACCAAGCCCCGGCAUGAUGGUGGCAGCUUGAUCACUGGAUAUGUCAUUGAGGCCCAGAAGAAGGACACUGAUCAGUGGGUUCAUAUGGCCACCAUCAAGGCUCUGGACUACACUGUCACAGAUCUGAUUCAGGGUGCAGAAUAUACCUUCCGCAUAAUGGCUGUUAAUGCAUCAGGCAGAAGUGACCCCCGUGAGAGCAGGCCUGCUAUUAUCAAAGAGCAGACUUCUGCUCCUUCCUUUGACCUACGUGGAGUUUACCAGAAGACAGUCAUUGCCAAGGCAGGUGACCGUGUCAAGGUGGAGAUUCCAGUGCUUGGCAAACCAAGACCUGUGGUUUCCUGGAAAAAGGGAGACACAGUGCUAAAAGAGACACAAAGAAUCAACACUGAAACUACACCAACAUCAACUAUCCUCAACAUUGGUGAGAUCAAGAGGACUGAUGGAGGCCAGUAUUCCAUGACUGGAAAGAACAUGCUGGGUACAGUAACUGAGACGAUUACAGUCCUUGUCCAUGACAUUCCAGGUGCACCCACUGGUCCCAUUAAGAUGGAUGAGGUCUCAUGUGAUUAUGUUUUAUUUUCCUGGGAGGCACCAGAGAAUGAUGGAGGUGUUCCCAUCAACAACUAUAUUGUUGAGAUGCGGGAGACUACUGGUACAUCCUGGAUGGAAUUGGCAGCUACAGUGAUUCGCACUACAUUUAAGGCAUCCCGACUCAACACUGGAACCCAGUACCAGUUCCGUGUCAAGGCCCAGAAUAGAUAUGGCAUUGGACCAUGUAUUAUCUCUGAACCAGUGGUGGCUGCCUAUCCAUUUGAUGUGCCAAGCCAGCCAGGCACUCCUGUGGUCACAUCUUUCAACAAGGAUGCCAUGACUCUGAGUUGGAAUGAGCCUUCUUCUGAUGGCGGCAGCGCCAUUCUGGGCUAUCAUGUGGACAGAAAAGAGAGAAACAGCAUUCUAUGGCAGAGGAUCAGCAAAGCUCUUGUAGUUGGAAAUAUCUUCAAAUCAACAGGCCUUGUUGAUGGAAUUGCAUAUGAAUACCGUGUUAUUGCUGAAAACAUGGCCGGUCUCAGCAAACCAAGUAAACCCUCUGAGCCUAUGUAUGCUCUGGACCCAGUUGACCCCCCAGGCAGGCCUUUGGCACUGAAUAUCACCAGACAUGAGGUGACAUUGUCAUGGAACAAACCAGAGGGUGAUGGUGGAUUUUCUAUCACUGGAUACACAGUUGAAAGGAGAGAGAUGCCCAAUGGACGCUGGCUCAAGGCCAACUUCAACAACAUUCUAGAAACCAUCUACACAGUCAGUGGUCUGACAGAAGAUGCCACUUAUGAAUUCCGUGUCACUGCUAGAAACUCAGCUGGUGCUGUUAGUGCCCCAUCCCAGCCAUCAGAGGCAAUAACAUGCAGAGAUGACAUUGAAGAACCCAGACUUGAUGUUGAUGCAUCAUAUAGUAGCAAUGUUGUUGUCAUGGCAGGAGAGGUGUUUAAGCUGGAGGCCAGUGUGACUGGCAGGCCAAUCCCAUCUCUGGUAUGGACCAAGGAAGGAAAGGAGCUUGAGGAUACAGCCAAAAUAGAGAUAAAGACAUCUGACUUCCACACAACUCUAAUAAACAAAGAUUCCCUGAGGAGGGAUGGGGGUGCUUUUACUCUGACUGCCAGCAAUCCUGGUGGCUUUGCGAAAUUCACAUUCAAUGUCAAGGUUCUCGACAGACCUGGCCCACCAGACUCCCUCUCUGUUACUGAUGUCACUGCUGAGAAAUGCGUCCUUAACUGGCUGCAUCCAACACAUGAUGGUGGUGCAAAGAUUGAAUACUUUAUCAUUCAAAGGCGUGAGACCAGUAGGUUAGCAUGGACAAAUGUGGCCACGGACCUUCAGGCGAACAGGUUUAAAGUCACCAAGCUUCUGAAGGGCAAUGAGUAUAUCUUUAGAGUCAUGGCUGUUAACAAGUAUGGCGUGGGUGAACCCCUUGAGUCUGAACCUGUCAUUUGUGCCAACCCCUAUGUCCCCAGUGACCCACCACAGCAGCCUGAAGUCACUACUAUUACCAAGGACUCCAUGGUUGUUUGCUGGGAGCGCCCUGAACAUGAUGGAGGCAGCAGAAUAAACACCUAUAUAAUUGAAAGAAGGGAUAAGACUGGCCUGCGCUGGGUGAAGUGCAACAAGAGGACUGUCACUGAUCUACGAUUCAAGGUCUCUGGUCUCACCGAAGGACAUGAGUAUGAAUUCAGAGUUCUAGCUGAAAACAAUGCUGGUCUAAGUCAGCCUAGUCCUUCAAGUCCAUUCUACAAAGCCGAAGACACCAUAUUCCAACCUGGACCUCCUGGAAACCCCAGAGUGCUAGACACAACCAAGUCUUCUAUCACCCUCUCUUGGAACAAACCUGUCUAUGAUGGUGGUUCUGAAAUCACUGGCUACAUUGUGGAGACCUGCCUGCCGGAGGAGGACGAGUGGACAAUUCAAACUCCCAAGAAGGGAUGGACAGCUACUUCUUUCACUAUCACCAACCUGAGGGAAAACCAAGAGUACAAAAUAAACAUCUGUGCCACAAACUGUGAAGGAGUAGGAGAGCCCGCUGCUGUUCCUGGAACUCCCAAAGCUGAAGACAGAUUGCUUCCUCCAGAAAUUGAACUUGGAGCAGAGCUGCGUAAGGUGGUCUGCAUCAGAGCCUGCAGCACACUCAGACUCUUUGUCCCCAUUAAGGGCAGGCCAGCACCUGAAGUUAAAUGGUCAAGAGAGCAUGGAGAAUCCUUAGACAAAGCUAACAUUGAAAUAACCCCAUCAUUCACCACUCUUCAGGUAGAAAAUGUUGACAGAUUUGAUGGAGGUAAAUACAUAGUGACUGUAGAGAAUGCCUCAGGGAGCAAGUCAGCAUUUGUUAAUGUCAGGGUGCUAGAUACUCCUGGAGCACCUCAGAAUCUGAUUGUGAAGGAGAUCACUAAAGAGUCAGUCUCCCUUGUUUGGGAUGCACCUCUUAUUGAUGGUGGCUCUAGAGUCCGCAAUUACAUUGUGGAGAAGCGAGAGUCAACCAGAAAGGCAUACUCAACUGUCUGUGCCAGCUGCCAUAAGUCUAGUUGGAAAGUUGGAGACCUGGAGGAAGGAAAAAUGUACUCCUUUAGAAUCCUGGCUGAGAAUGAAUUUGGCAUUGGCCUCCCAGUGGAGACUGUUGAACCAAUUAAAGUGUCAGAGAGGCCUCUACCGCCAGGCAAAGUGUCCCUUCGUGAAGUUACCAGCACUAGCGUGACAUUAACUUGGGAGAAGCCUGAACAUGAUGGUGGCAGUAGAAUCACAGGCUACAUUGUUGAGAUGCAGAGCAAAGGUAGUGAGAAGUGGACUCAAGUCAUGUUGGUAAAGAACAAUGAUGCUCUUGUAACUGGCCUUACACAGGGAGAGGAGUACAUGUUCCGUAUCUUAGCCACUAAUGAAAAGGGAGUUAGUGACCCACGUCCUCUUAGUGUGCCUGUGGUGGCUAAAGACCUGGUCAUCUCACCAACCUUCAAAUUGCUUUUUAGCACAUUCAGCGCGUUAGCAGGAGAUGAUCUGAAGAUAGAUGUACCAUAUGUUGCCUGUCCCAAGGCUACAGCUUCUUGGCUCAAAGAUGGUAUUGUUCUCAAGGAGACAACCAGAGUUAAUACUGAAACUUCAGAGAAAAACCUUCUUCUGGUUAUUAAGGAGGCUUGCAGAGAUGAUGUGGGCACAUACACUAUCAAACUGAACAACAAAGCUGGAGAGGCAACUACAGACAUCAGUGUUGUUGUUCUAGAUAAGCCUGGUCCUCCAAUUGGCCCAAUUAAGAUAGAUGAGGUCACUGCUGACAGUAUGAUCCUGUCUUGGAAUCCACCAGAGUAUGAUGGUGGUUGCACUAUCAACAACUACAUUGUUGAGAAGAGAGACACAUCUACCACUAACUGGCAGAUUGUGUCAGCUACAGUGGCCAGAACCACUAUUAAGGCAGCCCGUCUGAAGACUGGAACUGAAUACCAGUUUAGGAUUGCUGCAGAGAAUAGAUAUGGCAAGUCUUCAGUCCUGCUCUCUGAAGCCAUUGUUGCUCAGUAUCCUUUUGAAUUGCCCAGCCCACCACGCUCUGUUGUGGUCCAGUCAACCACCAAGGAGAGCAUGGUAGUUGUGUGGGACAGACCCAGCAAUGAUGGUGGAAGCAAAGUUCUGGGCUACCACUUGGAGCUCAAAGAAAGAAACAGUAUACUGUGGGUCAAACAGAACAAACAACUUAUCCCAGACACCAAAUUCAAGGUUGUUGGCCUUGAGGAGGGUAUUGAAUAUGAGUUCAGAGUCUAUGCUGAGAACAUUGUUGGCCUCAGUAGAGCCAGUAAACUAAGUGAAAUGCAAGUGGCCAGAGAUCCUUGUGAAAGGCCAGGAAAACCAGAGGCUGUCAUUGUGACAAGGAACAAAGUCACACUCAGAUGGACCAAACCUGAGUAUGAUGGCGGCAUCAAGAUUACAGGCUAUGUCGUUGAGAAGAAGGAGGGAGCUGGCCGCUGGAUGAAGGCCAGUUUCACCAACAUCAUUGAAACGGAAUUUGUUGUCACGGGACUUAUUGAAAAUGAAAUUUAUGAGUUCCGUGUCAUUGCCAGGAAUGCAGCAGGUGUUUUCAGCCAGCCCUCUGACUCUACUGGAGCUAUCACUGCCAAAGAUGAGGUGGAUCCACCAAAGAUCGACUUAGAAGCAAAGUAUUCCCAGGCUGUGGUGGUAAAUGCUGGAGAGACAUUCAAGCUUGAGGCUGCUAUUUAUGGUAAGCCUGUGCCCACAGUACACUGGCUCAAGGAGGGUGAAGAGAUUACUGAAGCAGCUCGCCUAGAGCUCAAGAACACAGACUUCACAGCUUGUCUAGUUGUUAAAGAAGCCAUCCGUGUGGAUGGAGGUCAGUAUACUUUGCUCGUUAAAAAUGUUGGUGGAGAGAAAUUAGUUAACAUUAACGUCAAAGUCCUCGACAGACCAGGUCCACCUGAAGGCCCUAUCUCUAUUUAUGGGGUUACCAAUGAGAAAUGCUCCAUUUCCUGGAAGCCUCCAGUGCAAGAUGGAGGUAGUGAUGUUUCCCAUUACAUUGUUGAAAGGAGAGAAACCAGCAGAUUGGUUUGGACUGUAGUUGAACCAAAGGUUCAGACACUGAACCUGAAGGUCACCAAGCUUCUUCCUGGUAAUGAAUACAUCUUCAGAGUGAUUCCAGUCAACAAAUAUGGAGUUGGAGAGCCUCUGGAAUCUGAACCAAUGAUUGCCAGAAAUCCAUUUGUUGCACCAAAUCCACCAACGGAGGUAGAAGUCUCUACAAUAACCAAAGAUUCAAUGGUGGUGACCUGGGAGAGACCAACUAAUGAUGGUGGUAACCCCAUCCAGGGAUAUAUUGUUGAGAAACGUGACAAGGAUGGUGUGAGAUGGACUAGGUGCAACAAGCGUACAGUGAGCGAACUCCGCUUCAGAGUGACUGGGCUUCUAGAGAAUCACAGCUAUGAAUUCAGAGUUGCUGCUGAAAACGCUGCAGGCGUGGGCACACCUAGUACACCAACAGUGUACUACAAGGCACUGGAUCCCAUUUUCAAAGCAGGCCCCCCAAACAACCCCAAGGUAGUGGACACAUCAAGGUCUACUGUUUCCCUGACAUGGGGAAAACCCAUCUAUGAUGGUGGCUGUGAGAUUCAGGCUUACAUUGUUGAAGCCUGCAACGGGGAAUCUGAUGAGUGGUUUAUGCGCACUCCAUCCACUGGAAUCACAGACACUAAGUUUACAGUGACAAAACUUCUUGAGAAGCAUGAGUACCGAUUCAGAGUGUAUGCCAUAAACAAGGUUGGCGUUGGUGAGCAUGCUGAUUUCCCAGGAAAAAUUCUUCUGGAGGAGAAGCUAGAGGCUCCUGAUCUUGACCUGGAUGCAGAUAUGAGAAAGAUGAUCAAUAUUAGAGCAGCAAGCACUCUAAGGCUGUUUGUUCCUGUAAGAGGUCGUCCUGCACCUGAGGUUAAAUGGGGGAAGGCUGAGGGCGAGAUCAAGGAGACUGCCCAAAUUGACAAUACAGGCAGCUAUGCUUCACUUGUCAUUGAGAAUGUUGACAGAUUUGACAGUGGCAAGUAUACCCUGACUGCAGAGAAUGCCAGUGGAGUUAAGUCAGUGUUCAUCAGUGUCAGAGUCCUUGACUCACCUAGUCCACCAACUAACUUCAUAGUGAAAGAGAUUACCAAGAAUUCUGUCACUCUUACAUGGGAGCCUCCUCUUCUGGAUGGUGGCUCAAAGAUUAAGCAUUAUAUUGUUGAGAAGCGUGAAAGCACCAGAAAAGUUUACUCUCCCAUCACCACGUGUAACAGGAUGUCAUGGAAAGUUGAACCUCUUCCAGAGGGUGGAAUUUUCUUCUUCAGAGUCUUGGCAGAGAAUGAAUAUGGCGUGGGUCUUCCUGCUAAAACCAUAGAACCAGUGAAGAUAUCUGAGAAGCCUCAGCCACCCGGUAAAGUCAGUGUUGUUGACGUUACUUGUAGCACUGUCACUCUCACCUGGGAAAAGCCUGAACAUGACGGUGGCAGCAGGAUCAGUCACUAUGAAGUCGAACUGGCACCUAAGAACAGUGAAGCUUGGUCUGUCUGUGCUAGUGUAAAGGCACUGGAGACUGUUGUCACUAACCUACUUAAAGGAGAGGAGUACCAGUUCAGAGUUGUUGCUGUAAAUGACAAGGGAAAAAGUGACCCCAGACAACUGGUUCAAUCAGUUGUAGCAAAGGAUCUGGUGAUUGAGCCUGCUGUUAGACCCAAAGCGAGCACCUACAGUGUCCAGGUGGGGCAUGACCUCAAGAUAGAAGUCCCAGUUGCUGGUCAUCCAAAGCCAACCAUCACUUGGACAAAGGACGGUGCCGCCCUUAAGCAGACCACUAGAGUCAAUGUCACUGACUCAGCACAUCUCACCACUCUCACAAUAAAGGAUGCCACUAGAGAGGAUGGAGGUAUGUACAGCAUCAAUAUUGCCAAUGCCCUGGGUUCCAAGGACGCCACUAUUGAGGUAAUCACCCUGGACAAACCGGGUCCACCGACAGGCCCCAUCAAGUUUGAGGACAUCAGUGCUGAGAGUAUCACUCUGAACUGGGAACCUCCCACAUAUACAGGGGGCUGUCCAAUCUCCAACUAUGUGGUGGAGAAGAGAGACACAACCACAACCAACUGGGUGGUUGUAUCUGCCACUGUGGCCAGAACCACACUAAAAGUGGGCAAUUUGAAGACAGGCGCUGAAUACCAGUUCAGAAUUUAUGCUGAGAAUAGAUAUGGAAAGAGUUACGCAAUUGAUUCAGAGCCUGUUUUGGCACAGUAUCCAUUCCAGGAGCCUGGUCCACCAGGAACACCAUUUGUGUCAUCAUACAGUAAAGACUAUAUGGUGGUUGAGUGGCACAAACCUCCGUCUGAUGGAGGCAGUACCAUCUUGGGGUACCAUCUGGAGAGGAAAGAGAAGAACAGUAUUCUCUGGACAAAAAUCAACAAAAUGCUCAUCCAAGACUGCAGGUUCAAGUCCACUCCUCUAGAGGAAGGCAUUGAGUACGAGUACAGGGUUUAUGCUGAGAAUAUUGUUGGCAUUGGAAAAUGCAGCAAAGUCUCAGAGAUUUAUGUAGCCCGUGACCCAUGUGAUCCUCCUGGCCGUCCUGAGGCUGUGAUUGUCACAAGGCACUCAGUAAAGUUGAGGUGGACCCCACCCCAGUAUGAUGGUGGAAGCUUAGUUACUGGUUAUGCAGUGGAGAAACGUGACCUUCCUGAAGGAAAAUGGAUGAAGGCCAGCUUUACAAACAUCAUUGAACAUGAAUUCACAGUUACUGGCCUGACAGAAGACAGUAAAUAUGACUUUAGAAUUAUUGCAAGGAAUGCAGCUGGUGCUGUUAGCAAGCCUUCUGAGAGCACAGGAUCUAUCACAGCCAAGGAUGAAGUUGACCCACCAAAGUGUGAGACAGAUCCUAUGUACAACCAGACCCUUGUUAUUAAUGCUGGUGAGACUUUCAGUCUGGAGGCCAGCGUUGAAGGAAAGCCCAUCCCAACAGCUCAGUGGUUCAAAGGAAAUGUUGAGGUUGAAAACUCAGCAAGAGCUGAGCUCAAAAACACAGAUUUUAAAGCUUUGCUCGUUGUGAAAGAUGCCAUUAGAGUGGACGGAGGACAGUACACACUGGUUCUGACUAAUGUGGCUGGGACUAAAACUGUCCCAUUCACUGUGAAGGUCCUAGACAGACCAGGCCCCUCAGAAGGACCCCUUACUGUCAGCAACGUCACUGAGGAGAAAUGUUCACUGUCAUGGCUCCCACCCAGGCACGAUGGAGGAGCUAGCAUUUCUCACUACAUUAUUCAGAAGAGAGAAACAAGCCGCCUGACGUGGACUGUGGUCUCCAGUGACUGUGGAGCUACCAUGUUCAAGGUUACCAAACUGUUGAAGGGUAAUGAGUACAUCUUUAGAGUCAUGGCUGUCAAUAAAUAUGGUGUUGGUGAGCCUCUUGAAUCAGCACCUGUUAUCAUGAGAAAUCCAUUUGUUCCUCCUAGCUCACCUCAGGAGCUUGAGAUCACAAAUGUUACCAGCGACUCUAUGACUGUCUGCUGGAACCGUCCUGAGACCACUGGAGGUAGUGAGAUUGUUGGCUAUAUUGUUGAGAAGAGAGAUAGAGCUGGAGUUAGAUGGACCAAGUGCAACAAACGUAGAGUGACAGACUUGCGUUUCAGAGUAACAGGACUGACUGAGGAUCAUGAAUAUGAAUUCAGGGUUUCUGCUGAGAAUGCAGCUGGAGUGGGUCAGCCAAGCCCAUCUACACCCUACAUCAAAGCUUGUGACCCCACCUUUGAACCAGGCUGUCCCACCAAUGCCCAUGUGGUUGACAUGACUAAAGAUUCAGUCACUUUGGCUUGGCAUCGGCCUAUCUAUGAUGGUGGUUGUGAGAUUCAAGGAUAUGCUGUGGAGAUUACCAAGGCUGAUGAGGAGGACUGGACCAUAUGCACCCCACCCACAGGAGUUAAUGCUACCAAGUUUACCAUUACCAAGUUGAUAGAGCAUCAAGAAUACAAGGUGCGCAUAUGUGCCAUCAAUAAGAUGGGUGUUGGCGAGCCAACUGAGAUCCAAGGAGUUGUGAAGCCUAUGGAUAAGAUUGAUCCUCCAGAAGUGAUUCUGGGUUCAGAACUUAGGAAGGGAAUAGUUGUCCGUGCAGGGGGCUCAAUGAGAAUCUGCAUUCCAUUCAAGGGACGUCCUACUCCUGAGAUCAGCUGGGCUAAGGAGGAUGGAGAACUGCCGAGUAAAGUUCAGAUUGAGACUGGUGAAGACUAUUCACAGAUCUCCAUUGACAUCUGUGACAGAUAUGAUGCUGGAAAAUACAUCCUCAACUUGGAAAAUAGUGCUGGCACCAAAUCAGCCUUUGUUUCUGUUAAGGUGCUGGACACUCCUGGGGCUCCACUGAAUCUAGCAGUAAAAGAUAUUAAGAGGGAAAGUGUCACUCUUACCUGGGAGCCACCUGUUAUUGAUGGUGGUGCAAGAAUCAAGAAUUACCUGGUUGAAAAGCGUGAGUCUACCAGGAAAGUUUUCUCUAAUGUGGACAACAAAUGCACAAAGACAAGCUACCGAAUCACUGGCCUCACUGAAGGAACUAUCUACUAUUUCAGAGUGUUAGCAGAGAAUGAAUUUGGCGUGGGACAGCCAGCUGAGACAGAAGACUCCGUUAAGACCUCUGAACCUCCUCUGCCUGUGGGUAAGGUCACUUUGACUGAAGUCACCAAAACCGCUGCCUCACUCUCCUGGGAGAAGCCAGACCAUGAUGGAGGCAGCAGGAUCAUUGGCUACUACAUUGAGAUGCAGCCUGUGGGCUCAGAGGAAUGGGUGGUGGCUGCCACAACCAAAACAUGCGAGGGCACUAUCACAGGCCUCAGUGCAGGGCAUGAGUAUCUGUUCAGAGUGUCAGCUUUCAAUGAGAAAGGCAAAAGUGACCCCAGGCCUCUGGCUGCACCAGUCACUGCUAAAGAUGUAACUAUUGAACCAAGAUUCAAGAUGACAUUCAACACUUACAGUUUACAAAAUGGAGAGGAUCUGAAGAUUGAGAUUCCAGUGACCGGACGUCCUGUUCCCAAGGUUGAAUGGAAAAAGGAUGGGCAGGCUCUUAAAGAGACGACCAGAAUAAACGUAUCCAGCACACCAUCAUCUACUAAACUGUGCAUUAAGGAUGCAAAUAAGGAAGACUCUGGCAAAUAUACUAUCACAGCUACCAACAGUGUUGGAGCAACAACAGAGGAGAUUACAGUUAUUAUUCUAGACAAACCUGGCCCACCCACAGGUCCAGUAAAAAUUGAGGAGGUGAGCUCUAAUUACGUCUCUCUGUCCUGGGAGCCACCAGAGUACACUGGAGGUUGUCAGAUCAAUAAUUACAUUGUGGAGAAGAGAGACACCACCACAACAACAUGGCAGAUUGUGUCUGCUACUAUUGCCAGGACAACUAUCAAAGUCACUAAGCUGAAGACCGGGGUUGAAUAUCAGUUCAGAGUGUCUGCUGAGAAUAGAUAUGGAAAGAGUUCUGCUAUUGUUUCUCCCGCUGUUAUUGCACAGUAUCCAUUCAAUGAGCCUUCUGCACCAGGAAUGCCAAUUAUUUCAGCUGCAACCAAGGAUAACAUGGUUGUUGAGUGGAAAGCACCCACCAACAAUGGCGGUAGCCCUGUCCUCGGCUAUCACCUUGAAAGAAAGGAGAAAAAUAGCCUCUUGUGGACUAAACUCAACAAACUUCUAAUCCCAGACACACGUUUCAAAACUACAGAGCUGGAAGAGGGUAUUGAGUAUGAAUUUAGAGUUUAUGCUGAGAACAUUGCUGGACUCAGCCCAGCAAGCAAAGUCUCUGAGAGCACACUCGCAAGGGACCCCUGUGACCCACCAGGCACUCCUGAGGCUAUUGAAAUCACCAGAAACCAUGUAACGCUGCAAUGGACAAGGCCUCAGUAUGAUGGAGGCAGCGCAAUCACUGGCUAUGUGAUUGAGAGGAAGAAGCACCCAGAUACUCGCUGGAUGAAGGCCAGCUUCACCAACAUCAUUGAUACCCAGUUCACACUCACUGGCCUGACUGAGGACUGUGUUUACGAUUUCAGAGUCAUUGCCAGGAAUGCUGCUGGCAUUUCAAGCCGUCCUUCUCAGAGCACAGGAGAAAUUACUGCCAAAGAUGAAAUUGAGGCUCCAGCUGUCACCAUGGAUUCUAAAUUCAAGGAUCUGACUGUCGUUCAUGCUGGUGAGACAUUUGUCAUUGAUGCAGACUACACUGGCAAGCCUCUGCCUGAGGUAAUUUGGUUAAAAGAUGGAAAGGAGGUUGACAAGACUACACCAAGAAUGGAGGUCAAGACCACACUCACACGUACCAUCCUGACAGUCAAGGAUUGCAUCAGAGUGGACGGUGGCCACUUUGUCCUUAAACUUGUCAAUGUGGGAGGAGUCAAGAUGGUCCCAGUCAAUGUUAAAGUUCUGGAUAGACCUGGUCCUCCAGAUGGCCCUCUAGAAGUCAAAGGGGUCACAGCUGAGAAAUGUUAUCUGCACUGGAACCAUCCCUCACAUGAUGGUGGAGCAGGCAUCUCUCACUACAUCAUUGAGAAGAGAGAGACAAGUCGUUUGUCAUGGACCAUGGUUGAACCCAAGAUCCAGGCCAUCAGCUACAAAAUCACAAAACUGCUGCCUGGCAAUGAAUACAUCUUUAGAGUCACUGCUGUGAAUAAAUACGGUGUCGGUGAGUCUUUGGAAUCUGAGCCUGUUAUUGCUCGUAACCCCUUCACCACUCCCAGUGCCCCCUCCACCCCAGAGGCCAGUGCUAUUACUAGGGACUCUAUGGUGCUUACCUGGGAGAGACCAGAGGAUAAUGGAGGUGCUGAGAUUGAAGGCUAUAUCCUUGAAAAACGUGACAAGGAUGGCAUCAGGUGGACUAAGUGCAACAAGAAGAGGCUGAAUGACUUGAGAUUCAGAUGCACUGGCCUCACAGAGGGCCACUCAUAUGAAUUCAGGGUCUCUGCAGAGAAUGCUGCUGGUGUGGGAAAGCCUAGUGCACCAUCUGAAUACAUUAAAGCCUGUGAUGCAGUGUAUCCACCUGGACCUCCAAAUAACCCCAAAGUCACAGACCAUUCAAGUACCACAGUCUCCUUGUCCUGGUCUAGGCCCAUCUAUGAUGGUGGUGCACAAAUCACUGGAUAUAUUGUUGAAAUGAAAGAGGCUGCAGAUGAUGAGUGGAUCAUUUGCACAUCACCGACUGGUGUGCAGAAUACUCAUUACACUGUAAAGAAACUGAAGGAAAACGCAGAGUACAAUUUCCGCAUUUGUGCUGUUAACUAUGAAGGGGUAGGGGAACCUGUAAACCUACCUGGGUCUGUGAUUGCUGCAGAGAAGCUGGAGGCUCCUGAAAUUGAACUAGAUGCUGAUCUGAGGAAGAUGGUAAAUGUUCGUGCCACUGCCACCUUGCGUCUGUUUGUGACGAUCAGAGGAAAGCCUGAGCCUGAGGUCAAAUGGUCAAAGGCCGGUGACACUCUGAAUGAGCGUGCCCAGAUUGAAGUCACAAGCUCUUACACAAUGCUGGUGAUUGAGAAUGUUGACAGAUUCGACACUGGCAAAUAUGUUCUAACCCUUGAAAAUCUCAGUGGCUCUAAAUCAGCCUUCAUCAAUGUGAGAGUUUUGGACUCUCCAAGUGCUCCCACCAACCUGGAGGUUAAAGAUGUGAAAAGAAAUUCUGUCUCUCUUUCCUGGGAGCCUCCUCUCAUUGAUGGUGGGGCUAAGAUAUCACACUAUAUUGUGGAGAAGAGAGAGCAGAAAAGGAUGGCUUUCACCAGUGUUUGCACCAACUGUGUGAGGAACUCGUACAUUAUUUCUGACCUGCAGGCGGGAGGCCGAUAUUAUUUCCGUGUGUUGGCUGUAAAUGAGCUGGGAGUAGGUCUGCCUGCAUCCACAGAGCAAGUCAAGGUGUCUGAGGCACCUUUGCCUCCUGGUAAGAUUGUCCUGGUUGAUGUGACUCGUCGUACUGUUACCCUUUCCUGGGAGAAACCUGACUAUGAUGGAGGUAGCAAAAUUACACAUUAUAUUGUGGAAAUGCAGCCCAAGGGGGAUGACAAAUGGACUGUAUGCAGUGAAGUCAAAGCACUGGAAGCUACAAUUGAUGGACUCACUACUGGAGAGGAAUAUGCCUUCAGGGUGAUUGCUGUGAAUGAUAAGGGCAAGAGUGAUGCCAAGCCUCUGGCCACCCCUGUGGUGGUGAAGGACAUCACAAUGGAGCCCAUUAUCAACCUGCUGUUUGACACAUAUAGUGUAAAAGCAGGUGAUGACUUGAAGAUUGAUGUCCCCUUCAAAGGCAGACCUCAACCAGAGGUCUCCUGGAGGAAGGAUGGACAGGUACUUAAGCAGACGACGAGGGUCAAUGUUCUUACUUCCAAGACAUCAUCCAAGAUUAUCAUCAAGGAUGCAACCAAAGAUGAUGUAGGAAAGUAUGAGAUUACUUUGACUAACUCAGUUGGCACCAAGAAAGCUGAAAUCUCUGUUAUAAUCCUGGACAAACCUGGCCCACCUAGCAACAUUAAGGUGGACGAGGUGAGCGCUGACUUCAUCUCUCUGUCUUGGGAUCCUCCAACCUAUGAUGGUGGUUGCCAGAUAAACAACUAUGUGGUGGAGAAGAGAGACACUACCACAACCACAUGGCAGAUUGUCUCAGCCACAGUAGCCAGGACAUCAAUCAAGGUGACUCGCCUCACUCAGGGAACAGAGUACCAGUUCCGUAUUGCAUCUGAGAACCGUUAUGGGAAGAGUCCUGGUAUUGACUCUGCCCCUGUAGUUGCCCAGUAUCCCUUCGAGCCUCCUGGCCCUCCAACCAAUCUUCAUGUUGCUCAUGCCACCAAAUAUGGCAUGCUUGUAGUAUGGGGCAGGCCUGCCAGUGAUGGUGGAAGUCCUGUUAUUGGUUAUCAUAUUGAAUGCAAAGAGCAAAGUAGCAUUCUGUGGACCAAGGUCAGCAGAGGUCUGCUGACUGAGAACCAGUUUAAGAUGACAGGUAUUGAAGAAGGCCUGUUGUAUCAGUUCAGAGUCUAUGCUGAGAAUAUUGCUGGCAUAGGUCCAUGCACUAAGGCCAGUGAUGCUGUGGCAGCAAGGGAUCCAUGUGAACCUCCAUGUAACCUUAGAGUAACCAACAUAACUCGGACCUCAGUUUCCCUCUUCUGGGAAAAGCCACAGUAUGAUGGUGGAGUAAAGAUUACUGGCUACAUUGUUGAGCGUAAAGAACUUCCUAAUGGCCGCUGGCUGAAAUGUAACUUUACUAACUUGCAAGACACCUAUUUCGAUAUCACAGGCCUCACAGAGGAUGCCCAAUAUGACUUCCAUGUUAUUGCUAAGAAUUCUGCAGAGCUUCUCAGUGUUCCUUCAGAGAGCACUGGUCCUGUCACUGUCAAGGAUGAUGUGGACCCUCCAACUAUAAUUAUAGAAGAUAAGUUCAGACAGUUGGUUGUCAUUAAGGCUGGAGAGAUCAUUAGAAUUGAUGCUGAAAUCUCAGGUCGCCCGCUCCCAGUUGUCACAUGGUCUAAGGAUGGGAAGGAGAUUGAGGCCAAGGCCAGGUGUGAAAUCACCUCCACCAACUUCACAACCACUCUGAUUGUCAGAGAUGCUAUCAGGAGGGACUCUGGCCAGUAUGUCCUGACACUGCACAAUGUGGCAGGAACCAGAUCUGUGGCUGUCAACUGUAAAGUUCUGGACAGACCUGGACCUGCCUCAGGUCCUUUAGCAGUAUCUGGCCUCACAGCAGAAAAAUGCACCUUAUCGUGGGGACCCCCUCAGGAGAACGGUGGUGCUGAAAUCAUGCAUUAUAUUGUGGAGAAACGUGAGACCAGUCGACUUGCCUGGACUCUUGUCUAUGGUGACAUGAAAGCAACCACUUGUAAAGUGACCAAGUUGCUCAAAGGAAAUGAGUACAUCUUCAGAGUCAGGGGAGUCAACAAAUACGGAGAUGGUGAGGCUCUGGAGAGUGAGCCAACAAAGGCCAUGGACCCAUUCACUGUGCCUGCAGCUCCCACUAACGUCCAGGUGACCUCAGUUACUAGUGAGGCAAUGACAAUUUGUUGGGAAAGACCAGUUUCUGAUGGUGGCAGCAGUAUCUCUGGCUAUGUCAUUGAAAAGAGAGAGAAGAGUGGUCUUCGCUGGUGCCGUGUCAACAAGAAACCUGUUUAUGACCUCAGAGUCAAAGCCUCACACCUUCGUGAGGGUAAUGAGUAUGAGUACAGAGUGUUUGCAGAGAACACUGCUGGCCUCAGUGCUCCCAGCAUUCCUUGCCCACUCACCAAAGCUGAAGACCCACAGUUCCUUCCCUCACCUCCUACUAAGCCUAAGAUCAUUGACUCUACAAAGACCACAGUCACACUGUCAUGGAACAAGCCACUAUUUGAUGGUGGAGCACCUGUGACUGGUUACAGAGUAGAAUACAGAAAGAGUUUAGAUGAUGAAUGGAUUGUUGCAGUCCAGAACACCAAAAACACAGAGUUUACAGUAGUAAAACUGACACCUGGUGCAGAAUAUGUGUUUGUUGUCAAAUCCAUUAACAAGAUUGGAGUCAGUGAUCCCAGUCCUGAGUCAGACAAACAAAUUGCCAAAGAAAGAGAGGAGGAGCCAGUCUUUGACAUCAGCAAUGAGAUGAGGAAGACUCUUAUUGUGAAAGAUGGGAGCUCAUUCACCAUGACAGUGCCUUUUAGAGGCAAACCCAUCCCUACUGUUACAUGGAGUAAGCCUGAUGUUGACCUCAGAGUUCGUGCUGUCAUUGACACCACAGACACCUUCACCUCAAUAACUCUAGAGAAAGCAACUCGCAGUGACUCUGGGAAAUACACCGUCACAUUGUCCAACGUAGCUGGAACCUCCUCUUUGGCACUUAGUGUCAGAGUUCUGGACUCCCCUGGAGCUCCUGCCCGUGUGGAAGUGAAGGACGUUACCAAGACCUCUGCUAUUGUAACCUGGGACACUCCGGAGAAUGAGGGAGGAGGACCAGUCAAGAACUACAUUGUUGAUUUCCGUGAGGCCAGCAAGAAAGGUUGGACCAGGUUGACUGACACAUGCCACAGACUGACAUACAAGGUGACAAACCUACAGGAGGGAGGAGUCUACUACUUCAGAGUAACAGGCGAGAAUGAGUACGGUGUUGGUGUUCCUGCUGAGACCAAAGAGGGAACCAAGAUAACAGAAAAACCAAGUCCACCUCCAAAGCUGGGUGUGACUGAUGUGACCAAGGAGAGUGUUACCCUAGCUUGGGCUAAACCAGAACAAGAUGGAGGCAGCAGAGUGACUGGGUACUUAGUGGAAGCUCUAGAGAAAGGCCAGGAGAAGUGGGUUAAGUGUGGCGUAACCAAGUCCAUCCACUUCACAGUUUCUGGUCUGAGAGAGAAUGCUGAGUACUUCUUCAGAGUCAGAGCUGAAAAUCACGCUGGAUUCAGUGAUAUCAAGGAAAUGGUCACCCCUGUAGUGGUCAAAGACCAAUUUGAAUCUCCGGAAAUCAAUAUGAAGGACUUCCCCCACAACACAGUAUAUGUUAGAGCUGGCUCCACCCUCAAGUGUGAGAUUCCACUGACUGGUCGGCCUUUGCCUAAAGUGACCCUGACCAAGGAUAAUGUACUGCUCAAGUCAACAAUAAGGUUCAACUCUGAAGUCACCCCUGACAGCAUCAAGAUCACUUUACGUGAGAGUGUGGCUGGAGACUCAGGACGCUAUGAUAUUACAGCGUCAAACUCCAGUGGAACCACCAAGUCUUUUGUAAACAUUGUGGUUCUGGACCGUCCCAGUGUCCCACUAGGACCUGUGGAGCUCUUCGACGUAACAGAGGACAGUGUGAGCCUGAAGUGGCUCCCACCAUCAUAUGAUGGUGGCAGCCCCAUCACCAACUACAUCAUCCAGAAGAGAGAGACAACAACAGCCAACUGGAUGGAUGUCUCUUCUGCUGUGGCCCGCUGCACCAUGAAGAUCAUGAAGCUGACCACUGGCCUUGAGUACCAAUUCAGAAUCAGGGCUGAGAACAAAUAUGGAAUCAGCGAGCACAUCGACUCACCAACUGUCACUGUCAACCUUCCUUACACUAUUCCUGAUGCUCCAUCAACUCCAGAGAUCACUGCUGUAACCAGGGAGUCGAUCGCUGUUGCCUGGAAGGAGCCAAAGUCAGAUGGUGGCAGCCAUGUGUUUGGCUACCAUCUUCAGAUGAAAGACAGGAACAGCAUCCUUUGGCAGAGAGUCAAUAAAAUGGUGAUUCGUGCUACUCACUUCAAGGUCACCAACAUCAAUGCUGGACUUAUCUAUGAGUUCAAGGUGGCAGCAGAGAACGCUGCUGGAAUCAGUGCCUUCAGCAAGGUUUCUGAUUCAGUGCUGGCUAUUGAUGCCUGCGAGCCACCCAUAAGUGUGCGUAUCAGUGACAUCACCAAGAACUCUAUUAGCCUGGCCUGGGAGAAGCCCGGCUAUGAUGGUGGAUCCCCAAUCACUGGUUAUAUCAUUGAGAAGAGAGAGGGCGUUAAUGUCAAAUGGUCCAAGGUUAACCUCACCAAUGUCACAGACACACGAUUUACUGUGUCUGGCCUUACCCAGGACGAGACAUACGAGUUUAGAGUUAUGGCCAAGAAUGCUGUUGGCUCAGUAAGCAACCCAUCCAUGACUGCUGGACCAGCCACGUGUGUGGACACCUACGGUGCCCCAGAGAUAGAAAUACCUCAAGAGUAUCUCAAUGAGGUCAAGCACAAGGCUGAGUCAAAUGUGGAACUCAAGUUUAACAUCACAGCCAAACCUGCUCCUACUAUUGAGUGGCUUAAGGACGGCAGAGAACUUAAGCCCACCCCCCAGCUCUCUUUCAAACACACAUCAGAGUCCACCAGUUUGUUCCUGAAGGAAAGUACUCGUCUGAACUCUGGAACCUAUGAGGUCAAGGUGAAGAACUCUCUAGGAUCUGUGUCCGCCAUGGUCAGGCUGCUCAUUCUAGACAAGCCAGGCCCCCCUGAUGGAGAGAUUCAGUUUAAAAAGGUGACGGCUGACAACAUCACCAUUAUGUGGUCUCCACCUGCUGAUGAGGGUGGUGCCAUGGUAACGCAUUACAUUGUGGAAAAGAGGGAGAGCAGCAGGGUCAUGUGGUCCAUUGUCUCAGAGAAGCUGGUAGACUGCAUUGUUAACGUCCCCAGACUCAUCCAGGGCAAUGAGUACAUCUUCAGAGUCCGUGGAGUCAACAAGUAUGGCAUUGGAGACCCACUGGAGUCUGAGCCUGUAAUUGCCAAGAACGCAUUUGUUCCUCCUAGUGAGCCAUCCAAGCCUAAAGUGACCAUGAUAACCAAGUCCACCAUGACAGUGAUCUGGGAAAGACCAGCGCUGGAUGGAGGCAGCGACAUUGAUGGCUACUACCUUGAAAAGAGGGAGAAGAAGAGUCUUCAGUGGUUCAAGGUGGUGAAGGGUACAAUCAGAGAUACCAGGCAGAAAGUCACUAACCUGGUGGAAAACAAUGAGUACCAGUACAGAGUUUGUGCUGUCAACAAGGCUGGUGCAGGAAACUAUUCUGAGGCUUCUGACCUCUACAAGGCCUAUGACCCCAUCGAUUUGCCUGGUGAGCCAUCCAAGCUGCGUGUGGUCGACUCCACAAAAACCUCCAUCACCCUUGGUUGGGAGAAGCCUGUCUAUGAUGGCGGCAGUGAAAUCACACACUAUGUUUUGGACCAGAUGAAUGCAGAGGACAAAGAAUGGGUGACCAUCAACCCACAGGUCAAGGCCUGCGAGUAUGUGGUGUCCCACUUGAAACCUGGAACCUAUUACUACUUCAGAGUCUCUGCUGUCAACUGCAAGGGCAAAGGAGAAGACAUCAAAAUGUACCAGCCUGUGCAAGCCAAAGAUAUCUUGGAGGAGGCCGACUUGGACUUGGACGUUCCCAUGACAACACAGUACACAGCCAGGGCAGGCCGUGACGUGGAAGUGUUUAUUCCCCUUAAGGGACGCCCCGCCCCCAAUGUCACAUGGCGCCGUGGCGACCGCAACAUGGCUGGUGACAACCGGUACACCAUUACCAGCACUGAGCGUGCCACAACACUCCUCAUUCCCAAAGUCACUCGUGAUGACUGUGGCAAAUACCUUCUGGAGAUUGAGAACGGUGUAGGAGAACCCAAGAUAAUCACAGUUUCCCUUAAGGUUCUCGACAGUCCAUCCACCUGCCAGAAACUGAUGAUCAAGAACGUGACAAGAGGAAAGCUGACCCUCAGCUGGGAGGCUCCUCUCAUCGAUGGUGGAUCCCCUGUCACCAAUUACAUUGUUGAGAAGAAGGCCUCAACCAUGAAGGCUUACCAAGUGAUCACCAGCGAGUGUGCCAACACAACUUACAAGGUGUCAGGUCUGGAGGAGGAUAUAGCUUACUUUUUCCGUGUAUCUGCUGAAAACGAGUAUGGUGUGGGCGAUACUUGCGAGACCACUGAGCCUGUCAGAGCCACAGAAACUCCGGGAGCUGUUAAAGACCUGGUGAUGGUGGACUCCACAAAGAACUCUGUUACCCUGCAGUGGACAAGACCUGACCACGAUGGUGGUAGUCACAUCACUGAUUACAUAAUUGAAAAGAGAACCAAGGAAGAUCCCACCUGGACUUUGGGUGCGACAUGUAAGCGCUGCAGCUGCGAGGUGACAGGACUCAAGGAGAACGCUGUCAUGGACUUCAGAGUGUUUGCCAAGAAUGAGAAGGGCAACAGUGACUUCUCCCAGAUUGGACCAAUCACAGUGAUGGACUUCAUCAUUCCACCUGAGGCCAACCUCAGUGACUAUCCCAAUGCAGAGCUUGCUGUUCGUAUUGGUCAGAACAUCCACAUCGAGUUGCCUUUCAAGGGUAAACCAAGACCUGUAAUCAGUUGGCUAAAGGAUAACUUCCCUCUGAAGGAAAGCGAAAAAGUCCGAUUUAGGACCACUGACAACAAGACUGCAGUCACAGUCAGAGGUGCCAAGAAGGAGCAUGCUGGCCAGUACACCUUGGUCCUGGACAACAGAGUUGUCAAGAAUUACUUUGACAUUAAUGUGAUCACCCUGGGACCUCCCUCAGUGCCUGUUGGUCCCAUUCGCUUUGACGAGAUUAAAGCCCAGAGUAUCAUCAUAUCCUGGGAUGAGCCACAGGAAGAUGGAGGUGGUGAGAUCACCUGCUACAGUGUGGAGAAACGUGAAACCUCCCAGGCCAACUGGAAGAUGGUCUGCUCCAGCGUUGUCAGAACCACCUUCAAGAUUCCCAACCUGGUCAAGGGAACACAGUACCAGUUCAGAGUCCGUGCAGAGAAUAAGUAUGGAGUGAGUGAACCACUCAUCUCCUCAGAUGUUGUUGCCCAGCACCAGUACAAACCUCCAGGUCCUCCAGGAAAGCCUGUAGCCUUUAACAUCACCAGUGAUGGUAUGACCAUCAGGUGGGAGGCGCCAGGGUUCGAUGGAGGAUCUCCGAUUUUGGGAUAUCAUGUUGAAAAGAAAGACAGGAACAGCCUCAUGUGGCAAAAGGUGAACUCUACCAUCAUUUCCAACAGAGAGUACAGGAUCAUUGGUCUCAUUGAGGGCCUGGAGUACUCUUUCAGAGUCUAUGCUGAGAACAAUGCUGGACUUAGCCCUGUUAGCGAACAGAGCAAACAUGCACUCGCUAUCUCCCCUGUUGAUCCACCUGGCACCCCUGUCUGCAUUGAUGUUACCAGAGACUCAGUAACCCUGCAGUGGGACAUACCCAAAAGGGAUGGUGGCAGCAAAAUUGUAGCCUACAGUGUGGAGAGACGCCAAGGUAGAGGCAAAUGGCUGCGGUGCAACUUCACUGAUAUCAGUGAGACCCAGUUCACUGUGACUGGGCUGUCCCCUGGAGACAGAUUUGAGUUCAGAGUGAUUGCCAGGAAUGCUGUGGGCACAGUCAGUCCACCGUCUAACUCCUCUGGUUACAUUAUGACUAAGGAUGAGAGCAUUGCUCCCGAGAUCGAGUGGGUGCCAGACCAGGUACUGACCCUGAGAGCUGGAGAAAAUGUUAAGCUUGGUUGCAGUAUCACUGGACGGCCCGUUCCACAGGUUGUCUGGUACAAGGAUGGCAAAGAGAUUGACAAGAGGACCAUGACUGACAUUGAAAUUACUACUGGCAUUGGCACCAGCAGUCUUUUUAUCCGUGAUGCUGAUAGGAACCAUCGUGGCAUCUACACUGUAGAGGCCAAGAACAACUCCGGUACCAGGAAGGCUGAUGUCAACGUCAGAGUACAAGAUACCCCUGGACCUGUUGAGGGUCCCAUCCGUUUCACUGGUAUCACGGCUGAGAAGUGCACCGUGUGGUGGAAUCCACCGGAGAACGACGGCUGUGCCGCUAUCACCCACUAUGUGGUGGAGAAGAGGGAGACAUCCAGGAUCUCCUGGGCUUUGGUCACCUCCAAAUGUGAAGCGUGUUCUUACAAUGCCACCAACCUCAUCAAGGGCAAUGAGUACCAGUUCAGAAUCUCUGCUGUGAACAAGUUUGGUGUUGGUAAACCCCUGGACUCUGAUCCAGUCAUCGCAAAGAUGCAAUACACUGUGCCUGAUGCUCCUGGUACACCAGAUGCUACCCACGUGACUGGAAACAGCAUCACCCUCUGCUGGACCAGGCCAAGGUCAGAUGGAGGCAAUGAGAUCAAACAGUACAUCCUGGAGAGAAGAGAGAAGAAGAGUCUGCGCUGGGUGAAGGUUUCCUCCAAGAGGUCAAUCACAGAGCUAAGACACCGUGUCACCAACCUCACUGAGGGCAACGAGUAUGAGUUCCGUGUCAUGGCUGAAAAUGGUGCUGGUGUUGGACCAGCCAGCAGUACCUCCAGGCUCUUCAAAUGCAGAGAACCAACCAGUGCUCCCAGUGCUCCCACAGUAAUCAAGGUGAUUGACUCCACGAAAUCCUCAGUCACCCUUGAAUGGACCAAGCCAGUGUUCGAUGGUGGCAUGGAAAUCAUUGGUUACAAUAUUGACAUGUGUAAGGCCAGUCUGGAGGAAUGGCACAGAGCCAACAGCCAGAUUUGCAUCCACACCAAGUACACUGCCAAGGGCCUGGUACCUGGAGAGCUCUACAAGUUCAGGGUCAGUGCUGUGAAUGGAUCUGGAGAGGGUGAAGCCACAGUGAUACCAAAUCCUGUUCAAGCUCUGGACAGACUGACAUCUCCUGAGAUCGAUAUAGAUGCCAAUUUCAAGCAGACUCAUAUCGUGAAGAAUGGCGGCACUGUCACCCUUCACAUUGCCUUCCGUGGCAAACCAGCUCCUCUCGCCACCUGGUCUAAGGUUGAUGGUGAACUGCCCGUUAUGGGUGAUGUCAACACCACAGAUUCCUCUUCUACUCUGACUAUAGAGGGUUGCACUCGGUAUGAGGCUGGCAAAUACACCCUGUCCCUGGAGAACAACAGUGGACGUAAGUCCAUCACGUUCACUGUCAAAGUCCUGGACACACCUGGACCUCCAGGAGCAAUCACUUUCAAAGAUGUCACUCGUGGAGCAUUGACAUUGAUGUGGGAUGCCCCUACCAACGAUGGUGGAUCCCGAAUCCACCACUACAUUGUGGACAAGCGUGAGGCGAGCCGUCUCGCCUGGCAGGAGGUCAGCACCAAGUGCACUCGCCAGAUGAUCAGAGCAACUGGUCUGGAUAUUGGUGUGCCAUAUCUGUUCAGGGUGAUUGCUGUUAACCAGUACGGCCAGGGAGAACCUCACGAGAUGACAGAGCCUAUCAUAGCCACAGAAGAACCUGCACCACCCAAGAGACUGGAUGUGGUUGACACCACUAACUCCACAGCCUCCCUGGUGUGGUUGAAACCCGAGCAUGAUGGAGGCAGCCGCAUCAGAGGCUACAUUGUCGAAUUCAGAGCUAAAGGCAGUGACCGCUGGGUUGUUAGUGGAGAGACCAAGUUGCAGAAGAUGCUGGUGGAGGGUCUGCUUGAGAACACGGAGUAUGACUUCAGAGUCAAGGCCAAAAACGAUGCUGGAAUCAGCGAGCCUCAGGGCACUUUCAGCUCUGUGGUCAUUAAGGAGCCUCGCAUCGAACCAACUGCUGACCUGAGCAGCAUUACCAACCAGCUUAUCACUUGCAAGAUCUCCAACACUUUCACAAUUGACAUCCCUAUUAGUGGCAGACCUGCACCCAAAGUCACCUGGAAGCUAGAGGAGAUGAAGCUGAAGGAGACGGACAGAGUUAUAAUCAAAACUACAAAGGAGAGAACCACUCUGGUGGUGAAAGACAGCAAGAGAAGUGACAGUGGAAAAUACUACCUGAUCCUGGAGAAUGUUGCAGGUGUGAAGACGUUCACAGUGACUGUGGUUGUUGUUGGCAGGCCGAGUCCACCUACAGGGCCUGUGGAAAUUUCUGGAGUCUCCUCAGAGUCCUGCACCCUGUCCUGGUCGGAGCCAGCUGAUGAUGGCGGAACGGAAAUCAGUAAUUACAUUGUGGAAAAACGAGAAUCUGGCUCUGCCUCUUGGCAAGUAGUAAACUCCAGCGUGAAGAGAACCACCAUCAAAGUGACUCAUCUCACCAAGUAUAUGGAGUACACCUUCAGAGUGUGUGCUGAGAACAAGUUUGGAGUCAGCAAGUCUACCGAGUCUGCUGCUGUUGUAAUUGAGCAUCCAUUUGUUCCUCCAAGCCCUCCAACUCGUCCAGAUGUGGUAUCCGUGUCUGCCAACACAAUCAGCAUCAAAUGGGAUGUCCCAUAUGCUGACGGAGGCAGCAAGGUGACAGGCUACUGGAUCGAGAAGAAGGAGAGGAACACGAUCUUGUGGGUGAGGGAGAACAAGCUGCCCUGCCUGGAGUGUCAUUACAAAGUGUCCAACCUGAUUGAGGGCCUGGAGUAUCAGUUCAGGGUGUAUGCCAUGAACAUCGCUGGACUCAGCAAAGCCAGUGAGGCCUCGAGACCUGUGGUGGCACUCAAUCCUGUUGAUCCUCCUGGUAAGCUCGAAGUGACUGACGUCACCCACUCCUCUGUAUCAUUGUGCUGGACCGUGCCAUUCAAUGAUGGUGGCAGCAAGAUUGUUGGCUAUGUGGUAGAGAGGAAAGUCUAUAGCACGGAUGAGUGGGAUGACAACCGCUGGCUCAAGUGCAACUACACCACGAUCACUGAGAACUACUUCACUGUCACCAACCUGGGAGAAGGAGAGACCUAUGAGUAUCGUGUUAUUGCUAAGAAUGCUGCCGGUGUCCACAGUGCCCCCUCCAAUUCCACUGGACCAGUCACAUGCAAGGAUGAAUACUCUCCUCCCAAAGCUGAGCUGGACAGCAAGCUGGUGGGUGAGAUGGUCACCGUCACCGCCGGCUCUGACCUGGUUCUGGAUGGUGCUGUGGGCGGUAAACCAGAGCCCACAGUGUACUGGUCAAAGGGAGACAAGAUUUUGGAGCUCGGGGAGAAAUACUCACUGACCUACACCUCAUCCAGAGCCAUGGCUGUCAUCAAGAACUGUGACAGAUAUGAUACGGGCAAAUACAUCCUGACCGUCAAGAACGCCAGUGGAAUUAAGACGGCAUCUGUCAGCGUCAAAGUUCUGGACACUCCUGGACCUCCAGCUGAUAAGAUCCUGAUCAGCAGAGUGACAGAGGAGAAGUGCACAGUGUCCUGGAAAAUUCCCCUGGAGGACGGUGGAGACACAGUCUCCCAUUACAUUGUUGAGCGUCGCGAGACAAGCCGUCUCAACUGGGUCAUCAUGGAAACUGAAUGCAAGACGUUGUCAUGCGUCAGCUCCAGGCUGAUCAAGAACAACGAGUACAUUUUCAGAGUCCGAGGAGUCAAUAAGUUUGGCCCCGGGGUUCCUCUGGAGUCUGAACCUGUCAUUGCCAGGAACGCUUACACCGUCACAUCCCAGCCGGGCACUCCCAUGGCUACAGCUGUUGGUAAGGAGCAUGUGAUCAUCGAAUGGCUGAAACCUGAGAGUGAUGGAGGCAGUGAGAUCAGAAACUACCUUGUGGAUAAACGAGAGAAGAGCAGCACCAGGUGGACACGGGUGAACAAGACCUACACCAUCUAUGACACCCGUCUGAAGAUUGCAGGCCUGCUGGAAGGAAGCGAGUACCAGUUCAGAGUGACGGCUGUCAACGCUGCUGGAGAUAGCCAGCCGAGUGACGCUUCUCCAUACAUCCUCUGCAAAGACCCAACAUACACCCCAGCUCCUCCGUCAGUGCCUCGCAUCACCGACACAACCAAGCACAGCAUCAGCAUGACCUGGACCAGACCCAUGUACGACGGCGGCUCAGACGUUACUGGCUAUGUGGUGGAAAUCCUAGAAGAGGGCUCAGAGCAGUGGUACCGUGCCACUGCCAAAGCUCUCAAGACCAACCAGUAUGUGGCUGCUGGCCUGGCAGCCAAUAAGAAGUACAGAUUUAGGGUAGCUGCCAUCAACAGCAAUGGCACUGGGGAGUUCAGCGAACCUAGUGCUGAGGUCGAGCCGCUGGAGAAGAUUGAAAUACCUGACCUGGAGCUGGCUGACGACCUGAAGAAAACUGUGUGUUUGCGCGCUGGAGGAACCUUGCGUCUGAUGGUAUUCGUCACGGGCCGGCCGACACCAGUAGUGGCCUGGAGGAAGACAGGCGUGGAGUUGCAGAACCGUGGCUUCAUUGAGACCACCGAUAGCUACACCUCUCUGAUGGUGGAGAAGGUCAAUCGUUACGACUCUGGAAAAUAUAUUGUGGAAGCAGAGAACCCGUCUGGAAAGAAGACAGCCACCAUCCUGGUUAAAGUUUAUGACACUCCUGGUCCUCCAGGUUCUGUGAAGGUGAAGGACUACACCAGGGAGUCUGUUGUGAUCACUUGGGAUGUCCCAAGCAUUGACGGUGGUGCCCACGUCAGCAACUACAUUGUCGAGAAGCGUGAAGCCAACAUGAAGUCAUUCAAAACUGUCACCACUGAGUGUAGGAAGACCCUGUUUAGGAUCACCGGUCUGGAGGAGGGUGUGCACUACUUCUUCAGAGUCCUGCCAGAGAACAUCUAUGGUGUCGGUGAGCCGUGUGAGACAGCCGAGGCCGUGCUGGUAUGCGAGGUGCCGUCUGUUCCUCUGAACCUCCACAUUGUGGAUGUCACCAAGUCUUCUGUCACGCUGCACUGGGAGAAGCCAUUGCACGACGGCGGCAGCAGGCUGACAGGUUAUACCAUCGAAGCCUGCAAAGUGGGUUCAGACAGGUGGAGUGCUGUUGGGACAGUCAAGGCCUCAGUGUCCCAGUACACCAUCCAAUCCUUGAUGGAGAAUGACCAUUACCUGUUCAGAGUGCGAGCCACCAACAGUAGGGGAGCCAGUGAGCCCAUGGACACCGUCACUCCUGUCACCAUCCAGGACAUCAAAGUGAUGCCCAAGAUCGACAUGACCAGCAUUCCUCAGAAGAUCGUCCAUGUGCACCGUGGCAAACCCAUCGACCUCAACAUUCCCAUAAAAGCCAAGCCACAGCCUGUCUGCUCCUGGUUCUUUGGUGGCAUCAAACUGAAGGACAGCCUGGACCGCAUCAAGAUUGACAGUAGUGGAAAUUACACCCACCUCAUCAUCCGUGAGACAACCAUCAACGACACAGGAGAUUACACACUUGAGGUGAAGAACACCAUUGGUGUGGCAACCGAGGUCAUCAAGGUCAUCAUUCUUGACAAACCUGGCAUCCCGGUUGGUCCAAUGAAGAUUGAAGAGGUUGACGGUGUGUCAGUGACAGUCAGCUGGGAACCUCCAGAGAAGGACGGUGGUGCCAACGUCAGCGGCUACGUGGUGGAGCAGCGUGAUGCCCACCGGCCAGGCUGGACCACCAUCUCUGAGUCAGUCACCCGACCCUGCUUCAAGUUUACCAGACUCUCUGAGGGAACAGAGUAUGUGUUCCGCGUUGCUGCCAUGAAUCGCUUCGGUGUUGGCAGCUUCCUGCAGUCCGAGGUGGUGGAGUGCAAGAGCCCUAAGACCAUCCCUGGACCUCCAAGCAGACCAGAGGUGCUUGAUGUCACCCAUGAGGGCAUGACCCUUACCUGGCAACCUCCCGAGGACAACGGUGGCUCCACCAUUGCUGGGUACAUCAUCGAACGUAAAGAGGCCCGUUCUGAUAGGUGGCUGAGGAUCAACAAGAAUUACGUCACCAUGACCAGGUACCGCUCCUCUGGCCUGAUAGAAGGCUUGGAGUAUGAACACCGCAUCACUGCUGUCAACUCCAGAGGAGCCGGCAAACCCAGUGAGAGCUCUGCCAUUACAGUUGCCAUGGAUCCCAUUGAGCCUCCAGGUCCUCCUGUUCAGCCUAGAGUCACAGACACCACCAGGACAUCAGUCUCUCUUGCCUGGCUGCCGCCUGAAGAGGAAGGUGGUUCUGUCAUUACUGGUUACUUGAUUGAGAUGCAGAAGGUGGACCAGGUGGAAUGGACACUGUGCAACACCACGCCCACCAAGAUGUGCGAGUACACCCUCACCCACAUGCCCCAGGGUGCAGAGUACAAGUUCAGGGUCAUUGCCUGCAAUGCUGGUGGUUCCGGAGAGCCUGCUGAGAUUCCUGGAGUGGUUAAAGUCCAGGAAAUGCUUGUUUAUCCUGACUAUGAGCUUGAUCGUAAAUACGAGGAGGGUUACGUGGUGCGCCAGGGCGGAGUCAUCCGUCUGUCUGUGCCCAUCAAGGGUAAACCCAUCCCUACAUGCAAGUGGACCAAGGACGGUCGUGACAUCUCCCACCGUGCCAUGAUUGCCACUUAUGAUGACAUCACCGAGCUGGUCAUCAAAGAAGCACACAAAGAUGACACCGGUACCUACGACCUGGUGCUGGAAAACAAAUGUGGCAGGAAAGCUGUGUACAUCAAGGUGAAGGUGAUUGGUCGCCCUGAUGCCCCAGAAGGCCCUCUGGAAUUCGACGACAUUCAGGCUAGAUCAGUGCGCAUCAGCUGGAGGCCACCUUCAGAUGAUGGCGGCUCAGACAUCCUGGGAUAUAUUGUGGAAAGGCGGGAAGUACCCAAGGCUGCCUGGUGUACAGUGGACACCAGGGUAACCGAACACUCUCUGGUGGUGAAGGGCCUGAAGGAGAAAGUGGAGUACCACUUCAGGGUUUCUGCUGAGAACCAGUUUGGUGUCAGCAGGUCCCUCAAGUCCGAUCAGUCUGUCAUGCCAAAGACACCGCUUUGUCCACCAGAACCUCCCAGCAAUCCACCAGAGAUCAUGGACAUUACCAAGUCAACGGUGUCUCUGUCCUGGGCCAGGCCCCGUGAUGAUGGAGGAUCUCGUGUCACAGGAUACUAUGUGGAAAGAAGGGAGGUUUCGACAGAGAAGUGGGUCCGUCACAACAAGACCCACAUCACCACCACCAUGUACAACAUCACUGGUCUCAUCCCCGAUGCAGAGUACAUGUUCAGAGUGGUGGCUCAGAACGAUAUUGGGCAGAGUGAGCCUGGUCCUGUUUCAGAGUCUGUGGUCUGCAAAGAUCCAUUCGACAAACCCAGCCAACCGGGAGAGAUCGACAUCGUCUCUGUCACCAAAGACUCCAUUACCAUCCACUGGCUCAGACCCGAGCAUGAUGGAGGCAAGGAGAUUCUGGGCUACUGGAUUGAGUUCAGGCAGGCUGGAGAAAGUGCCUGGAAGAAAUGCAACAAAGAGCGCUCCAAGGAUCGUCAGUUCACCAUGGGUGGAUUGAUGGAGGCCACAGAGUACGAGUUCAGAAUCUUCGCCGAGAAUGAAACAGGACUUAGCCGACCUCGCCGCACACCCAUGGGCAUCAAGACCAAACUGAGUGUUGGUGAGGCUCCAGCUCUGAAGGAAGAGAUCCAGGAUGCAACAACCAAGCUUGGGGAGUCUGGCACUCUGACUUGUGCCAUCAUCGGCAGACCUCUGCCUGAGAUAAAGUGGUACCGCUAUGGCAAGGAACUGAUCCAGAGUCGCAAGUACAAGAUGAGCUCAGAUGGCCGCAACCACUCCCUCAGCAUCCUGACAGAUGAGCAGGAAGACGAGGGCUUGUACACUUGCAGGGCUAUCAACGAGGCUGGAGAGAUUGAGACCAGUGGCAAACUGCGCCUGCAGGCGGCACCCCAGUUCCACCCAGGCUUCCCUCUGAAGGAGAAGUACUUCGCUGGGGCCGGCACCAGCCUCCGCCUCCAUGUGGUUUACAUUGGGCGUCCCAUCCCCCAGAUCAUGUGGUUCUAUGGCAAGAAGCCUCUGAACCCGUCAGAAAAUGUGAUUAUUGAAAACACUGAAAGCUACACCCAUCUGGUGGUGAGGAAUGUUCAGAGGAAGACCAACGCUGGUCGCUACAAGGUGCAACUCAGCAAUGUGUUUGGAACCAUUGAUACCGUGCUACGUGUUGAAAUCCAAGAUAAACCAUGCAUCCCUGAAGGCCCUAUUGUUGUUGAUGCCCUACUGAAGAGCUCAGUUAUAAUCAGCUGGAAGGUUCCCAAGGAUGAUGGAGGCUCUAUGAUCACCAACUACAUUGUGGAGAGGCGUGAGGCCAAAGAAGGCGAGCAGUGGAACCUGGUGUCAUCCUCCAUUUCUGGUACCACCUGCCGUGUCCCCAACCUGACAGAGAAUGCUGGCUACUACUUCAGAGUCUCUGCCCAGAAUCAGUACGGUGUCAGUGAGCCUCUAGAGAUCCCAUCAGUGCUCAUCAUCAAGAGUCCAUUUGAAAAACCUGGCAUUCCACAGCAGCCCUUCAUCAUCAGCUCUACCAAGGACUCCUGUGCUGUCUGCUGGAAGCCUCCUAGCAGUGAUGGUGGAGCUAAAAUCACCAGCUACUACCUGGAGAAACGUGAGAAGAAGCAGAACAAGUGGAUGUCAGUAACCACUAAGAAGAUUGUGGAGACAAGCUACGAGGUCACAGGCUUGAUUGAGGGCUUUGAGUACGAGUUCCGUGUCAAGUGUGAAAACAUAGGCGGUGAGAGUGACUGGAGUGAGAUCUCUGAGCCUAUCAUCCCCAAGUCCGACCAGUCUCCUCGCGCUCCCUCAUUCAGGGAAGAGAUUAGGGACAUGACAGUCAAAUACCACGCCAAUGCCACCUUUGUCACCAAGGUGGUGGGACAUCCCAAGCCUACAGUGAAGUGGUACCGCAGUGGAAAGGAGAUUCUGGCUGAUGGAACCAAGAUCAAAGCCCAGGAGUUCAAGGGAGGCUACUAUCAGCUGGUCAUCACUGCUGCUGAUGAGAAUGAUGCCACAGUUUACCAAGUCAGAGCAACCAACUCCUCCGGAUCCAUCUCUACAACAGCCAACCUGGAGGUGGAAGUUCCUGCUAAGAUCCACCUGCCCAAAGAGCUCCAGGGCAUGGGAGCAGUUCAUGCUGUCCGCGGUGAUCACAUCACCAUCAAGAUCCCCAUCUCUGGCAAGCCUGAGCCAGCAGUCACUUGGCAAAAGGGUCAGGAGAUUCUCUCCAACUCUCCUUAUCACCAAGUCAUCACUACCAGGUCUUUCACUUCCCUGGUCUUCCAGAAGGGAAUGCAGAGGAAGGAUACUGGCUACUACAUUAUCACUGCAAAGAACAGGUUUGGAAUGGACAAGCAAACCAUAGAGGUGAAUGUAGCAGACAUACCUGAUGCUCCAAAGGGACUUGUUGUCAGUGACAUAGCUCGGGACUCCAUCACCUUCACCUGGGAGCCACCUGCCAAUGAUGGCGGAAGCAACAUCAUUGGCUACAUUGUGGAGAAAUGUCCUACCACUGGUGACAGGUGGAUCCGCGCUGGCCAGACUGCUGACUGCAGCAUCACCAUCAUCAACAUAUUUGGAAAGACCAAAUAUCAGUUCCGCGUAAUUGCUGAAAAUCAGUUUGGCCUGAGCCCUCCUUCUGAGCCAACUGAGCCCAUCACCACAAAAGAGGACAAGUCUGUGAUUAGGAACUAUGACGAGGAAGUGGAUGUAACCAGAGAGAUCACCAAAGAGGAGGCUCUGUUUUACAAGGUGAAGGAACUGUCCUCCAGGUACAUCAUAUCUGAGGAACUUGCUCGCUGCCAGUUUGGAGUUGUCCAUCGCUGUGUGGAGAUUGCCACUAAGAAGACAUUCAUGGCCAAGUUUAUCAAGGUCAAAGGAACAGACCGUGAGCUGGUUCUCAGGGAAAUUGAGGCCCUCAAUGUAGCAAGGCACAAGAAUAUCAUCUACCUACAUGAGUACUUUGAAAGCAUGGAGGAGAUCAUCCUGAUCUUUGAGUUCAUUUCUGGAGUUGACAUAUUUGAGCGCCUUGGCACCAGCAACUUUGAGCUUACAGAGCAGGAAAUAGUUCGCUACUUGAGACAGGUCUGCUCUGUCCUCAAGUUCUUGCACAGCCACAACUUUGGCCAUUUUGACAUCCGCCCAGACAACAUUGUUUACACCACAAGGAAAAGCACCAACAUAAAAAUUAUAGAGAUGGGCCAGGCCAGGCUGCUUGUGCCUGGAGAAAACAUCAGAAUGCUGUUCUCAGCUCCAGAGUACUGUGCCCCUGAGAUCCAUCGCCACGACCUAGUGACAACAGCCACUGAUAUGUGGUCUGUUGGUGUAAUGGCCUAUGUUCUGCUCAGUGGCCUUAAUCCGUUUGCGGCAGAGUCCACUACUAAGAUGAUUGAGAACAUCUCUAACUGUGAGUACAUCUUUGACAGUGAAGCAUUUAAGGAUAUCAGUCUGGAGGCUAUUGACUUUGUGGACAGACUCCUAGUCAAGGACAGGAAGCUCCGCAUGACUGCUCAUGAAGCUCUAGAGCACCCAUGGCUCAAGAUGAAGAUUGAGCAUGUCAGCAGAAAGACCAUUAAGACAUUGACACACAGAAGGUACUACCAGACACUGGUAAAGAGGACAGAUACUAUUGUCUCAGCAGCUCGUGUGGCCUAUGGUGGUGCCUUCAAGAACCAGAGAGGACUGGCUGUAGGUAAAGUGAAGAUUGGAACUGAGUACCAUGGCCUCCGUGCUGGUCCAGUUAUGCAUGGCUCAGCCGAGGAAGGUGGCCAUGUCAGGUUCACUUGUAGUAUUGUUAGCUUUGACAAGAGUACACAAGUGUCAUGGUACUUUGGUAACCGCCAGCUACACCCAAGCCCCAAGUAUGAAAUUACUUACAGUAAUGGUUUUGCCAGCAUCUAUGUCAAGGACAUUGAGGAGAGUGAUGAUGGAGUGUACAGAUGUAAGGUGGUAAGUGAUGAUGGAGAGGACAGUGCUUAUGGGGAGCUCUUUGUUGAAACAGUGAGGAGCAUUAGAGAGCAUUAUAUCAGCCGCUCCAUUAAGAAACUGAGGAAGAGAGUCGACAAGACUAAACUCCUGCAGAGAUCACCAGAGUUCACUUUGCCUCUUUACAAUCGCACUGCCUAUAUUGGAGAAGACGUCCGCUUUGGUGUCACUAUUACAGUGCACCCAGAGCCUCAUGUAACAUGGCUUAAGAAUGGAGAGAGAAUCAAUCCCGGUGAUGAUGACAGCAAAUACACGUUCACCAGUGAUAAGGGUCUGUACCAGCUGAUGAUCCACAACCUGGACAUGAAUGAUGAUGCCGAAUACACAGUCAUGGCCCACAACAAGUUUGGAGAAGACAGCUGCAAGGCCCGUCUCACUGUGACACCUCAUCCUGUGAUAGAGGAAACCAUGAGGCCAAUGUUCAAACGUCUGUUGGCUAACGUUGAGUGUGUUGAAGGGCAUAGCGUCCGAUUUGAGCUCAGAGUCUCGGGAAUCCCACCUCCAACUCUGAAAUGGGAGAAAGAUGGUCAUCCACUACAGUUUGGUCCUAAGGUUGUUGUUGUACAGGAGGAUGUUGACUACCAUGUCCUGCACAUCAGAGAGACUCUGCUCGAGGACUCUGGUGUGUACAAGGUUACUGCAACCAACUCAGCAGGCUCUGCAAGCUGCCAGGCUACACUAAAGGUGGACCGCCUUACCUACACCAGGAGAGAGUACAAGAGUGAGGAGGAGAAAUACAGACAUGUGCAGAAACAAAUCGAAAAGACAAACAAAUUGGCUCAGCAAAUUGUUGCCACUGAGGAGCUCGUACCUCUCAACCCUACAGCGCAAGAGGCUCUCAAAUUUGCUGCAGAGGUUUACAAACCUGCAGUGAGCACCAAGAACGUUGAGGGUGAGUUUGACAUCACAGAGGAGAAGUCAGAGACCAAAAGGCUGGAGGAGGAGAGGAGGAUUUUCAUGCCAUAUGAGAUACCUGAGCCUGUGGUUCAUGAUCCCCGAGUUCUGGAUGAGGACAAAGCUAUCAAACAGUUUGUGCCUCUCUCUGACAUGAAGUGGUACAGAAAGCUGAGAGACCAGUAUGAGAUUCCAGAGAGGAUGGAGAGGAUUGUACAGAAAAGGCAGAGACGUAUACGCCUGUCCAGAUGGGAGCAGUUCUAUGUCAUGCCCCUCCCUAGAAUCACAGACCAGUACAGACCAAGAUGGCGUAUUCCAAAACUCACUCUGGACGAUCUGGAGACUGUCAGACCUGCCCGCCGUUCGCCCUCUCCUGAAUCCGAGGCCUCCUUCAGAUCAAGAAGGAGAUCUCUUGGAGACCUUAGUGAUGAGGAGUUGCUGAUGCCUGUGGAUGACUACCUUUCCAUGAGGAGAGUAGAAGAGGAAAAAAUGAUGCUAGAAGAUGAACUGGAGCUUGGCUUCUCUGCCUCUCCUGCCGGCAGCCCUGUUCGCACUCAACGCCUUGCCAUGGAGCGUGAAGAGAGGAGGCAGGAAGUCAGACACGAGGCUGUCGAGGUUGCUGAGACAAAGAAGAAACGCACUAUUUCUCAGUUUAUGAGGAGGAGAAGGUCGCUGUCUCCCACAUACAUCGAGCUGAUGCGUCCAGUCUCAGAGCUGAUCAGACCGCCACGUGUCAGGCCUCCUGUGGAAGUAGAGGGAGAGAUUGUGGAGAGAAGGUCCCCCACCCCUGAGAGAACACGUCCCCGUUCUCCCAGCCCCAUCAGGUCUGUUGAGAGGUCUUCCCGCUCAUCCUCCAGGUUUGAACGGUCUGCCCGCUUUGACAUCAUGUCCCGCUAUGAGGCCAGGAAAGCUGCCCUGAAGUCUGAGAGGAAAUAUCAGGUGGUUAGCCAGACACCCUUCAGCCUGGACCACGCUCCCCGUGUGACUGUGAGGAUGCGCUCUCAUCGCAUACCAAUUGGCCAAGACACCAAAUUCACCCUGAACAUCCAAGCCAAGCCAGAGGCCGAGGUCAAGUGGCUUCACAAUGGAACUGCAAUUUCUGAAAGCAGCGAGAAAUACGUCUUCACCAACAUGAGUGGUGUUCUGUCCAUUACUAUUUUGGACUGCCAAGACGAGGACAGCGGCACAUACCGCUGUGUAUGCUCGAACUCCAAGGGAGAAGCUUCUGACUAUGCUACCCUUGAUGUGUCAGGUGGUGGCUACACCACAUUUUCUUCUCGCCGCAGGGAUGAGGACACCCCCAAAGCAUACGUCCCUGAGAUCACUCGAACCGACCACUACCACACCACCCACUUCAAAGCUGGCUAUGCUUCCCAGACUCACUUUGAGGUUGAAGAGAGCAGGUCUAAGCUAACUGAGACACAUGAGGUUGUAACCCGAGAAAGAUAUGCUGCCUCCUCUGAGAGGUUCUCUUCGGCUGAGAGGUAUGACUCUUCAGUCAAGUACGCCUCGGCUGAAUAUCUGUCAUCGGAUUCCUCCUACUCAUCUGACAAGUUUUCUCUGACUGCGAAACAUGCCACAUCUGAAGCUAAACUGAAGUCAUCUUCUGCUGUUGUUACUGAGGAAGUUGCUGUCCAAAAGAUUAAGCCUUCUCAUCCUGGUAGAAUCCUCACCAAGCCCCAGUCUGUGACAGUUGCAGAGGGAGAGACAGCCAGAUUCUCUUGUGACAUUGAUGGUGACCCUGCACCAACUGUAACAUGGAUGCAUGAGAGCAGAACCAUCAUCUCAUCUCACCGUGUCCAGGUCACUACCACUCAAUACAAAUCUAGCCUAGAGAUCUCCUCUGUGACGGCCUCCGAUGAGGGCAGUUAUACAGUGGUAGUGGAGAACUCAGCAGGCAGACAGGAGGCUCACUUCACCUUGACCAUCCGCCGACCAGUUCCCAAAGAGGAGGUCAAGGCUGUCAAAUCUCCUGAGCCAUCUGUAAAGUCACCCACUCCCACCGUAAAGUCACCGGAGCCUUCGGUUACCUCCCCUGCUCCCUCUGUAACCUCCCCUGUCCCCAGUGUGAAAUCACCAGAACCCAGCAUCAAGUCUCCUGAGCCUUCAGUUAAAUCACCAGCUCCAACUGUGAAGUCACCAACGCCGAGCGUGAAGUCACCAACGCCGAGUGUGAAGUCUCCUGAACCAGAGGGAAUUAAAUCUCCUAGAAGUGUCAAGUCUCCUGAGCUGUCUGCAUCCUCUCCAGCACCCAGCUUAAAAUCACCAGCUCCAAGUGUCAAAUCCCCUGAACCUGAGGGAAUUAAGUCACCGCGAGGUAUAAAAUCUCCUGAACCAAGACUCAAGUCACCACCGCCAAUCAAGUCCCCAGAGGGAGUAAAGUCACCUGAACCUGAGGGAGUAAAAUCACCUCGAGGUGUCAAGUCUCCAGAACCAACAGGAAUCAAAACACUGAGAGGUGUUAAGUCUCCAGAACCACCUGGAAUCAAAACUCCAAAAGGCAUUAAAUCCCCUGAACCUUCAGGCAUCAAGUCACCAAGGACCCUGAAGUCCCCUGAGCCCGAGGGAAUCAAAUCACCUCCUAGGAUGAAGUCUCCCCCUCCCAUCAUGUCUCCCAAGAGGGUUGUGUCUCCACCGACUGUGAAAUCUCCAACCCCAAAACCUCCCAAAGUCCUCAGUCAGCUAACAGCUGAAGCCUGUGAGGGCACUGUGAAGAUGUCUUGCGUCUGUGAGAGCACCGUCAGGGAGGUGGUGUGGUACUUCAAUGGGAGAAGGAUUUCACAGAGCAGCCAUUAUGAGAUGCACUACUCUGAGGGCUCUUGCAGCCUUUUAAUUCACGAUUUGGCAGAUAGUGAUCAGGGAGAGUACACAUGUGAGAUGACAUCAGAUGGAGGAGUAUCCAAAUCCUCCUUCUCCUUCACCAGCCAGGUGUUCCAGUCCAUACGUAUGAAGAUCACAGCCUACCGUGAGCAGCAGCUGGCACUUAAAGGAUCAAUGAUGAUGAGUCACAAAGAGUCAUCGUCAUCCAUGAGCUCAUCCAUGAUGAUGAAGAAAGAAAUGCACACGAAAGAGGAGUCGUCGUCCUUUUCUUCCUCCUCCCAGCAAGCAAUGAUGUCAUCCAUGAUGGAGUCCAGCUCCUUUAGUAGCAUGGCAGCUGAGAUGAAGUUUGAGACCAUGUCCAUGUCCAGCAUGUCCUCCAUGACAUCUGAAACAUACGCCAUGAGCUCCAGCAGUCUGACAGAGAUGACCUCCCACAUGGAGGGAUCUUCAUUCAGAGCAAUCGGUUCUGCCCCCAGAAUCGAGGCUCUACCAGAAGACAUCAGCAUUGAGCCGGGCAAAAUCCUGACAGUUGCCUGUGCCUUCUCCGGCGAUGCCAAACACAUCGAGUGGUCCCGCAGUGGCAAAACCAUUGAGGUUACUCCUGGGGGACGCUUCCACAUCGAGACCACGGAGGACCUGACCACCCUCAUCAUCACCGGGGUAAAGGAGGAAGACGCUGGAACCUACACCCUCAAACUAUCCAACGAGCUUGGAUCAGACACAGCGACUGUUCACAUUAGCAUUCGAUCAGUGUAAAAAAAAACAAAAAAAUCAAAUCUUCCAAUCUUCCCCUUUUCCCUACUUUCCCUACUUUAAUGCCUUUUUAUUUAUUAAUUGAGCGCAAUAAUCUACUUGAUAAAGAUCCAGAUUUCUGUUCUUGUAAAUAUGAACUAUUUUUAUACCAAUCUUGACAAUAAUUUUUACCAAACUAGACUAAAGUCUAAAGUUGUUGUAACAUGUGCCAUAUUGGAUAACUAUGACUUAGGAUGUUUGAUCCAUUUUUCUGUGACAUGUACAUAAUGUAUAUAGCCGAAUUUAACGGUUAUGGAAAAUGUAUGUAUUGUUAUUUAUGACAAUAAUAUAAUAAUAUUAACUGAAACUAAAUGAAACUAAAUGUGGUUUGACAGGAGAAAGUUUCACCAGGAACGAAUACCCUGUUAAACUGAGAAACUAAACUCUGUGCCUCAACGAUAAGUUGAAGUCUUAAGAUUGCCUCAACAGGUGGAGAGGCUCCCUGUUGAUGUUAACUCAAUCAGAGACAGAUGAAUGCACUGCUGGAGAGUGAAAGCUGAGCUGUUGCAUUGCAAUAAGAGUGUGAGAUCCUGAGUGCUGUUUGCAUAUACCCUCAUGUAAGCAGGACGACUGGACCUCGUGCUCUGACUGAUUAUGUCAUACCGCCAUUUCGAUGACAUGCUCACAGUGCGAGCGGCCUGCACUGCCUGAGCACGAGUGGAGUUUUUUUUGUUUUGUUUUGUGCUCUGCUUCUGGCAAAUGACCACUCGCCCGACUCUUUAGUAGUACCAUCAACCUGGCCAAUCACAUUAAAGAAGAGUUCACCUUGUGCUUGUUUGCAGAGGCAGAGCUGUCUCUUGGAGGUCUGCAGUGUGUUUGUGUGUUAGUUUUUAGAAGUUCACCUGUCAGUCAAGCUGGGCGCCACCAAACCAACUUCGACCAGGACGGAAAGAAGUGCGGUCUCACGUGUCGCUCAGCACUUUGGUUUGAUUGAAGUUAGACUUGUUAGCAGUGACUCUUUUCGCAGCCUCCUUGAAUAUUUCUCCAAUUAUUGAUUUAAUAAAGCAUGAUUAUCAGCACUA